AAUGAAUCAUGGAGAAUAUUUUUAAAGCAACCACAAAAACAGUUGCCAAUUCAUAGUUUAGGAAAUAGCAUCUAGGGGUAGAAGAGAUGGCUAAGUGAUUACAACUGAAUAUUGUGCUUGCAGAUGACCUGAGUCUGACACUCAGUAUCAAUGUUGGGAGAUACAAAAUUACCUGUAACUCUAGCUCCAAUGGAUCAGACUUCCUCUUUUUGAUGUUGUAAGCACCUGCACUCCUGUAUGUAAGGCCCCUUAUAAUUAUACAUAUACAUAUAAUGAAAACUAAAAAAUUAAAAUAAAAUAAAAACUACUUCUAAAAGAAAAUAAAGAGCCAGAUUAAAAUGGUAGUGAUUAGAAAAGCAUAGUGAGAAGUCAAUAUAUAUUUAAUAUUAUAGCUGUCUAGAUUCUGGGGAUAUGGCCUGUCUGAAGGUAUGAUGGAUAUUCUUGACUGCCAGCUUGACUGCAUCUGGAAUUAAUUAAACACAAGUAGCUGGGUACAUCAGUGAAGGAAUUUUUGUUUUGUUUUGUUUUGUUUGGGGUUUUCAAGAAAGGGGUUCUUUGUAUAAUAGCUGUCCCAGAACUCACUUCGUAGAACAGGCUGGUUUCAAACUCACAGAAAUCUCUCUGAAAUCGCUGCCAUUCACCUAUGGGUUUUUUUUUCUUAAUUAAAUUAUUUGAAGUAGGAAGAUGUACCUUUACUCCAGAUAUUUGAAUUGGGAAUAUACACCUUUAAUAUGGACUACACCUUUUGGUGACAGCCUAUAUCAAAGACAUGGACAAGAAAGCUUUUACCCUUUGCCUGCUUGCCCUUGCUCUUCCUAUCAAGUCCAUUACCUCACUGGCAUUAACACUUUCUUCUUUGGAAUUCUGGCACACACUGAAGACCAAAUGAGGCUUCCAAUCUCUUGGACAGAACAACUAAUAGAUUCUUAGUGGUACCCAUUGUUGAACUACACUUUAAGCCAGUCUGAUAAAUUCCAUAUAUAUCUACAUAUAUACACAUACACAUUUACGUACACAUAUUCACUAUUCCUCUAGAGAACCCUGACUAAUGCAGAUUUUAAUACCAUAAGUGGUUCUAGAGCACUAGAAAUAUAAAAAUGCAUUUUUUAAGUAUCUGGGAUAGGGUUUCCAACUUGACAGCACCUACAGUUACUGAAACCUCUCCUGGAGAGAGUAUUAAAACCAUGUGGUGUGAACUAUCUUGCAAACUUAAGAAGAUAUAUGCAUUUGAUUAGAGACAAAAACUUUGGUGACUUUGUACAUAAAAGUUUUGACAAUUUGUGGGGAAAAAUAAUAAAAAUGAUGAUACCGUUUAGUUGCUCAUCCCAGUUCUGGAUAAAUAGACAAAAAGGAAAGAAUGAAAGGAAGAAGGAAAAAGAAAGAGGAGGGAUGAGAGAGAGAGAGAGAAAGAAGAAGAAGAAGAAGAAGAAGAAGAACAAGAACAAGAAGAAGAACAAGAACAAGAACAAGAACAAGAACAAGAACAAGAACAAGAAGAAGAACAAGAAGAAGAACAAGAAGAAGAACAAGAAGAAGAACAAGAAGAAGAACAAGAAGAAGAAGAAGAAGAAGAAGAAGAAGAAGAAGAAGAAGAACAAGAACAAGAACAAGAACAAGAAGAGGAAGAGGAAGAAGAAUAAGAGGAAGAAGAGGAAGAAGAAGAAGAAGAAGAAGAAGAAGAAGAAGAAGAAGAAGAAGAAGAAGAAGAAGAAGAAGAAGAACAAGAACAAGAACAAGAAGAACAAGAAGAACAAGAACAAGAACAGGAAGAGGAAGAGGAAGAAGAAUAAGAGGAAGAAGAGGAAGAAGAAGAAGAAGAAGAAGAAGAAGAAGAAGAAGAAGAAGAAGAACAAGAACAAGAACAAGAAGAACAAGAAGAAGAACAAGAAGAAGAACAAGAACAAGAAGAGGAAGAGGAAGAGGAAGAAGAAGAAGAGGAGGAAGAGGAAGAGGAAGAGGAAGAGGAAGAAGAAGAAGAAGAAGAAGAAGAAGAAGAAGAAGAAGAAGAAGAAGAAGAAGAAGAAGAAGAAGAAGGUGCUCUGUGAUAAACUUAGCCAGCUUCAAGCAUCUCAGAGUAUCAGAAUACAGCAACAUGCAACAAUGAAUUCAGUGAUAAAACUGACAUGCUCCGAAUACAAACAAAUAAUCUAAGGGUUUCUAUGUGUGCCCUGGAAGAAAAAUCUUCUCUCCCACAGCCACAGUCACAGAGCUCAAGUUGUGGGAAAUCAAACCAAAUCCUAUGUUAUAAGUCUGACUGAAUUACAAAGAAAAAGCAAAUCCCCACCUUGAAGGGUGUCAGUGCUUAAUGUAAGGGCAUUAUUUGGUAAAGAAUAGGAACCUGUAACUUGGGAUAAAGACAUGCGGGAGGACCAUAUUGAUGCUGAGCACUGUGAACCCUCAGAUUCUCAAAGCCUUUUCUCAGCAGAAGCUCUACUCCUGCCCAAACUACCCGAAAUCUUGCCUUUUUAAACUUUACUGAGUAAAUUAAUUCUUCAUUGUCUGCCAAACCAACAGUAUCCUUCCUUGAAGGAAAUAUCAGGCAAAACAAUAUUGAUGUCACUCUUGUCCCACCAACAGUUGCCUCUAGUUCUCCAACCAGACUCAAGGCUAAACAGGGAGAUAGAAAGUAUAGUCUAUAAGGAAAGGUGCUACACUACUAAAUAUCUUACUGAGUUUUCUAACUCAUUCCAGCGCAAGUCUGUGUGGGAAUGGAUUUUAAGGGUGUGGACACCAUUGAAUGGGACAUAAAAUUAGAUCAGGCUGAGCUUAUUGAUAUGUGCCCACAGAGUAUAAAUUCUAGGUUUAAUAGGGAAGCAGUCACAAUGAAACAACUUCUUGAACAUUUGUUUGAAUGGUUGGCUGAAGCAUUUGUCAAAAGAUGGCCAACUGAAAAGAGUUUGAGAUGCCCGAUAGAUAUUACUUGGUGUUGAUGAAGAGAUUUUUAAGGCUUAGAGAAACUGCGAUGCUAGAGUGGAUAUGCUGUGUAAAAUCCUACACAACGGAAGGGCCCAGAAGACUUGCUCUCCACUAAUUCUAUAAGAUGAAAAAUGGUGAGAGGGGGACCGGUACAUUUGAAGUAUUUGUUGUCACCCUUUUCUUAGGCCAGGUCUUAGGGGUUAGUGUUGCUGCUGCUCAGUUUGAGAAAUUAAAUGCAAUGGGUUUAAUUGAGCUCCAAAGUAGUAGCAGCCAUGUGGCAGCACUGACUUGCCAAUGGCAAGGUGAUUGUAGUUACGGUAAUAGGCAGCACAGACAAAACAAUGUCCAUAAUAAUCUGACCCACAGUGAUCAUAGGAAAAGUGAUUUUCUAUAGUGGCAUGACUCAUAUGGACCUUUGUACUGGCUCAUCAAUCAUGAAGUUUCCAGGCAUGAAAUAGAUAAGAAACCUAUUACAUAUUUUUUGUUGUUGUUCUAGCUGUUUAAGUUGAAAAAUUCUCACACAAAUGAAAGAAGUCUGUACUGAGUCAUGACAAAGGAGAAUCUUGCUUGUGAACCAAUUUCCAGACUUGAGCCAUUUGCAGACCUAGACCAGCUUAAAUGAGGUUAUACCAGGUUUCUGUUUAAAAAAAAAAAAGUAAGAGUUUUACUGUUAGCCUUUCCAUAGUCCUCCCCCAGAGGAACCUCAAACCAACUGUGCACCUGAAGAAAGGAAACAAUCAGAUUUUCAGGAGUCUAUUCAAUACUGGUUCUGAAUUGAUGCUGAUUCCAGGAGACUUCAAAAAAAAAAAAACCCCACCAUAGUCCUCCAGUAAAAAGUAGGGGCUUAUGAGCUCAAGUGAUUGAUGAAGUUUUGGCUAAAGUCUGACUCACAGUAGGUCCAGUGUGUCCUGGAACUCAUCCUGUGGUCAUUUCACCAAUUCCAGAAUGGAUAAUUGGAAUACUUAGAAGUUGGCAGAAUUCUCACAUUAGAUUCCUGACCUGUGGAAUGAGGACUUUAUAGUCAGAAAGGCUAGAUAGAAGCUUUUAGGGUUGCUUCAGGCAGGGAAAACUGAACUCAAAAACAGUAUUUGGAUCCCUGGAUGAAUUUCAGAAAUUAGUGCCACCAUCAAGGGCUUGAAAAAAUGCAGUGAGUGGGUCCCACUAUAUCUCCUUUUAACUCUCCUAUCUGACCUGUGCAGAGGACAUGUAGACUAUGGAGAAUGAAUGACAGCUGACUACUAUGGAAAAAAAAUUAAUCAAUUAGUAACUCCAAUUGCAGUUACUGUAGCAGGUGUUGUAUCUUUAUUUGAGCAUAUUAACACAUCUCCUGGUAAAAUGUAUGCAGCUAUUGAUCUAGAAAAUUACUUUUUCCUAGUAUCUGUCCAUAGGACCACCUGAAGCAAUUUGCUUUCAGUUGACAUGGCCAUCAGUAUACCUUUACAGUUCGACUUCAAGGAUAUAUUAGCUCUCCAUCCCUGUAUCAUAACUUCCUUUAAAAGUAUCUUGAUCAUUUAUCUCUUCCUCAAAAUAUUAUAUUGGUCCACUGUAUUGAUGUCAUUAUGCUGACUGGACCAAGUAAGCAGGAGGUAGCAACCACUUUGAAGUUGUUGGUAAUACAUAUGCACGUCAGAGGAUGGGAAAUAAAUCCAACCAGAAAAUCUGUGGUAUGGGGUAUGUAGAGAUGUUCCCUGGAAGAUGAAGGAUACAUUAUUGCACUUUGUCCCUCCCAUAACCAAGAAAGAAGCACCUUUAGUGUGCCUAUUUGGAUUCUGGGGACUGCACAGCCCUCAAUUGGAUUACUCCAGUGCACAUAUCAAGUGAAUCAGAAACCUGCUGGCUUUGUGUGAGCCCUGGAAGUGAAGAAGGCUCUUCAACAGGUCUAGGCUGCUGUGUAAGAUGCACUAUCACUUGAAUCAUAUAAUUCAGCAGACUCAAUGCUACUUGAGGUGUCAGUGGCAGAUAGGGAUGCUGUUUGGAGCCUUUAGCAGGCCUCUACUGGUAAAUCACAGAAGAGACCUUUGGAAUUUGUGAGCAAGCACUUACCAUCAUCUGCAGAAAAGUAUUCUAUCUUUGAAAGACAGAUUUUACCUGCAACUGGGUCUUUGUGGAAAAUGAAUUUGUGUCAAUAGGCUACUUGGUUAUCAUGUGACCUGAUCUAUCCAUUAUGAGCUGGUGUUUUCUGACCUAUCAAGCCAUAAAGUAGGAUGUCAAAUGGAAGUGGUAUAUGCAUGGUUGAGACUGAGUAGGUUCCGAAGUCACAAACAAAGUACAUGAAAAAGUUACCCAAAUACCUAUCGUGUCUACUUCUGGCACAAUGUCAUUUGCUGCCAAGCAUGUUCCUAUAGCCUCACACAGUGUGUCCUGUUAUCAGUUUAAUGAAGAAGUGAAGACUAUGCCCUGGUUUACCGAUGUUUCUGUACAUUAUGCAGGCACCACUCCGAAGUAGACAGCUGUAGCAUCAAAACCCCUUUCUGAGACAACUCCGAAAGGUACCAACAAAGAAAAAUCUUCACAGUAGGCCUAACUUUGGGCAGUACACAUAAUCAUGUGUUUUGUUUGGAAAGAAAAAUGUCCAGAUGUGUGGUCAUUUACUGAUUCAUGGGCUGUAGCCGAUAGAUUGGAUGGAUGCAAAGUCACUUGGAAAGAAGACGAUUGGAAAAUUGGUGAGAAAGACAUCUGGAGAAGAAGUUUGUGAAUAGAUCUCUCCCAAUAGACAAAGGAUGUGAAGAUACUUAUGUCGCCUGUAAAUACUCAUCAAAAGGUGACUACCACAUAGGAGAAGUUCAAUAAUCAAGUAUAUAGGAUGACCCAUUCUGUGGACAGUCGGUCUCUUUUCUCAGUCAUCCAUUUUGUUGACCAAUGAGCUGAUGAAAAGGUGGUCAUGAUGGCAGAGAUGGGGGUUAUACAUGAGGUUGACAGUGUGGACUGCCACUCACCAAUGCUGAUCAGGCUACAGCUGCUGCUGAGUUUUAGAUCUGCCAACAGCAGAGACCAACAUUGAGCCCACGAUAUGGAAACAUUUCCCAGAGUGACCAGCCAGUGACCUGGUGGCAGGUUCACAACAUUGGACUACUUCCUCUGUGGAAUGGGCAAUGCUUUAUCCUUACUAGGAUAGAUAAUUAUUCAGGUUAUAGAUUUGCCCUCCUACAUGUAAUGCUUCUUCCAAAACUGCUCCCUGUGGACUUUCAGAAUGCCUUAUCCACCAUACUGUCUUCCACACCAGAUUGCUCCUGGCCAAGGAACUCACUUCACAGGCAAAGAAGUCUGACAGUGGGCCCAUGAUCAUGCCGUCCACUUAUUGCACCAUGCUGUUCACCAUCCACAUUUAACUUUAGCUAAGUCAUAUACAUACAUUUCUUGGUAUUUUCUUUUAAUUUCAAAUCACUCUUAAGUGCAGAAAGUCUGAAAAGAAAGUGAAAGUUCUGGCCUGCUAGAAGAAUUUACAGAGUCUGGGGAAUCUAUUUAUGCAUGUAAAAAUCAGUAAAAAGACACCCCAUACUAUUUGUGUAGAAAGAAAUCAUCUUUAAUAUUUUUUUUGUUGCACAGUGUUUCUAAAAGCCCUUUGUUUAUUUGAGGGAUGGCCCAAAGCUCAUACCCAGGUAAAAUGGAUUCUGACACAGUCAAGAAAUGCAGAUGUAUUCAUAUAUAAAUAUGCAAAGAAGGUCAUGUAUCAGUGAUAUAUGCAUAUAUAUAUAAUAUCUCUUAAAUGUUUCCUAAGGCUUGCGGGUGGGGCUUUGCCAAGACCUGACCUUGGUCUUGCUAUACAAGCCGUCUGCUACUAAGCUAGACUGCCAGCCCCUUCUUAAACUUUUGGAUGUUGGCCUAAGCAGUGACAUUCACUUAAUGGAUAUUUAUACUUUUCCUGUACAAGGUAAGGGAGAAAAUUAAAAGGAAGUUACAUCAACUGAGCUAGCUCAUCCUGAGUUAUAGUCCUUGAGAAAUCCCAUAAACAUCCCUUUAAUACAAUGGUAAGCAGUUAUUGCUAGCCAGGAUGAAAACAGACCUACCAUAAUGUUAAAGUCUUAAAAGUAUUACUCUUCUCUGCCUUGGAGCUUCAAGGUCUGAAAACACACUGAGUUAAGAAAGAAGGAAAGGUCAGAGAUGGCAGUAUUAUAAUUACUUCAGCUGGAAGAAAAGCUCUGUGUAUACUCACAAUAAAUUAGACAGAACUCAUUCUUAUGGGCUGAUCUCAUGGCAGAAGAAGCCCCGAAAUGAGUUCUUGUUUCUGCUCAGGAAGAACAGGAACUGAUAUACUGGAAAAACAAAACACUAUCUCUGCUGUAGUCAUCCAUCCGGCCUCCAGAGAAUCACGUAGUUUUUCCUAAUGGAAUGCCAUCACUUUCUUCCAAAAGGAAGAAACAAAAUAACUGGGUGCACUUCGGAUUCCAUAAUCACCCCUAAGUAAACAGCCCAGGCCAUUUGUAAUGACACCACCCCAUUCAAUAAAUAAAGAAGAAGAAAAAAAAAGAGUUGUCUGUGUCUUACUUUGUGCACACCUAACAGUAGUUUUUUAGAAUAUAUGUAGGGUUAUUAAGUAGACUAUUUUACUGGCCCAAAGAAGGUACAUAUUGGUCUGUGGUCCAAAGCAAUUCCAAGAUUGCAUCGAUCACUAUGAAUGAUCCCCCUUUCAUCUAAUAGUAAGAUAUGAUUGGUGUCUGACAUUGGUUUUAUGCUCUUGCUCAAUUUUUUCCUCUGAGUUCUUUUUAGUCUUCCUUCUGGAGAAUAAGGCUUCUCACUCACCUCUCAUUCCUUCAUUGUAUCUGAGGUGGGAACAUGGAAAUAUCCUCCUCUUAGACACUACCCUUCUGUGUUUCAUUGUUUUCUCAUGUUAUGAUGUCCAGAGUUUUAAAUGUGCGAACGUGCGCGCGCGCACACACACACACACACACACACACACAGAGAGAGAGAGAGAGAGAGAGAGAGAGAGAGAGAGAGAGAGAGAGAGAAAGAGAGAGAGAGAUCAAGGGACUAAAGAGAUGGGUCAGGUGAGCAGGAAGUUUCUGAUUUUUCCAGAAGACCCAAGUUUGGUUCCCAGAACCUAUAUUUGGGAAGCUCAUAACUGCCUGUAAUUCUAAGUCCAAGGAUUUGAAUGCCCUUUCUGGCCUCUACUGGACACCUUCACACAUCUGACAUAUACUCACAUAGACAGUGUGUGUGUGUGUGUGUGUGUGUGUGUGUGUGUGUGUGUGUUAACAAUAAUAAUUAAUGAGAAGAUUAGGAAUUUGAGGGAAGCAUGGGAGGAGCUAGAAGAAAGAUAGGUAAUAUGUCAAAUUUAGUAUCCAUGUACAAAAAUCCUCAAAAGCAUUAAAAAAUUUUAUAAAAUUUCUCAACUAGAUAAAACUAAAAGUUUAUAUUUUCCUCUCAAACAUUCUUGGUUUUAGGGUCAGGCGACAAAAUUGGGAGAUGUGUUUCCCUCAGCUUCCCAGUAGACUGAUACAUUGGCUUGCAAUCAGUGACGGGUACCAUUUACUCUGCUCAAUGUUCCUCUGGGGAAUUGUUUUCAAGCUUGUUUUACAUCCUUUGCUUCUUAAACCCGACAUCGCCUUUCCAACUAGCUUAAUUCUUGCUAUGCGUGCCCCUACCAAUAACACGAUCUUCCCUCUGAGCUCUUUAAUUAAUGAACAGGUUUUAUUGAUUCUUUGUCACCCUUAGUCUUUUAAAAACCCAAUUUCUUACCACUUGAAAUCAAGAAGCAGCUGACUUUUAUACCGUUCAAAGCACCAAAUUUCUAAAUAGCUACACACCUUUCUGUAGCUCACCAAUGUGACUACUAAACCAGUACCAUCUUGGACAGUGCUAUUACAUCAACAUUCUGUUCCUGCUGCUGAUUUUUUCUUUCGUGGGAUACUCAUCAGAAGCUGUCAGGUGAAACCCUAAAUUUCACUACACAUUUCAUAGUUUCGGGAUCUCUGUAACCAAUCAUUCCUCCUAGUGACCAGGAUCAUUUGUGACUGAAAACUCUCUGGCCGGUGUAACUUUGUCAUAGAGUUUAUUCCCUCAGUGCUGCUUAGAGAAUAAAGUGCGCUCUAAGCCCAGUCUACAUUAGCCUGUUCUCAAUGCUUCCCAUGUGUGCUCAAAGCUCACACCAUGUUUUCUUUGGGUGUACUCUUCUGUCUCUGUCUUCUUUCAUGCUGCUCAUGUUACUGAGAUUGCCUCCUUCCCCUAAGUCUGAGCAGAAGCCUCACACAUUCACUCUACACACAUCAACGCAUGCAUCACUUUCUAAAUCAUGCCACCAUGCAUCCUGCCCCCUCCACCAUGACUUAGGGGAACUACACUAAAAAAUGGCUUUCCAUUACCAUAGCUGCCAUAUCCAGUCCCCAUAGUUUACUAAAGUCUUAGCAGAAAUCAUAUAAUCUUAGCAGGAAGCAUUUAGUCAUCUAUUCCAUGUGUAAGUGAACACACGAGCACUUGGACAAGGCUCUGUUUUCCUUUCAGCUGUGCCCACAUGUCUCCCUAAUCUUGUAUCUCAUGAGGAUCCUUAAUAAAUGCUUAGCUGUUGUAAGAUGCACAAAAGUAAAGGAUCUUUCAUAUUGUACCUAUUCUUCAUGGUCUCAUUUAAACAAGUAUCAGGCUUAUAACUUUAUCCUGGGUUUGACACCAAAGUUACAAGAAUAAAGGAAGGAAGAAAGGAAGGAAGGAAGGAAAGAAGGGAGGGAGGGAGGGAGGAAGGAAGGAAGGAAGGAAGGAAGGAAGGAAGGAAGGAAGGAAGGAAGGAAGGAAAGAAGGAAAGAAGGAAAGAAGGAAAGACAAAAAGAAAUCUCCACUUAUAAUUCUCCAAAUAAAUUCACAUUCAAUAUGCCAAAAGCUUAACAAUUAUUUCUCAUUCAUACCCCCUUCUAAUUAUGGAUUUUCUUUGUUAUUAAAAGGCAGACACCCUCUUUCCAGCAAGCCAGAAUUGUCCCUCUCCAUCUGAGACUCUUCCCACUUGCUGCCUCUACCCCAACUGUCUCUAAGCUUUUGCUGUAAAUAUCCCUUGGACUGUAUGACUUCCCCUCAAGGCUUUCUAUCUCUUCUGCCUUGUCUAGCUUCUUGCAAGAGUCUCCAAGCUGAGCUUCCUACCUACCUCCUGUCUGACAUUCCUCCAGUCUGUUGCUACUCUGCUGUCAAGUGAUUGUUCUAUAACACAGCCUUGCCAUAUGUCACUUCCAUUUCAACACCAUCCGUAGCUUCCCACUGCCUGCACUUAACAUCAUGGCCUUAUGCAGACAUGCAGCAGGUUCUGCCUUUGCCUGUGCACACAUCCAGAAUUACACAUCAUUGCCUAUCCAGUACUUAUCUCUGAAAACCCCAAUUUGAAGAACCAUUCACAAGUUAAUAAUUGGCUGGCCUUGCCAUAUUCUGCCUUUCCAUGGGUUUGUCUUUCUCCCUGUGUAUUUUGCUGCGGAUGUACAGUAUUAAUUUUUCUUCAUGGAAAACAUUCUUUCUGGGCAAUGCUCAGUGUACUAGUUAUUGACUGCACUUGCCUUAUUACUGAAGAAAAGGGAACCCCCAAUCAGAAUGCACUUCAUAUAUUAGUCAUCCAUUGCUUCAUUGAUGCUGCUAAAUGCCACAUGGAUGUUGAGAUUUUUCUGUAGUGAGCCACUACAUUUUCCUUUUGGUGUCUGGGAAAAAAAAAGCAGCCUUUAAUUUGUGCUUUUUUUUUUUAAAUGGCAUUUUUAAAUUGGCAGAGGCAUCAAGGAAGGAGUAGAAUAUAGAAAUGUUGAAUUUCCAUGGCAUCACUUUUAUAGAAAAUUCCAGCUGACCUCUUUAGCAAGCUAUUCAGACUUUUGCCUUAGGAAUGGGCUUUUUCUUUCUUUUUAUUUUUUUAAGUUUCUGUGGACAAUGAUUGGUUAAGAGAUAAUGGUGUGCCCAUGGGGGCAGGGGGAGGAGGAAGAAAGAGGGAGGGGAGAGACAAAGUGGGGAUGCUAAAGCCAGCAUAGUCAGUGGCAAGCAGAAAAACAGAAAGUGAGUAAGCAGUUAAAAGUUAAACAAACAAACAAAACAACAACAAAACCCGACCCUGGCUCUGACUAUGAGGGAGAGAAAGAGGGGACAAGGAGAAAUAAAUAAUCUCUGUCACAUGAGAUGCCAUGUCAAGCCAAUGUGGGCUAAUAACAGAAAUCCAGAUGACAAAGAGCUCAGCAUCUAGACCAGUGAGACCUUAUCAAAGAGCUCUUGGACUGGAGUCAUGCCAUCUGUAUUUUCUGUAUUUACUUCCUAACUUCCUGUCGGUAAAUAUUUCAUUCUUUAUAUUUUGUCUUUCCUUCCUUCAAGAAUAAAAUAUUGAGUCAUUGAUUCUCCGCGUUAUCUUUCUUUUCUUAUGAAAAAUUGUUUUCCCACAGCAGAAGUGAUUACAGUAUGUCCUCGAUGGACCUGUAACUCAUACUUUCUCAUUGCCAAAGCCUCCAUCAUCAACACUGGUGCAUACCUAGCCACACAGAAAUUGAGAUUUUAUAUAUAUAUGCUCAAAUCUUCUUGUGACUUCAUGCUUAGAAAGAAUAAGAUAAUUUACGUAGGUAAACAUUGGAAAAGGAACUAGGGGAGAAACAUUUGCUAAAAUUUGAAUGUGCAGAUAUGGUUUUGUUUGUUUGUUGUUUGUUUGUUUGUUUGUGGCAUUGGUUAGAGUCUCUUAGAGAUCAGUAUUUGGAGAGUGGAGCCUGUCAUGGUAAAGGAAGAGAUCAUGGGACAAUAUUGAGUAAAAUACUAUAAUUGUUAAUAUUGUCAAGCCCAUACAAUCUAGAAUCAUCUUAGAGACAAGCCUCCAAUUACUAAGGAAUUACUAAGAUUAGGUUAAUCUCUUCAGGUGCCUGUGCUUGUGCCUGUGAGGGAUUAUCAUGAUUAGUUAGUUCUGGUAGAAAGAUCUACCAUACUGGGCAACACUGUUCCCUGGGAUUGGGUCCUGGACCUUAUGAAAAAUGGGAAAGUCUAACUGUGGAUGCAAUGUGACCAGCUGCUCCAAACUCCUGCCACCCUGAUACCUUCACUACAACACACGACACCCUCCACCCUCCAGCUAAAUCCUUCAUUCCUAAAAACUGCUUCUUUCAGCAUCUUAUAUCACAGCAACAGAAAAUGUAAAUAAGGCCAGUGCAACACAACUCAGGUGACCUUUCUACUUCUAGAUGACUAGCCAAUCAGAAUUCAGAUCAUGUAGAUACUAUUCAAUCAGUAUUCAUUACAUAUGUCUAGCAACCUGCAGGUGUUAGAGAAUAGAUGGAAGACAGCAAUGAGAUAUGUAAUAAGAUCACAAAAUAACAGAUAGAAGGAAAUUCCACAAAAAGUUGAAGGGUUAAUAGACUUGCAAAAUGUAUUUUCGGGCAUUAUAAUAUUUACACACUUUUAUAAGAUCACAUGGUCAAUGAUGGUCAAAAAAAAAAACAAAUAAGUGAAUUUAUAAUAGUACCUACUGCCAAAUUUAUUAUAAGAGGCCCAACUUUGUAUAAAUAUGUAAUGAAUUGUUUCAGAAGGAACUUGACAAUGGCUCCUUAGUAAGCAUUAGAGUCCUGCCAUUUUUCUGAGAAUCAGUUUUGGAGAACAGGACACUCCAAAAUGCCUGUCUAGGUUUAUAUUCUAUCUCUUGAACUUGCUUCUUUUUAGAUGUGUUUUCCAUAAUACAGCAGUUUCUAUGGCACAACACUCAUUUCACACCACAAAUGCCAUGCUGUUCUGGGGCUAUAAUUUAUGGAGUUUAAAUGAGAAUCGAACUCAGCCAGGGACCAAGGAACUAUGACCUCAGGUUGAAAAAAAAUCCUUUAGACACACUCCUCACGGCUCUGGUUAUCACCAGUGAAAUAACAAUUCACCUCUAUGUUUGCUUUUGCUGGAACUGACACUGUAAGUAACAAAAUACAGUGAGAUUUCAAAGAAAGGAAAAUGACCUUUAAAUUUUCUGAAGCAUAAAGGCCACUUCAUGCAACAGAGAACAGCAAAAGCUAUGUGGCCUUAGGAGGUGAGUGAGAUGAGUUAGAUUAGGGGAUAAAAGGGGCAGGCAGCUGGGACCUUGGGGUUUGUCCUCUCUGAAGUCGCAGGACUAAGGUCUCCUUUAAAUGGAAAGCAGAGGUGGGUGAAUAUCAAAAGUCCUCGCACAGAUAACAACCCAAAGAUCUCAAUAAUUAUGCGAGGUGACAAGAACUGUAAAAGCUAACCUGCUAUUUUCAAAGUGUUCCAGUAUGGUUCUAUAAAAACAGAACUGAAGAAGCCCAGUGAAAAUAAACAUAUAAAUGUGUCCUACUAGCUGUAGUCCCAGAGAUCUUAGAAAUUAAGACUAUUUUCUUUCUAGACUACGAAGACUCAAUCUCAAAACAUGAAAACACUAUGGGCUUAUUUCUCUUACAGUUAGCUUUUAAGAAGUCCAGAGACUUGUGAGGAAAUUUUAAAACUACCAAAAAAGAUUUCAAAAGCUAAAUUAAAUAAAGUAAUUUAAAUUUUUUGUAUUUUUAUGAAACUAAAUGGUUAAAAAAAAGUUUAAAUGAGGUGAUCAUUUUUAAUGUGGAGGGGGCUAUCACGGACUGAGACAAAAAUAUUUUCCCAUAUGUUUCCAACCUCACUAUCCUUAGAAAAACCCUUAAAAAUCUAAUGGGGCUUCUGAUAAAUACUUUGAUCAAUAAAUCUUAUUGAAGGAUGAAAGGGAAGAAAACAACAGAUCUAAAAGUAGAUAAAUUUAACUUAAUGCCUACAUAAGGAAAACAGUAAAGUAAGUCCGUUAGCUAGCACAGGGAAUCUUUAAGCAGCAAAACCAUAAGCAUAAUACACAAUACACAUUUACUUCAUUAAAUGCCUGCUGUGUGAAGAGGUAUUUGUAUUGAAAAAGAUAUACCACAGUUACAAGAAGUUUUUUUCUGUACUCUAGAGAAACCAAAUGUAUGGUUAUCUGAACAAUUAUUCAUGAAAUCCUCCUAUUCAAAGCAACUCCACUGUCCAUUUUAUUCCAGAGACUUUAAGGAACAGAGAUUUAUCUGUCUCUCCUGGAAGCAUGUUCCAAGGUGAUAUGAAGAAACAAUGUUGUAAGCCCUCACUCUGGACAGCACCCAUUGUCCAAUUUAUAUUUAUGCUCUUAGGUCCGACUGUGUUUUUAAAGGAAGCCACAGAGCCAUCACAGCCGAAUUUCCUAAUACCAACUGAGUGGUCACUCCAUCAGGAGAUACUUAUAUCUAGCACUUUCCAAUGAUCUGGUAGACAUUUCAUGUUGGUUUUGAUAGGACUAGCACACAUUUUCUCCAAAGUCUUAAGUAUCAUAUAUCUUGGCUUCUUCCUACCUCCUUCUGCCAUAUAAGCUAGAAGUUUUAGAUAACAACAAUUAACCUUCUCAACCAUAGGAGUUCAAGAUGAGCUUUUUGUAAAACUGAAGGGGAUCCUCCAGUAGCAGUGGCUUCCCUUUUCCUUUUAUCCCUUUCUCCCGUCUGAGUCCUUCUUUAUCAGGCUGCAUCUCUCCAUCUGUGUGUUCUUUGCCUGUGCUUUAAGUAUUUCACCUCUGCAAGCAGAUAGUGAUCUCAUUUCGGGUUUUCAAUGUUCAUCUAUUCAUGUUUUGUUCUGUAUGUAUACUUUGAUUUCAAGUAAAUUUGGUCAUCAUCAGUCCAUUACUAAUUGUGAAAAUCAGAAUUAUCCUCCCAACAUCGUGCAUUGUAAAAGUAUUCAUUGUCUCAGCAGCCCAAAUUGCCUUCAACAAGAUCAAAGGGAGGCCAUAGGUGAGGUUUGUUUGAAUUUUUCUCUGACAUUUUUCCCUCCACCUCAUGCUUCUCUCAGUUCUCUUUCUUCUCUCUCUCUCCCUCCCUCUCAUCCUCACUCCCUCUCUCCCCCUCCCUUCCUCCCUCCCUUCCUCCCUCCCUCCUUCCCUUCCUUCCUUCCUUCCUUCCUUCCGUCCUUCCUUCCUUCCUUCCUUCCUUUCUCCUUUUCUCCUUCUCUUCUUCUUUCUCCUACCCUUCUCUUCCCCAUCCCUUUGAUUCUUUAUCAUAGUCAUCUUUAUCUUCUUCUUUCAUUUUUCUUUUAGGGCUACCCUUUUACUCUAGACAUUACUCACUUCUUAUGAUCUGUGAAAUGUAGAGUAUUUAAUACCUUGAUGUUAUCUCCAAAAGAUAUGGAGUAUUUGCAUGGUAAGUAUACAGUUAACAAUCUCGAUAACCAGAGUUCACUUACUUCUUGUUUUUCUUCCCCAUUAUAAAAGGAACAAAAUGUCUUUCUUAGACACCUUUUGGGUUUCAAAUUUUGUAGAAAAGUGCCAAUGAAUAGUUUAGAAUAAUCCUAAAGGGAAAAGUGAUUCAUGAUUUGGAAGAGGUUGGUCAAGGACAGCUAGUCAAUCACACUCUCUGAUCUUGAGGUUCUUUAUCUGAAAAUGGGGACUUGUUUAUCUUCAGUCAUUGUUGAGAUUAUCAAACUGUAGUUUGAUAUAUUAGUGAGUCUUAUAAAUUAUAAAGUAUUAUUCAUGCCCAUUAUAUUUUCUUUCAGAAAGCAAUAUUUAACAGAACCAUGAGUUGGCCUGAAGGACAUAGUUAUGAAAAGGACAUAACUACAAUCUCCCUAUUUAAAAACUAAAGCCACAUCCUUCACUUCUCAGAACUGGGUCUUUGGGGAUUUCAUUUAAAAGACCAUUCAGAAAGAAUGCCCAUUGGGUCUGUUAUCAAAUCUACCAAUUUCUUAAAUAACAGGAUUAAUUUGUUCAUAAAAGAAUACCUUUCCAGUGCAUUGAUUUAGCAUCUUUACUUACUUUAUAAAUGGGAUCACUGGAGUGUUCUCCAACCAUCUUUUGAAAUGUAAUCUUGAAAAGAGGAAAGAAGAGAGAGAGAAAAAAGCUAGAAAGAAACAAACAUUGUUGAAGGGGCUUUUUGAGAAGUCAAGGUGUUAAAUACUACAGAGCUUACUGUGGAUGGCUUGUACUUUAGAAAUCUCUGUUUUGAGAGAAGGAGGAUUAUUUGGUGGCUUCAAAGGUGUUUAUUCUUGAAUAUUCGUCUCAGUCAUCAUCUAUACACCAUCUCAUCCUUCCUCUGCCACAUCUUUGAAUUUCUUUCCAUUCAUCAUGUUCCUACCCUUACAGAGUCACUGAAGCUGAGUGGUGAGAGAGCAUCAUCCUCUGGCUGAUUCCAGCUCAUCCUUUGCUUUCAAACUGCAAGGUUGUCACAGAGUUCUGCUUUAGUCCUCUGCCUUGGUCUUCAGUACAAAUCAGAAACAUGCUAACACCAACCCCUCCUACUAGUUACAGACUUCUAUUUAAAGUAUCUUUCCAUAAAGCUCCUUUCUUACACGCGUUCUCACGACCGGCCAGGAAGAACACCACAAACCAGAAUCUUCUGCGGCAAAACUUUAUUGCUUACAUCUUCAGGAGCAAGCGUGCAAGCCUCAAACCCCCCAUUGCUUACAUCUUUAGGAGCCAGAGCGCCAGAGCGCCAGAGCGCCAGAGCGAGAGCUCUAUAUUUUACAUCUUUAGGAGCAAGAAAGCAAGCCCCAAGCCCCAAGCCCAAAAACGAAAGCGAAACCCCUUCCCUCUUAAGGAGAGUUAUCCUUCGCCUAGGACGUAUCACUCCCUGAUUGGCUGCAGCCCAUGGCCGAGUUGUUGCCACGGGGAAGGCAGAGUACAUGGGGUGGAGAAAUACCCUUGGCACAUGCGCAGAUUAUUUGUUUACCACUUAGAACACAGCUGUCAGCCCAUCUUGUGACGGCGAAUGUGGGGGCGGCUUCCCACACUCCUUGAUGUAUCUUAUGAUUGUAUCUCAGACACAAAAUGUCCUAAAAAAAGAUCCCAAAAUCCACUGGGAAAUUUUCUUAUGGCUCGGGAAUACUUCAUAUGCCCCAGUAUAGGGGAACUCCAGGGCUAAGAAGUGGGAGUGGGGGGGGGUUUAGGGGAACAGGGCGAGGGGAGGGUAUAGGGAACUUUCAGGAUAGCAUUUGAAAUGUAAAUAAAGAAAAUAUCUAAGGAAAAAAAGAUGCCAAGGUUGUAAAGUUCACAAGUAGAUUUAUUUAUUUAUUUAUUUAUGAUCCCUUAAUAUCUUUCACUAUCAAAUCUUCCCAUAUUUACUUACAAAACAUAUGGCAAACCUGAACUUCACAUUAUUCUUUUUGCCUUCCCUACCAGUCUAAUGGAAGACAUCAUUCUUCCUUCCCUUGUGGUAUUAUUCCCCUGGAAGGACUUCCCACAUCUACCCCACCUACCCCAUCUCAACCCUAAUCUGUUCUUAGAGAUUGCUGCCAAAUUAAUCUUCCUAAAGUACAAUUUAAAUCAUGUCAUUCUACUACUCCAAAAUGUUUAAUUGCUUUUUAUUAUCCAUUGAAUAAGAUCCAAACUCCUUAAAAUAACAUUUAACACCCUCCACCAUCUGGUGAUGUCCCACAUUUACAGACAUAGCUCCCUUCUCCCUCUUCCAAAUAUCUAAUGCUGCAUUCAGACUAUAACACGUCCUUCUGCUUGUCUCAAUUCAUUUACUCAUCCCAUCCUCUUCACAGUAAUGUUCCCUCUUCUCCUUGUUCUCUAUGGGUAUUUAGCAGAGGGCUCCAGCAGACAAUAACACAUAAUUCAAAAUAAAUUGAGCAAUUGGCAUUGCCAUGCUGAAUCCUCCCAAUUAUCCUAUUACAUAUCUACUGUUUCCAAACUUUUACCAGCAAAUAUGCUGAGGUGUGUAUGGUUUUGUUAAUUACUACAACUAGUAUAGCUUUCUAUAUUUGUUCAUAUUAAAGUCAUUGUUUCAAACCUGAAUCCACUUGAAAGAUUUGUUUUAUUUUUAAUUAUGUGUAUGUAUGUGCACAUCUGUGUGGGCUAUAAACAACUGAACCAGCUCUUCUGCCCAAUCCAAAUAUUACAAGUGCUUCUGUUCUUUCAAGUAAACAACUUGACCCCUGGCUUAAUUUCGAAGAUAUAAUUUCAGGAAAAAACUUAAUAAUAACACAUUAAACACUAAUAAAAAUGUUGCUUCCUUGGUUCAUUCAUUUACAUACAAUUUACAUGCAAAAAAUCCCAUGUUCUUGGUGGAUUGCUCUAUGAGCCUAGUAGCUCUAUCUCUGGCCUCCUGUGCUCUCCUUUGAGUGGCAUCUCUAGCUCUGGGCUCCUGCACUCUCUUUGAGUGGCAUCUCUAGCUCUGGGCUCCCUGAACUCUCCGUUGAGUGGCAUCUCUAGCUCUGGGCUCCUGCACUCUCUGUUGAGUGGCAGUUCUAAAGUUUUUGUUUCUGGCAUUGUCUUUUCAGAGUCAGGUGAUUUACUUUUGUGUAUUCUCCAAGUAGUCUGACUUAAUUUUGUCAUUUUUUUUUCCUCUUUACCCCAAAUUUCUUUAGGAGUGCUGAAUGUUGUUAAUAUGAUUUUUGGUAAUUACCUGAAUCUUCUUUAGAAUAUAAUUUUAAUUAUGAAAUGAAAAUUUGAAGUUUGUCCAGAUAAUUUAAAAGCUGUCAUUAAUUAUAAUCAUAAUCCAUAGAUUCCUCCCUCAUACACACACACACACACUGGGAGAGCUUUCUGAUUAGUAUUCUGAGUGAAUGAAAUAUAUAUAAUUAAAGCUAUUUAAUUCAUCUUUAUCUGCUGGAUGCAUAGACUUUAUGACAUAUAUUGUUAUAUAGCCUUGACUAUUUCAGAAAAUAUGCCUUCACUAAUGCAGUCACACAAAAAGAUGACUUUUUGAAGAAGCCCCCUUUCUAAACCACUGCUGGCAUAUGAUUUCCUUACUCUUUAUUGAACAAUAUUAAUUUAUUAACAUGUUAAAAUUAACAUUCAUAAUAAUAGCUUUCAUUCGGGGACUCUGUGCACAUACAGUACUUCACUUUGUUCUCCUUCUGCCUCUGCUCCUGUCCUCUGCUUCCCCCAAACUCCUUCCUGAUGCCUUUUGCUUCUAUGACACAUGAAUUCCAUUAUUCCUUUUUAUUCCUUUCUUCCCCUUACCUCAAAAUUCUUUUUUCCAGUCAAAUGAGUCUCUUUCAUUAUCUAUAUGCAUAUGCCCACACAGGUGUACAGGCAUGUGCACAUGAGCACACACACAGACACACAGCUAAAGUCCACAUGUGAGCAGAAACAUGUACUAUUUGUCUUUUAAGUCUUUUUUUUUUACUGGAUAGAAUGAUCACUAGCCAGACUCAUUUUCCUACAAAUAUCAUGACUUGCUUUUUCUUUAGCAUUGAGUAAAAUUCCAUUGUACAUGUGUACCACAGUUUCUUUAUCCAUUCUUCUACAAUUCUUAGCUAUUGUGAACAGUGCCACAAUUAAGUGAAGGCAUGCAAGCACCUCUAUGAUGUGUUUCCCUAGAGAUCUUGUAUAUACACGGGAGCGGUAAAGCUAGGUCAUAUGGUAGUUGCAUUUCUUUGUUGUCAUUUUUUGAGAAAACAUAACACUGACCACCAUAAUGGCUACACCAGUUUUAAUUCCCAUAGCAAUGUAAUUGUUCCUCUUUCCCCACAUUCUUGCCAGCAUUUAUCAUUAUUUGAAUAUUUGUUGAGUACUUAACAUAUAAUAUAAAACUUGCCCUUAAACGGUUUGCCACCAAGUUGAUUAACUGCAAACAUAACAAGUAAUGACAACUUCCAGAGUAUUAAUAACUGUAGUAAAAAAAGUUAGUGGCCUAGUUAAUGCAAUGUUUGCAUCCCCAGAAGGGUAGAGAACUACCAAGAUACUAUCUAGCAUAACAUUGAAGCUGAGAAGCAAAGAAGCAAUAAUAAUUAGGAGAAUGAGACUUGAGUCAGAAGCAGCUUCACAACUUGAGCCAUACCAGGUCAAUAAGAGCAUCACAAAUAAGGGGCCUAUUUUCAUAUAAAAGCCAGAAUCCUUUGAGUAUCUUGAAAACAGCAAAGAAAGUCUUCCCCUUGAGGGUUUUUGAAGAUAAGAUAAAGCCCGGUUGAAGAGCUUUCUCGUGAAGUUCUAACAGUAGUUAUUCCGGUCACUAAUGUAUAAACAUCCCUCUUGUUUUGACCUCUCUUUUUAAUGUGCAGUUUUUGAGAAAACAAGUAAAAACAUUCCCAGGCAUUUCUCAUCAUAAUACAUUUCUCAUUAGUUGGGCCAGGACAACUUUGAACUUUUCAAAAGAACAAUUAAAAAACAAAAACAAAAACAAAAAAAACCUAUCUUAUUACUUCCGUUUCACUGUUCUAUAGGUUUGGCAAACACUCAUAUGUAAUAUCUGUUCCCUACAACAAGAACAUUUCUUCUGACACCCACCAAUCUGAAUAGGCACUUAACUUUCUGGGCCUGGCGUGCCUUAGCAACCUAAAUGAAAUGUUCCCUGCAUUCUGCCUCCUUCCUCUCCCUCACCCCCCAACAUUCAUAAUAUGCCAUUAAAGUAAAAGGGAUUAAAUGAAUUAUAAUGCACAGAGAUUACCAUAACAUACAUAAUGCACACAGAUAAUGGAUCUUGUGACCUCACCUACAUCAUUGAAUUCAGAGAAAGAAUUCUCCCACCUCUACUACCUGAUAACCAAGGGUACCAAAAUUAUCUCCCUUAAUAAGUAGGUAAAUACUCUAUUUUUAAAGAAAUUUUGUGAAUACAAAGUGUCAUGUUCCCACCCUAAGGAUCUGUGUUUUCACACCCCAUGGAAAUGCCUACAUAUAUCUGUGAUAUAUACAUUCAAAUGCACAGCUAAAAUAUUCAUAUAUACAGAACUCAAAUCAAGAACUGGCCUAAAAGUACCUUGUUAGUGGGCAUGCCCGAGCAGGCAGACCCAAAUACAACUGGGGUCCAAGGACUAGAUGAAACCUUUACUUCUGUAGACUAACAAAUGAACUCACUCAAAUUAAUGUGUGAACUUGAUGACUUCUAUCAUUGGAAAUCUAUGAGUACAUACAUUCUACCAAUAGGUAAACACCAGCUUGGCAGUAUUAUCAUUGCUGUUAUAACAAAGGCCCAAACCAUGAGCCCUUAAAGCUUUCCGGAUGAAAGGCUUACAAGCAGAAAACAAUCUGCCCUAGCGUUUGCUCUGCAGACUUCAAAUUACUUUUCAACCUUUUCUCUGUAUUUAUCCAACUCAUUGCAAAAGAUGAAACACCUAUUCCAAAGUGAGGAAUGAGACUUCUGGGGGGAAUACUAUUUUUUAGGAUGGCCUUAUUAUUUUCUGUUCAUUCUCCCGAUCUUUUAUUUUUCCUUUCUGCCUAGUUCCCAGGUUUUAAUUUAUCAUUUCUUUUCGAUCACUCCACCCUCAAUUUUUCAGGAUGUCCUGCAUCUUUUCUGUCUGCCUGGUCUUCUACCCUUUCAGAAGUACUGUCAGUUAACAGUCAUAUAUCUUCACUCUAUUCUUUCUUUUCUGUUACUAUCCCCGUGGAUGUUGCUUCCCAGAAGCCAUGGUACCCAUUCCUGGAACGGAAUGGAUGGCGGUCUCAGUGGUCACAUAGGAAAUGAGGCCAAUGGAAAAGCAAGUGGGAUGUACAGGCUGAGAAGUUUGGUAAUGGGUUUGCAUUUGAACCUAGGCAAAGACUGCCAUUUCCUAACUGUGAGAAGUUUAGUUCACUCACAGCACCAAGCCCUGGCACUGAUAGAUCUUAUAAAAGACUAACGUCAUAUCUAUCUCACUGGGUGGUUGAAGACUGAGAUAAUGGUUUAUAUUUAUUAGAUUUUUCUGACUGUUACAGAACAUCUUAAAGAAAUGAAAGGCUUUGUUGCUGUUUGUUUGAGCUACUGACUAUAGAAUUAGAAGGAUCAGUCUAUGAUUUCUUGGACCAGGUGCUUAACCUCUAUCCUCUAGCUGCCUUUUAAAUUGUAUAGAGCCAUCUAACAGGAAUCCACCACUUGAAGAAAUUAAUGUACAAGACAAGAGCUUGUGUAGAGAUUCCAGUAUUAAAGCAAGAGCAUGGUAGCAAACUACUAGUUAAAUGUCAGGACACAGGGUACAUCCACAGAGAGGAGAGGAUCCAUAAGCAGGAUCAGUGAUGUGGGCAGCUCUAAGGCUGCUGCUGCUUACAGGCAGGAGUUCCAAAAGGACUUCGGUUUUUGUAGUAAUGCGUCACCUUGCCCAUUUGUGUUUUAAGUUCUGGAAAAUCACUCACAUAUUUAAAAUCAGAGAAAGGAGCACCCUGCUAUAUAAAUUAUGCUUAAGCAUCAAUGCUAAGAGUGACUCCUGCUCUUAUGUCCCACAGAUCCGUUUACUUCACAAAGAGGAACUUCCGGGCACAGCUUUACCCUGCCUCCUCUUUUUUCCUGAAAUAAUUGUAAAAUUUUUCACACAUUCAAAAUAAUAUCCAAAAUAUUCAUGAGGGUUAAGCAUGAAAUUAAGAAAAUGACUAGCCCUACCCAUAGCACUUACUAUUAGGAAAACAGCCUUGCUGGUCUCUUUGAAGUUCACCCUGUGCAAGUUCUGAUUGCAGUUCUCCCUACACUACAGAGAGCUACCCUCAAAUGUGGGGUUAACAUUGUAUCAGUAUUGCUUAAAAGACGCAUAUAUGCACACAUCCCUGAAAAACACAUUGUGUAGGAUUCCCAGCUGUAAACUGACUCAGCACAUUUGUAGACAACAUCAUGUUUAUGAAUUCUUUCAAGACUGCGAAUCUCUUUCAAGAUUCAUCAAGAUUAACAGUUGAAGAAAUAAGAGCACUGCAAAGAAACUAUUUAUCCAGGUAUGGACUUUAGGGAUAUUUUAAGUACUGAGUACUGGAACUAUUUUAUUAUGAACACUUUACUAUAUACUUAAAUUGUAUCCUAGAAGAGAAAAUUUAAAGACAGGAGAGUAUCUCCCUAACUAUUUGAAAUAUUGUCUUACUGAGUGUAUAUGAAGAAGGGUUAGUGUAGGCCUCUGUAAGCAUCAAAGUCUUAGUUUAUAUGUAUAUCAAUUUCAAAUUCAAGAAAUCUACAAUAGCUCAGUGUAUAGAUGGUGACCCACCCACACUGUCAGAGACCCAUUUCCUUCUAUUAUAGAGGUCACUGAAUAUGUACAACUUUGGUCCUCAAGGUCCUGAAUGGUUUAUUGACCUCUGACUGGUAUAUCCACCUUUAUGUUGGCCAUGUACAUGCUUCUAAAAGGGUGGACAUAGCAGUUUCAGUAUUCUAUCUUGGUUAAGUUUCCAAUGCUGUGAUAAAAAAGCAUUCUGAGCAAAGGCAACACGGAGAAUCCAAGGUUUACUGGCUUAUAUUUUUAUGUCUUCAUUGUCAUAGAAGGCUUGAGAUCAUAGAUGGCUUCCAUCAUUCAGGAAGGUGAAGUCAUAAAUUCAAACAGAAACCUGGAAAUAUAAACAGAAGUAGAUCAUAGAGAAAUUUACUCUCCAUGAUUUAUUCAGUAUACUUUCUUACACAACCCAGGGCCACCUGCCCAGAGGUAGCACUGCCAACAAUGGUUUCCUCCCAAAUCAAUCAUUAAUCAAGAAAAUGUCCUGCCGACCAAUAUGGUGGAAGCAUUCUUUCAACUGAAGUUCCCUCUUUGCAGAUGACCCUGGCUUGUGUUAACAGAAAACUAGCACAUGUCCUUUGGCCACACUUAUGGCUUAAAGUUUCCCAGGAAACCAGGAAAAGUAAUCUUUAUUAUGGUUGGCAAUGAAUUCAUUAUUACUUAGAAAAAAACCUGUCAACUAAUCAUUACCAAUUCUCCUACAGUGGUUGUGCUAACUUAUCUGCCUAAGAACAAUGACAUUUUAUAUCUCUGAAUAGUUGAAACACCUGAAAACCUGAAAUAUAUAUGUGUGUACUGUAUAUACAUGUAUGUCCAUGUAUCUACUUCUCUGGAGACCAGAGUCCAGUGUUGGCUGUUUUCUGGCAUUCUCUAUCUUAUAUUUUUUACGAUUUAUUUCAUUUUUGAUUGUUUGUGUGUGUGUGUGUGUGUGUGUGUGUGUGUGUGUGUGUGUGUGUGUGUGUGUAUAUAUGAACGUGUGAAUGCGGUUGCCCUCAAAGAUCAGAAAAUGGUGUCACAUCCCCUCAAACUGCAGUUACAGGCAGGCAAUUGUAAGCCACCAGUGUGAGUGAUGGGAACUGAAUUCAGGUCUUCUACAAGAGCAUUAUGGUCUUUAUGGUCUUACCUGCGAAGCCAUCUCUCCAGGACCCUUUCCUUUAUUUUUUUGACACAGGGUCUCUCACUGCACUUAGACAUUGAUGUUUUGCUUAAACUGAUCCCUUGGAUCUGCCUCUCUGCCUCUCAUCUCUGAGGUUACGCACAUGUACCACCAUGUCUAGCUUUUAUGUGGAUGCUAGGAAUCCAAAAUCCGGACUUCAUGUUUGCACAGCGGGUACUUAACCUUUAGGUCAUCUCCCCAGCUAGAUUUAAUCAAAAUGUUAAAGUUUGGCCAACACUAUGUACGUGAAAUAGUAUGCCAUCCUAAAAAAUGUAUACCACCACCAAAUUGAAUUUAUUGAUCAAUUAUGUAGAUUUCACAUUUUUGUGUUAUCUUCUUCUGGUUUUUAUGAGUUUUGUGUUCCUUCUAGAAGAAUACAAAUUCUUUGUUAGUUGAUUUCUUAGGCAGAUAAGUUAGCACAACCACUGUAGGAGAAUUGAGUAAUUGUAGGAGUAAUAUGAAAGCAAGCCAGUAAAGAACAUCCCUCCAUGGCCUCUUCAUCAGCUCCUGCUUCCUGACCUGCUUGAGUUCCAGUCCUGACUUCCUUUGGUGAUGAACAGCAGUAUAGAAGUGUAAGCUGAAUAAAUCCUUUCCUCCCCAACUUGCUUCCUGGUAAUGAUGUUUGUGCAGGAAUAGAAACCUUGACUAAGACAGUUAUACAAUUUGCAAAAUAAAACAAUGCCUUCUUUUUGUUGUCUUAGUUUUCUGUGCCUUAAAAUGUUGGUUGAGUGUAUGCAAGUUAAACCUGGUUCAAGAAUAGCAGUUGAGUGUGAUCCCAGGAGUCCUGAACUUGGAUGAGCCCAGACUACAUUGAAAUACCCACUCAAACAGAGACAAAAGAGAGUUGUUGAAGUGAUCUUUUAUUUUCCCAUUUUGUUUACUUUUUACAUUAUGAUUUAAACUUAAAUAUCACACACUAUUUUGCUAUUCCACCCCAUAAUCAGCAUCCAAACGCUGACACCAUUGCAUAUACUAGCAAGAUUUUAUCAAAAGGACCCAGAUGUAGCUGUCUCUUGUGAGACUAUGCCAGGGCCUAGCAAACACAGAAGUGGAUGCUCACAGUCAGCUAAUGGAUGGAUCACAGGGCUCCCAAUGGAGGAGCUAGAGAAAGUACCCAAGGAGCUAAAGGGAUCUGCAACCCUAUAGGUGGAACAACAUUAUGAACUAACCAGUACCCCGGAGCUCUUGACUCUAGCUGCAUAUGUAUCAAAAGAUGGCCUAGUCGGCCAUCACUGAAAAGAGAGGCCCAUUGGACAUGCAAACUUUAUAUGCCCCAGUACAGGGGAACGCCAGGGCCAAAAAGGGUGAGUGGGUGGGUAGGGGAGUGGGGGUGGGUGGGUAUGGGGGACUUUUGGUAUAGCAUUGGAAAUGUAAAGGAGCUAAAUACCUAAUAAAAAAUGAAAAAAAAAAGAAAUCAUUUCUCAUCUCAUGGUUAUAAUAAAGUCCCAUAACUUUUUCUAAAGCUUUGCAAUUUUGUCUUGCAUUUAUAUAUUUCAAUGGAAAGUACUUGAUAUUUUCUGUAUUGCGAGGGUGUGAGUACAAUUCUAUUUGUUUCUCCCUAGAAAACUAAAGCUAGUAGUUUCCAUAUAAUUUGUCUCCAUAUAAUAGUUGGAUCUUUAUUCAUUCAUUUAAAGGGCCAGCUCUGUCAUGGAGAAGAUCCCCUAUAUGUCAAGAUCUCUUUCUAGGACUUAACUGUUUCUAAGUCAAUCUAUAUGUUCUUUAUAUGUGUUAGUAUACAACUUCCUGAUAUUUAUAAGUAGACUUGUUAGCAAAUAAAUCAAGACCCUUGCUCAUACCUUUCUGCUUUAUAUCAUGUAUUUUUGGUUGUUACUAUUCUUGGCCUCUGGGUUUUACAAAUAAAUUUGAAGACUAUGUCUUCUUAAAGUUCAGUUUGUCAAAUUCAGUAGCACUAGGGAAAGUAAUAUGAAAUCAACUGAAUAAUUUGAACAGAACCCACACAUAUUGGGUAUUUUUAUUUGUGAUAACAGUAGACUUUCCAUCUGGUGGUGUGUCUUCCUUAAUGACUUUAAAUAAUACUUCACGAUUUUUAGGUAGAAAAAAUAUUCACUUAUAAUCAAGAUGUUCAGUGUUGAAGAUGGAAAAGAAAAAGGAAAUUGAAGAAAUAAUAGUGCCUAUAGAUAAGCAGAGCCCUCAUCCUUGGUAAUUUAGUCCCUGACUACUCUAUUGCUCAUAAUUUAUUGCAAAUUUAUUAGACCUCAGUAGCUCAGAAACCUAGUAGCUUAUGGAUGAUCCUCUAAUUAGUGGAAUUAGAGGAUGAGGCUGUUUCCUUUGAUUAAUUGGCACAUGUGGAGUCUGGGUGCCCUCUGAGGCCCACCAUUUGCAUAUUAAGUUACCACAUAUUAAUGUGCUGAAAUCCAAAGGGCUAGGGGCCCCAUCUACCAUGCAAAGGCAAAGUCCUAUGGAUCUAAUUAAAUUAUCGUGUUCAUGCCCCCUUCUCUUUUCUACCCACCCUGAGACAAUUUUCCAAGGAGUAGUAACCCUAAAGUUAAAAAGCAAAUAAACAAUUUGUGUGCUUGUAGCAAUUUACCACUUGCAAAUUCUUUCCACAUAUAGUAUCUUCUCUCGCAAUCCUCUUGGGGAAAUACAAUUUUACUCCCAUCUUUCUAGUGGAUCUUGAGAUUGAUAGGUGUCCCAAUUUACAAGGUAUUAAUUGACCAAGCUGGGAUUCUGACUUGGAUCCUUUUAUGCCAAGGUCAGAGUUGUCUUCACUAUCCCAUGUUGAUGUGUUAGAAAUUUAUCCCAAAUGUUAUAAUAAAAAUAGGAAGAAAUAUUACUCUUCUAACACCACCAUGUUUUCCAGAAACCAAUUAUUCUCAUUGUUUUGGUGGAAAGAGGAAGGUUAAAUGUUAAAUGGAACCAAAAGAAAAAAAGCUUUAUUUUGUACAGGAAGGGAAAGCAUGGUAUUAAAUGAGAACCAAUAUGCAUACAGGAGGUAGUGAUAAUUCUGCAUCUCAGGAUUUCAUACUAAGACGAAGUGGCUACUUGAUUGCAAUUCUAGCGCAAAUGUCAAUUCUGUGCCUGAACAAGUUGAUCAUUAAGGUCUCUUUUUUAGAAGACUUCUUAAAAAAAAAAUGCCACCAUUUUGCUGGACCAAAGAACUUUGCAGGCCAGUGUCUCUUCUGAGCAUGUCAGAGUGGAGACAUGAAGGAAGGGAGCUAUUUUAGACAACAGGUGGUUCCAGAGGCCAAAAACUCUGCAGCGGUCUCCUCGGUGGCGCUUGUCACAAAGUAUAUUAUCUUUGCUGGGUUGGAAGGGGAGAAUAUAUUUGAAAGGGUUUAAUAAAGGUUCUGAAGGACUCUCUUGGUAUAAAUACCUAUUAUUCCUGUCAGUGCUACUUAAGAACAGCAGGAGGGGCGCAUUUCAAAGGGAAGUUCUGCAUCUAUUCCCAGGAGCCCAGUGGAUCCACAGCUGCCCAGGUCCUUAAGCAAUCUGUAAAGCUAGCCUCCAGAAAGGGAGGGGCAGGAGCAUCAGGAACUAAGGCUCUCCUUUCUACUGUAGGGUAUUCGUUGAGGAACUCUUUUGGGGAUUCUUCUGGUCCUUUUUCUAGGGGCUGAGGCUCCACCCCAUCAGCAGCAGGAAGGUGGGGGGUUGGGCUUAGUUAGCUACCUGAAGGGUGACAAAAACUGAAUUUGUUUCAAGCCGGAUUUUUUUCUGAGUCUCGAAAAGUGAAAAAAAUACUGUGUUGUUGUUGUUGUUGGUGUUGGUGGUGGUGUUGGUGGUGGUGGUGGGGUGGUGGUGGUGGUGGUGUUUUCAUGAUUUCUUAAAGGAAGCUUCAAGCUCACCUUUACAAAAGCUGAAAAAAAUGAGAAUGGGUCGUGGCCUCCAAUCUGGAGGAGGAUAGCCAACUGGCUGUGAUCUGCCCGUUAUUUUCGGCUGCCUCUCCUCACUUUAGAAGGCUGAAAAACACAUCUGCAUAGAAAUGAUAAUAUGAAACGGUCUUAUGAGAAAGCCCUGUUGCUUAAUGGCCUAUAUCUUGCUUUUCUCUACCCUGCUCACCUCUCAGCAUCCUGGCCUCCUGGAAAAUAGUAUUUGCCUCUUGGUGAUGCUCCCUCCCUUGUCUUGUUAAGCUGCUGCCGCAAAGGAGAGCCAGGGAUGGAUGGCAGACAGGUUUAAUGUGGCUUGCACGGAGCAGUCCAGUUUUGCCGGUAGGAGGGCCACAGCUGGGGAGAUAUUACCCAGCUCUGGUAAUUGACAUCAGCUGAUCAAAGUCACUGACCUGACAGCUAACGGAGGACCUUUCUUUGAUCGCUGCUUCAUUUGGGGUGCAAUUGAUUAAAAACAGAAAAAGCUGUCUGUUCAUGUCCUUUGUGUUUGCUUUUCCUUCACCUUUGGUUCCAGAAUGCUCAGGAUAGUAUUUUGGCAGGUAAUAGUUUAUAUCAUAGAAAGCUGAUUGAUAAGCUUCUAAUUAUUUUUUCCCUGGGGGAGGGGGUGCAGAAUAUAAGAGUCUGCAGGAUCAGCUCAAUGGCAAUACCAGCAACAUGCUGGAGAUGCCAUUACAUCCCCUCCAAGAGGAGGGGAACAGGGACAGCACUCAGGAAUUGCUUCCUGCAAUAUGUCAGCUGAGAAAAUAAAAGCACCGAUUUUGGGGGCCUGCCUGAGAGAUCUCAGCAAACGCCAAAGCAUUGCUUGUAGAGGGAGAAGUGUGACUCCAAUCUCCAGGCAAUGCCAGGUUCUGGCUCCAGUGGGUAGGCAAUGGCAUCCUUUGGCUCCAGUGGGUAAAUAAAAGCUGUUAUGCUAACUUGUGAAUUCUCCAGGGUUUACUAGCACUGUGGUAGCGUAGUACCACAGUCUGGGCUGCUUAAAGAAGAGGAAAUUUAGGUAGGUGAUGGUGGUAGUCAUGGUGAUGGCACAGGCCUUUAAUCCCAGAACUCUGGAAGCAUAGGCAAGGGUGUCUCUGAGUUCAAGGUCAGCCUGGUCUACAGAGUGAGAUCCAGGAGAACCAGGGCUACACAGAGAAACUCAAAAUACUUAGGGGAGAUGGGCGUUAAAGAACAUCUCACCUGAUUUGGAUGCUAAUUUUUCUUGGGUCCUUUCCCACCUGCUUGCAAAUGGCUUUCUUUUCCAGGCAUCUUUACUUGUGUUUCCUUCUGUAGACCUCAGAGUCCACAUUCCCGCAUGGGAGGGUAGCAGUUACCUUGGAGGAGGGUCUCCUCUGACUUCCAUCUUUACUUCAUUAGUCUUGAAAUAGCAUAUUCCAAAAUACAGGGAUUCAGUGUAUCUCAUAAUAAAAUUAUGUCUGGGCCAUUUUUCAGCCAGUCAGCGUGACCCAUACCCUGAAAGACCACCUGACCUGCCUCCCCACUCCUUUGCCACCAGAACAUUGUGUGAUCUCUCUUCUUCUAUAGAGGUUUUACCAUUGGAAUCCUAAUACAAUUUUUAUGAUAGAUAUAAUAAUAGUACCCAGUACUUGUACUGACAGCUUUAAAGCAAUAUUUCCAUUCAGUGAGUGCCUACAGUCUAGCAGUGUGAACGAACAGCACUGCCUUGCAUUAGUCAGUUAGGCCUCAUCACAAGUCUGUGAGGUAGACACAAUUCUAGAUGUAUAAACUCAGGCCCAUCAGGCAUUUUGUCCCUGGGUGAGUGAGAUGCUCUGUUUUGUGCAUAGCUAACAUUCAUGUUCUGAACGUCAUCAUUUUGUUGUAUCAAUCAGCCAUCAUCAAUUUACAAACCUCCCUAUUUUCCAAACAUAUCUUCAUAUAAAGUCCAUUAUAACAUCAAAUAUACAACAUUAAAAAGGGACUCUGAGCAUCAUCACCUAUCGGUUGGAAAGCCCUAUCCUUACAUCAUACCUAAAGUCUUUGUACUGCCAGCCCCUGGGCCCUGAGUACAUUGACCACUGUCUCGUGUGGUCUGAUUUUCUUUUCCUCAUUAUGAGCCCUAUAUGCUGUCUUCCUUACAAGAAAGAAUCUAAGAGUAAAACUCACAUUUUCCCCUCCACAGAGCAUUGUGUGAAGCCCUUGGACUUGAUUCUUAGUGGCAUCUAGUGAUAGCAAUGAAAGAAAUAACUAGGGCAUAUUAAAUGUGUACCAUAUUCUACAUUACCAUUAAGGAGCCACAGAGAGUCUAGAUCAGGAGCCAAUUUCUGAGCCCUUGUUCCGACCACAGGUGUUGUGUGUGAGGGAAGUGGAACUGGCCAGUCAUUAGGCACCCCUCCAGGUACUCUGCAGGGUGUUGUGCGUGGGCCUUAUUUAUUCCUCUCCACAGACUAUGGGGAGGCCUGCACCCUUGGCCUCACUUCCACCAGCUUCCCCUGACAAGAAGAAUGUCCAGAAAUUGAUCUCACUCAAGGGGAAAAGCUGUAUCAUUUAGAGACAAAAAUAAGAAAAUGCGUUUAACGCUUCAGUUGCUGAACCCUGUGCAGAAAAACAGCCUUCGCAGUCACCCGUCUGCAGAAGCGAGUCUGCCGCAGAAUAUUAUCUUCCCAUCCUCUCUGCCAUAUGUUCAAGCAAUCUGUGUUCCCCAGCCUCUAUUAAUACACCAAGUCAGAGGCAGUGGGGUUCAGUGGGCUAAGCAACAGCCUGGAAAAUUGAGGGGUGUGAGUUCUAAUUCCAUCCCACCCCUUGGCUUGCUGGCUGACCUUCAAGGAAGUCAUAGCAUCCCCAGCUUGCCCUCCAUCUCCUCUUCAUGUUUCCCCCAAGGUUUACAAUGUCUGAGCAAAGGGAGAAGAACCAUGGACAGUAACAGAUUCAGGGUGAAAUUGCACAAAUGCCUCUGAAACUUUUAAAUGUGUGCCAUUGCGGGGGGGGGGGGGGGACACUGUCCUAAGUUGCCAUUAAGAAAUGACCCCUGAAAGUAGUCAUUGGCAACAUAGCUAUAAGGUUGAACCUGUAUUUAAGUUUGUUAAGAUUAACAUCACACCAUGCUACUUACAAAUAAUUGUUACCCUCAUUGAUCUUCAUUAUAUCAGUUUUAUAUUAUUAUAAAAUUACCAGGCAAAGAACUUGGCAACCCAAGAACAUAUGUAGCUGUCCUCAAAUUCUCCAUAAAUUUAAAUUUACUUAAAAAAUUGAAUAUUAAUAAAUAAUAAAUAAAAUAUAAGCUUAAAUAUGUGCAUGUCUAUAAAAUAAAAAUACAUUCACUUCAAAACUAUAAUAGGACCAGAUUGGUUAUUGCUACAUUUUCUGACAAUUUGGUCCUAUCCUCUCCCAUUCAGGGAUCAGAACACCUUCCCUCUUCUGUUACUCCAUUCCUAAGAAAGCUAAAGUGAUGGGCAAAACACAGGUAACAUAAAGUUAGUAGACAAUGAUGUAACAUAAGAAAAUGAUGUAGGUACAAAUGGAGACUGUAUUAUUUUUGAAAGCUAUUUUGCAAAAAUAAUCAUCAUAUCUGUUUUUGCUGUCAUUUUAAAGAUUUCUUUUUGUUUUUGUUUUUUUUUUCUGUUUUUACAGACAAUAGGGUUUUUUUUUUCAUGCAAUAUAUUCUAAUUUUGCCUCCCCUUACUUCAACUCCUCCAAAAUCCUUCCCUUUGUCUGCCUCUUGUUAGAAAACAACCCGGUUUUUAGAGAAUAAUAAAAUAAAAUACAACAAAACCAAACAAACAAAGAUAGGACAAAUAUCUUACAGAAAAAAAAAUCACAGAAUAGUCUUCCUUUCUACAAACCAAAUUUCAAAGAUAGCACAAGGACUUUAAGAUAACUGGCUGUUGAGAUUGUAUUUAAAGUGGAACUUCCAAGAACAAGAAGGCUUUGAAGAUGGGGGAUGGAGGCAAAGGUAAAUGGUUUUCUACAAGUUUGAGGCCAGCCUAAUAUACAUGGCAAGUUCCAGACUAGUCAAGUCAGAACUACAUAGGAGACCCUAUUUCAAAGCAAACAAAAAUGGUGGGCUUUAUGUCUAGAAAGCCCUGAGAAGCAGCACAAUAGUAGGAUGGCUGCUCUCUCAAGGAGGCUGUAGGGAAAUUAGAGUUGAAAGGAUGAAGAUCCUCAACCCAAGAACACAGUUGAUUCAGAAUACACAGAAGGGACUCCAAUCACUGAUCUCAGUCACCCCAGCCUCUUGCCCAGUCUUUCCUCUGGUCUGAUUGUAAGCCUCUUACACAACUAUAGGGAACUGCUGUGGCGGAGCCCUCAAACACUUCCUAAAUGUUAUCAUAUAGUACAAUAGGUGUAGGUAGCCUGAGUUUGACAGGGGACACCACUGUGAGCCUGUGAUAUGCCUCAGUUUGAUUGUUUAUCUUCAGUGUUAACUUAAUUUUUAUAUGAAAACUCUAAUCUUUACUGUUGUUUGUACUGUUUUUGUUUGGGGGCGCUGUUUGUUUGUUUGUUGUUUGUUUGUUUGUUUUUCGGUGCUUGGGUGGAAAUCUGUGUAUCAAAACCCAGUGCCUUGUCAUUAAUAUUAGUCAAGUUCUCUACUGAGAUCUCCACUCCCAGGUGCCUGAGUCCCUGACCAGUACAGUGUAGAGUAAGAACUGAGUCCCUACACAAGUACAGUGUAGAGUAAGAACUGCAGAGAUGUAGCCCACACCUGGCUCAUUCCUUCUUAUGACUCAGAUAACAGCCAUAUAAUGUUUUAUCCGAACAUUUUAACUAACACACACACACACACACACACACACACAGAGAGAGAGAGAGAGAGAGAGAGAGAGAGAGAGAGAGAGAGGCCACUUAUCUUUUUGUGCCUUAUUUAUAUAUCUUGUCUCAUGCACACCUUGCUCUCCAGAGAGCAAGUAUUAUACAAAAUGUGUGUAUAUUUAUAACCACUAAACAUAAUACAAUGUUUCUGUACAAUAGAUGGUUAAUAUAUCUUAGUGAGAAAUUUAUAAAUUUGAUGCCAGUGCAAUUUUGUGAACAUGGUAUAUUAAGAUAUUUCAGUAGAACAUGGUAUAUGAAUAUGAACAUGGCAUAUUAUGAUAGUUGGUUAGAGAGGAUAUCAGGACUGAGCCAAGAACAUGGAUAAACAUACAGAAAUUUUUAAAAGACAUCUUUAGAAAACAGAAAAACUCUAUUUAGAUUAUAAAAAUUGGAUGCAAGGUCAAACUUUGCCACCAGGUUACAAGAUGAAACAUCAAAACAUUAAGAGGAAAAAGUGUGGUGCCAGUCAUGUACAGAAAGCCUGGCACAAGUUACUCAGACUAAGUCAGCCAUGGGGUCCAGAAUCAACAGAAGCCAGUCUGGCAACGAGAAUUGAUAUAGUGAGGAGGAAAUAAUGAUGAAACUAUUUUAAAAGUCUGGAUCAGUAUCCUCCUCCUUGAUCAAAGACUAUGGUAUAAGCAUCAUCCAAUUAAUGAAAGAUGCCUGAAAAAGAAUGUGUUUUAUUUGCCAGUCAUCUUAAAUCCAUAUGUUUGAUUUUAAACAUACUGCCCUUUGUUCUUUUCUAUAUUUGGCCUCAACAUUGAUAGAGCUUGGCUUUAGUACAUAUGAGCUCUACUUGUGUGCAGCACCUAACAAAUCCAAAAUCAACACACCGGAGACCUGCAUUUCCCCACUACUUCCUCUUUCUCCAUUCACCAUGUCUGUUUAAACUUUGAUGGUCUUUUGAAAAAAAAAAAUUCCACCACCCACCACCACCACCACCACCAAGUCAAAGCAAAAGGAAUCCCUACAUAUUAAGAACAGAUUGUCCACUCUUUGUGGGGAAGUAGCUCCAUACCUGUCUACAAAAUAAGCAAGCAAGUCGAUAGCAUGUUAUCAGCAGGAUCUCUUGGAACUAAGUGGAGAAAUGACUGAGAGUGAAGCAGGAGACGCUGUGGUUCAGCAAACAGCUACCAUGUAAAUCUUCCCAGUAGAUCUGUGGUCUCUGUCCAGUGGUUCAUUACAGCUUAGAUGCCAGAGAUGAAUAGAGGAAAGACAUGUCCAGUAGGCAGGCUUAGAAAUAAAGUAAGUGAAUUAAACGAACCUUUAAUAAACGUUAACCAAGAAGUUACGAAUUUAACACGACAGUGGGGAUCAAAAGGAAAGAUCAGGAGAUAAGCAAAAACAAAUAAACAUUCAAUAUGGAAAGGAACACAAUAUUUUUAGACUGUUAUAUUUGACCAGAAGAAGUACAAGAACUAAGGUAAUAAGACACGGGGUCUUUAUUUUAUCUCAGGAGGUCAGGGACAGUGUCUCACAAAGAAGACAGGUGACAGGACACCUAGAAGGUAAGAGUAAACUAUCUGUGCAAAGCACUGGGCAAUGGCAGUCCAGUAGGAGGGGUCAGGAGGUCUAAAGGCCACAGUGCAACAAAGGACUAAAGAGGUAGAAAGCAGGAGAGUGUCAGCUCCUGGUUAGACUUGAACCUUUGCUCGCCCCUGCACAAGAUGGAAAACUCCAUUUGCCCUCCGUCCCCCACCACAAACAGAGAAAAUACCCCUGCCCCCUCAGAAAAAACUGCAGGCUAACAAGUCAUCUUUCCUUGUCUCCAUGUUUCCAGCAACCCACCCCAGAGUGCUUGCCCAGGGGCUCCGUUUUUGAACACAUAGGGGAGCAAUUCCAGCUUCCAGUCACCACUCCUCACCUAAAUUCUAUAAAACCACCUCGCUUUAGCCCAGAUGCUUGACUUCAUUGACCUCCACAUGUGAGAUCAGUGAACGGGCCAGGAGAGCUGCCUCCUAAGAAACCUGCCUUUUUCUACUUCUAAUCUUGUCUAAUCUGGCCAAUAUGUGCAUUACCAAGGAGAGGAAAAAGCUGAUCACGCCUUAUACCAGUGGUUUGUUUUUUGUUUUUUGUUUUUUCUUUUAUUGGAUAUUUUCUUUAUUUACAUUUCAAAUGUAAAUAUCCCCUUUCCAGGCCUCCCCUCAGGAAACCCCCCUCACUCUGCCUCUAUGAGGGUGCUCCCCCACCCACCUAUUUCUGCCUUCCAGUCCUGGCAUUCCCCUACACUGGGGCAUCGAACCCCCAAAGGACCAAGGGCUGCUCCUUCCACUGAUGUCCAACAAGGCCAUCCUCUGCCACAGACACGACCGGAGCCAUGGGUCCCUCCAUGUGUACUCUUUGGUUGGUGGUCCAGUCCCUGGGAGCUCCUGGAUGGUCUGUUCUGUUGACACUGUUGCUCCCCACAAGGGGCUGCAAACCCCUUCAGCUCCUUCAGUCCCUUCUCCAACUCCUCCAAGGGGGAGCCCCGUGCUUAGUGCUUAGUCCAGUGUUUUGUUUAGUAGGCUGUGGAUUAAGUUACCCUUAUGAGAAGAGAGAGUGGGUAAAAAUCCGAAAUGGCUUUUCCUUAAGGAAUUUCUAUUUAGCUGAUCAUAGAGCUCUCUCUCUCUCUCUCUCUCUCUCUCUCUCUCUCUCUCUCUCUCUCUCUCUGUGUGUGUGUGUGUGUGUGUGUGUAGAAAGAGAAAUUUCAUCAGAUUAAUGCUAUUUGACAAAUGGGUUUUGAUACUCAGCGUUGGUCUAAUUUCAUUCAAUCCACGGCUGUGAUGUACGAAUGGCUCAGAACAAGAAUUUGUAAUGGAAAAUAAACCCACCAAUUAUAUUGGCUGCGCUAUUUCUCGAAAAACUACAUAAAACAAAUGGUUGUGCAUGAUUUAUAAAUGGGUUACAAUAGUUGGAGAAGAUCUGAAUGUAAACACAGGGGACUUUCUCCCUGACUGGUUCUACUGACUGAGAAGAGGCUCUGGGACAGCCUGAAGGAAGUUCGAUUCCCAGUUCUACUGCUUCUGUUCAGAGCUUAACUGUCUGUCUAGGUUGUAUGUUGAAGGCACGGUUAUCAGCCUAGACACUAUUGCAGGAUGUUGUAACCUUUAAGAGGUGAAUCUAGAAGACAGGGCAUCAGGGGGGCACACCCUAGAAGGGGAUAUUUAGUCCUCAGCCCUGUUUUCUAUGAUUCCUGACCACUUGCUGUUGAGCACUUUCCCUCACACUCAUUACAGAGGCAUUUUGCAUCAGAAUAGAUACAAAGACAAUGGGGCAAGAGACCCUAAGCUGAAAUCUGAAACCCAGAGCCAAAGUCCUUCCUCCUUGGAAGUCCUUUUUUCUCAGGCAUUUUAAUAAGUGAGAGAAAACUAACAUACCUACCAAUUACCUUUUCUGUGAUUUUUGGUCACACUAUUUCAAUCCUGUAUGGAUUGGAAGGAAUGGAAUUUUCUUGCCUGUAACAUGGAACUAAUGGCCUUUGGCAUAUUGUUCCUGGUGAGGUUACAGUAAAUAUUAAAGCAUCGUGCAUAACGAUAGUACACAAUUAUCGUUAAGUGAUAAGCUUUAAUAUUAUAGUAAUUUCUGCUAUUCCUGAAGCUGAUAGUUUUGGGUUUUGUAUUUAUGUAUCUUGUUGCCACCUAUCCACUUCACAUUGUGGACUCUACUCAACCUUAUGCCACUUGGAAAGACAACCAAACUAUUUGAAUAGCCAAGGAUGAAGGGUGGUAGAAAUAGCAUGGAGACUAAAUGAGAGAAAUCGCAACCUGCUUUUCUAAUAUGACAAUGGCUGCAUCUUGGAAUGUACUUUUAUUUAUUUAUUUAUUUUUCUCUACUAGGGUACCUGAAUGUUAAAGGGGUAAAAAAAGAUCUCAUUUACAGGAUAUCAUGAUGGUCCUGCAAUGAGCUACCUAGUUCUAACCUGAGCUCUACUUCACAGGUAUAUCCCUGCAAUAAAGUAAAUGUUACCUUUAUGCACAGCUUGAAGGUUCUACCCAAAGAACUCAAAGAUAGUUUCUGUAUUUGCCCAUUAACACUCUUCCAAAUGGGUACUCCUGAAAGUGACUUUCCUAUUAGCCAGUUUCCAUUUGAGGGUUGCUAAAUAAGCUCUCACAUAAUAAGACUAUAGAAACAUAACCAACAUGGUUCCCCAUGAUGGCAGCUCACUUGAAGUUUAUUUUUAUACUUUCACAGGUUUCUGUUGUUUCAUUCUUUCAUGUUUAAUGGUUAACGUAUCAGCCUGAGUCUAGGUCAUCAUUAGGUAUGGGUCAGAAGGCAGUAUUUCAGAAAUUAUUUUAUGAAAAUGUAUCGUGAAUUAUAAUGCACAUAUAGUAGAGAUUGAAAGUUCUAAGUAUAUUGAUGACUUUCUAGAAAAUAAAAUUCUGUCAUUAUCACUUCCCAUGACAAAAAAAUAAAAACAUGGUCAUGUACCCCUCAUGUCCAGUAUCACCUCUUCUAAGGAAGCCACCCUUAGGACUACUCACCUAGUCCUAAAACAUUAGUGUUUUCCUUUCCCAUGUUUAUUUAUCUGUUUCUUUCUGUAUCUGUUGUAGUUUUUGUGGGUUUGUUUGUUUAUUAAACUUUUUCUUAUAAUACAUUUUGAUUAUAUUUUUGUACUCCAACUUCUUUCAGGUCCUCCCCAUCCAACAUCAUUUUCUUUCUUUCUUACUCUCAAAAAACAAACAACCAAAUAAACAAAAACAAAACAGUAAGACAGAAAAUACAACAAAGAGCACAUAAAAACAUGGAGUUCAUUUUGUAUUGGCCAACUAUUUCUGCACAUGAGGUGGGUCUUCUCUGGAGUAUGGUUGAUACGUCCCAUGUCACUCCAUUAGAAAAAGCUGGUUUUCCCUUUCCCAAUAGGUACCAAUUGUGAAUAGAUUCUCAGUAAGGGGUGAGACUUUGUAUUCUCUUUUCCUUCUCAGGGCUAGGACUUUGGUUUGAACUUGUAAGAGUCCUGUUUAUGCUUUCAGACUCUUGGUGAAUUCAUGUGUAUAUCUGAUUUGCCCUGUUAUGUCUGAAGAUACUGUUUCUUUUGAACUCUAUACCACCUCUGGCUCUUACAAACCUUCUGCCUUCUCUUCUGCAUAAAUUCCUAAGUGUUGAGGGAAAAGUUUGAUAAAGGCAUCCCAUUGGCUCAGUGCUUGAAAGUCUCUCAAUCUCUGAACAUUGUUUAUUUGUGGGUCUCUGUAUUACUUGUCUACUGCAAGAAGAUUCUCUGAUGUGGCCUGGUUGAUAGCAAUAUGUCAUGUGUAUUUUAUAUCUGUGCUUCUUUAGUAGAAUAAUAGUAUUAGCUUCCCAUCCCCGGCCAAUGACUUAUCUAAGAUGGGGGUUCUUAGCAACUUUAGCAGUGUGUUAAGUGUAGUUUCCCUUGCAGGAAUUCCUGAGUGGACCUUACAUACAAUCAAAAUGUGGUUGGUUACUCCCAUAACAUUUGUGCCACCAAUGCACCAGUACCUUGCAGUCAGGUCACUGGAGCAGGUUGCAGGAUUUGUAAAUGGAUAUUAGUGAUUAUUUUUCUCCUCUAAUAGCAUGCAAAUCAGUAAGGGUGAAUGCCAAUCAGUAAGGAUGAGGCUUCUAAUUGGGAGCCAGGUUAAUUUUUUGUUUGUUUGCUUUUUAGAUGUUUUGUCAUGUUGCCCUGGAACUUGUUAGGUAGACCAGGCUGCCCUUAACAUCACAGCGGUCAUAUUGCCCCAGUUUUCUGAGUGAUGGGAUUAUAGGUUAUAUGGAAUAAAUCCAGGCGUUGUUUUUUUCUAUUUUACUAGAAAUAUGAUCACAUAACAUGUGUGCUUUAGUAUCUACAUCUUCCACUGGGUAUUAGGUAUGUAUUUCAUUUAAAAAUUUAUAUGUCCUUCUACUAAUGGACAGUUUUGAUUUUUCCCUAUUAUCUAUAUCUGAGAAUUUCAGUACAGUAUUCUUAGAAAUGGUAGCCAUUCUCUUUAUAAAUAAAUAUUUAAGACUUCAUAAGAAGAUUUUACUUGUGUCUUAAGUUUCUUAAAGAGAUAUUAGGUUAAUUUUAUCUAAAUAUUUUUGACAUUUCUUGUCUAGUUAUGAUAAUCCUUUUCUAAAAUAUAGCUUAUUAUCACCUGAGAUUUAAAUUAAUUUGCUAAAAGUUGUUCACAGUAUCAAGUUACUGCAUUGUUAAUGGCACUGAAUUCAACAGUAUCUUAUAACAAUCCCUGAUAUAGAAAAUUUAUGAAUAGUGUCUUUUUACUAACUGUAUUACAUGGAGUUUAUCAUUGUAUUUCAGUUUAUUAGUGUUUAAUCUUUUCAUGGAAAUGAUAUUAGGUUUAUACUCUUUAUAGUAUAAAGAAUAUAGUAUAAAGAAUAUUUGCUUUUAUUAUUUAUACAUUUUAUUAUUUGUAUUUUAAUUAUUGAUAUCAUUUUAUUAUUUCUUGAAGUAGAAGUGAUGCCACUGACUUAAAGACUUUAAAAUAUAUAUUUAUCUAAACAUGUAAAUUGGGGCUCUUGGAGAGAUGGCUCAGCAGUUAAGAGUAUUUAUUGUUUUCAGAGAGAUUCCUGACUCAGUUCCUGUACCAGUCACCUGGAACUCCAGUUCUAGGCACCAUUAUGGCCUUUCUGGGCACCUAUUUGCACAUGAUACACAUACACUAAUGUGAUCAAACAAAGACACAUAAAUUAAAGAAUAAAUAUUUGGAAAGACCAUAUAAAUGGAUUCCCAGAAUAAUUUUAAAUUUUUGUAUCUAUUUUUAUUGUUACAUUAUUGAAAAUAGUCCACAUUUUCACUGUAAUUUUUUUUCUUCUUUUUGACCCAUGCUUAUUUGUAAGUGUGGCUUCAUGUAAAUUAUUUGAAACUUUUCUAGCUACCUCUUCAGUGUUGUUUAUUUCUAGAUUAUUAUUAUUAUUAUUAUUUUAUUAUUGGUUUUUCGAGACAGGGUUUCUCUGUUCCAUUGUAUGUUGGGUUGGCCCUGUUGCUCAGGUGGUUGGGGUCUAAGUUCACACGUAUUCUUCCCCUAUACAGUCAAGGCAGUGUGGGAAUGGACAGUACUUAUUAGUGAAGGGUGCUUCUUAUCACUAUGGUGACCAUUGACAAAUCAAGGAUCCUUGGCCUUUCUACUGAAAAUUCUGUUACAGAUGGGGAAGCCAGGGAAGGAGCUUGAAUCACAGUAUCACAGUGUUGAAAGGUUUUUGACAUGAUGUUUCAUAUUAGUAAAGGAAGAGAAGACUUUUUUUUUUUUUUUUUUUCGAGACAGCCUUUCUCUGUGUAGCCCUGGCUGUCCUGGAACUCACUCUGUAGACCAGGCUGGCCUCGAACUCAGAAAUCCGCCUGCUACUGCCUCCCAAGUGCUGGGAUUAAAGGCGUGAGCCACCACCGCCCGGCUUCUAGAUUAUUUUUAUUGUGGCCACAAAACUUACUCUAUAAAGAAUUUUGAUUUUUUUUUUCAAAGUUUUUGACUCUUGCCCAAGAUGUGGUAAAUUUCUGUGAAUCUCCCAAGUUCAUUUGAACCAAAGAUGCUUAAUGUUGUGCAUAUGUAUAGAGUUUUGUGUGCAUUAGACAGAUGACGAUUCAACUCAGUUUUUAUGCCCUCUGUAUUCUUAAUUUUUCUCAUCAUGUUAUCAAUGAUUGAAAAGGCAUAUUAUUCUGACUGCUAACUUUUCUAUUUCUCCUUUGAAUGAGACAAUUUCUGCUUUAUACAUUUUGAGCUGGUGCAGCUAUGUGCAUCUACUCUGGAAUUGUGUAUCUUCUAAUUAUUGCUUUUCUAUUGUUAGAGAAUAUCCUUCUUUACCUCUGUUAACCUCUGCCUUACUUUGGUUUUAAUUCCAUUUUAGCCAUAUGACCUUUCUUUAGCUCAGUGUUUGAAAGCUUUUACCUUUGGGGUAUAAAUUCUGUUUGUGUCCUGGUAUUUAAGGGAUAUUUCUUUAAAGUAAUGCAUCAGUUGAUAUUUUGGUAACCAGUCUAGCAAUCUGUCUUUACAUUGCAGUGUUUCCUGUAUCUGUAUCCAGCACUAGUGUAGACAUUUGUAAAAUGAUAUUAUUUUUUUUUGUAAAAUGGUAUUAUUAUCUUCUUUUCAUUAUCCUAUAAAUGCUUCUACUCUUAGUUUUUGUUUUUUUUUUUAAUUUACCUUUAUUUCAAGCGCCAGGUAGCCAAGGUCUUUCACAGAAUUCACUCUGAUUUUCAUUUCCUAGCACCAGUCUACUGUAAUCUCUGCUAAGCAUCCUCAAUCUUUUAGCAACUGUUUGGUGCUAUAUUUCUUGGCAUCUUGGAAAUGGAUGUAUACCUUCAGGGAAAGUUUGUUCAGAUUCCAAGAUCAUGACCCCUCAUAGUCUGGUGCUGGACCUGCUGUUUCUCUCAGUCAUGCCCACAUACUAUGAGUCAACAAAUGCUAAACCUUUGCCCUCUUAUUCCCCCAAGUCCAGUUGAACGGAUUGUUUUCUAUACCAAAACUUCCAAGGGCUUUCUUUAAACAAAACAAAACAAAACAAAACAAAACAAAACAAAAUCCCAUUAGUUGUAUUAUGUUAUGCAAUAUGAUAUUUUUACAUUUGUACAUUGUGGCACUUGAAUUAUGCCAACUAAUACCUCAUAUACCUAUAUUUUGUGGUAAGAACAUUUAGAAUUGACACACAAAAAUCAUUAAGCUGUGCUUAAGAGUUUGACAAUAAAACAAUCUCUUCUUAAAACUUAUAUCUUCAAACUUCAGAAGACAAGUAUAUUAAAGUUGCCUUAACAAAGAUUUACUGACUAGGGGCUGAAGUAAUAUCAAUAAGAACUCAAAAAGUAAAAUUUGCUUUUUGAUGAUCCACCCAUGAAUAAUUGAGAAGCAGAUCAAGUUUUCUACUUGAGCAAAGUUACUGUGAUAGCAAAGACUCUAUUAAAUGGGAAAUGUUUUUUUUCUUUCAUUUUUUAUUCAUUCUUUUAGAAUUUCAUACAAUGUAUUUUUUAUCAUAUUCAUCCCCUCUGCCAACUCCUCCUAGACUCGCUAUUUUUCUUUAUCCCUCCAAUUAUGUCUUCUUUUGAUUUAAACCCCAUCAAAUACUGCUCAUUUAGCUCUUAUACACUUUGAACUUGUGGCUUUCAGUGGGGUACAGACAACCCAACAGAGUUAACAUCCUUAAAAAAAAUGACUCUCCUUCACCCAAAACCUGCCCAGUACCUAUCAGUUUUCCAUAGCGCCUUAGUUAGAAGUGGCUCUUUGUGUCUGUCCUUAUAGUCCAUGCUGUGAUUUUUUUUCUGGUCUGAGCCUACAGAGGAUUUGUGCAUUCUCUCUCAACUGCUGUGAAUUCAUACGUGAAACUGCCCUGCUGUAUCCAGAAAACACUGUUUUCCUACAGGUUCUCAUCUUCUUAUAUUUUUCUCCCCAUCUUCCACCAUGGUCCCUAAGCCUUGGGAAAAGGGGUUAUGGUAUAAAUGCCCUGUUUAAAUCUGAAUGUUCUUUAAUAUUUUAUUUUCUGCUUCUUGAUUGGUGUCUGUGUGAAGUGCCAUUCACUGCCAAAAGAAGAUUCACCAAUGAGAAUUAAGAGUUGCUUGGAUAUAUGGGCACAAAGUUAAGUCACUAGGAAUGGGUUAGCAGAAUAACAGUCAUAGGUUCAUGCCUGACACCUGUGACCUGUCUAACCACAAGUUCUUUGCCCAACCACGGUGCUAGGCAUGGGUUUUAUCAUUUGCAGUGAGAUCUAAAUCAAAUGAAAAUGUGACUGGUUAUUCCUAUGAUAUUCAUGCCACUGUUGUUGCACCAGUAGGUGUGUCCUUGCCAGGCUAGUCUUUAUUAUAACCCAUAAGGUUCACAGUCGGACACAACUGAUGGUGAUUUUUCUCCUCCAGUAGCAGUCACCCCUUCCACUCUAUGAGAGAUAGAUAGCUUAUAGGGAUGAGGCUUCUGUGUCAGUACUACUUUGAUUUCCCCCCGUCUUAUGAAUCAAGUAUGCGGGAUCUUUGGAAAUAGCAUUUCAAUGUCACAUUCUGGAAGGUAACCAACACCAAUGGCAAUAUCCUAUAACGUUUGAGGGUGGUCUAUGGAACACUACUGACCAACGGUUGUAAAUAAGUAACCCAUUCCCAGCACUGACCCAUGUAUUUGUUAGCCUCUGGCAAGUAGAAGCAUUGUUCUCUUGUUACAGGGUAACUUCAUUUAAACACUUUCUAUGUGUGUAUGUGUAUGUUUUAGUCAGUUUCCACACACAUGACAUUUUAAAAAGGUGUUUAGUGCUAUUUAUUUCUCCUAGUAUUCUUUCUUCUAUUCCUGCCAUCCCAUCCCCCACCCAAAUUUACUCCUUCCUGUUUCAUUAUCCUCUCUUCACUCUUUAUACCACUUCUUUCUGUCUCCUUUCCCUUGCGUGUCCUCAUGGUUCCUUUAUUCCCUGCCCUCUAUGGCUAUUCCAAAUGAAACACACAUAUCUGAAGAUUCAAAGAUAACAUUCACAAAUGAAUGAAAAUAUUUAGCCAGGCAUAGUGGCACACGCCUUUAAUCCCAGCACUCGGGAGGCAGAGGCAGGCAGAUUUCUGGGUUCAAGGUCAACCUGGUCUACAAAGUGAGUUCCAGGACAGCCAGGGCUAUACAGAGAAACCCUGUCUUGAAAAACCCAAAAAGAAAGAAAGAAAGAAAGAAAGAAAGAAAGAAAGAAAGAAAGAAAGAAAGAAACAAAGAAAGAAAGAAACAAAGAAACAAAGAAAGAAACAAAGAAAGAAAGGAAGAAAUUUAAAGUUUGUAUUUGUCUGGGUUACUUCACUCAGAUUUAUUGUUUCUAUCUCUAUCCACUUACCAAAAAAAUUCCUAGCUUCAAUUUUCUUAACUGAUAAAUAGUUCUCCAUACUUUAAAUAUGUAUUUUUAUUAUCAGUUCAUGAGAUGAUGGACAUUAAAACCUGGAAACUGCUUUUAAAAUAUGCUAAAUAACUGUAUUUCUUAAAGUUGGGGCUCUGAUUGGUUCUAAAGUUUCCAGUUAUAUUACAAGGAAAAAUUUGUUGGAUUCCAGGACAAGAAAAAUUGAUGGCACGAUAUUUUAAAUGUCACCAGUUGUUCUGUUUGUGUCAGCAUGAUAUAGUAAAAAGAAUAUUGCACCAGUGUGAAGGUGAUCUGAAUCGCAGCUCAGUAGCUCUGUGACUUCGACGUUGUAUGACCUUUGGCAAUUUACUGACUUCUGCUUGUCAUCUACCACGCCUUUCUAAGAGUAGAAGUUCUUAAAGCCUGGAAAUUCAUAUCAUUAACCUGAAUUGUCCACAUGGGAGACAGGGACCCAUGAGCCGAGCUCCCCAUAUGUGGAUACCUAAUUUGAACAAGUUCUUACUCUGAGUUCUGACCCAGAUUAAUCCAGAAACGUUUCCAGCAAAUUUCAUUUUGUAGAUAUUUGCUGAAAGCCCACCAUAUGGCAGAUAUUGAUAAAGCCUUUUAGGGAUUUACAUAAACCACAAGUUGAGAAUUUAUACUGGGUAAUCAAGUGCAGAAUGCAAAAUAAUGGAAGGAUCACAAGUGUGGCAAUGGGGAUUCCGAGAGUACUUACAAAUGGGUAAAAGCACAUGGGGUUAUUCUUCCUAGACUCCAUGUAUGCUAACAGCAAUAUGCAGAUUAGCUUUCAUUCAGACUAAUAAGCUUUUUAUACAACACAAAAAUGUGCAAAGUCAAGAGAAAUAUGGAAUCCAUUUCUGCUAGAAGUAUAGAUGAGGGGAAAGUAGGAAAAAAUAACAUACAUUUAAGAUCAGCUUUGAAACACUAUUCACUUCUGAAAUGCAGAUCUGGGGAAGGGGAGAAAACCCAAAGGAAUCUACUGAUAUGGCAUUAAUACUCUGGGUAAGCGCACAGUGGAAAGGAGAGAGAUGCUUCAGUAAACCACAGAAAAGCUAUACUAUCGGGGUUGAGCUCUUGCUGUGGAAAACUCCUAGAUUCAAAUUCUUACUGCACCUUACAAUAUUUGUGACCUUGAAUAAUACCUUAACUCUCCUGGUCUCAAGUUCUUUACUUUUAAAAUGGCGAUAAUGAUAGCUAACACUGUACACACAUACUACAGUUCAUAGCUGGAAUAGUGUAUAAAGCUUUAUUCUUAAGAACUCUGAACAAGGUAGUUAAUAUCAUUUUGGAAAUGACAGGCUUUCAAAUUCAACAUUUUUUUCCAACAGGAACGAUGAAAUUGUUAGGAGGGUGGAGUCUAAUGGAGCUCAAUACUUAGCUGAUGAAGUCCCCUUUUAAGUUUCGAAUUGACAAUUACUCAACAUGAAGCUGAAUUUCAAAGAGGCAAAACUGUCAAGUUAUUGAUAACAAUGCAGGCAUCCAAAGAGAUUGUCUUUAAUUGCCUGGGGUCGAUAUGCUUUUACUUUCAAUGGGCUCUAAUACUUCACCUUCAGCCCUACAUCUCCACAGUCGAAUAUGCAAGGAAGGACAUUCCUGAGAAUAGACUAGCAGGAGUCCAAAAGCUUCUGCUAGCUGUAGCUUCCAGCCCCAGGAGCCCCUGGUUGUAGUAUAGCAUCAGAAAUGUAUCACUACCACUGGCCACCACUGUCAUUAUGUAUUGUGGGGAAAUUGUAUUAAUGACUGUUUUAAUGCUGCACUAUAGAUCUGUAGGUUAGGUUAGGUAUGAUUUUCUUAGGAACCCCUGGAGUAUAAGCCACCGGGACUGCUUCUGGCAAUCUGCUCCAAAAUAAGACGGUUACUAAGAUACCUAUUUUCCCUUAGGGAGGAAGAGAAACAUAGAAGUCAGUUGGGAGUUUCCCUGAGGAUUUGUUCAAGGACUGAUAUAGUGAGUCAUUGCAAAGCAGUGUCUUCUAAGAGCUAUCUACAGCUCCAGAUCUUACCAAAGGCUCUCCACAGGCAGUAGGGGAGCAGGCAAGGAGCAGGGAAUUUGGGUCUCCAUCUGUGCCUCUGUUCUAGCCUCACCUCAGAUAGCCCCUAGAGUGGGAACAGCUCAUUCAGGAUAAACAAGUGCCUAUCAGCUAAGGAAAAUGUCUGGUGUGGGGGAUGAAGAAAGUUAAGAUUGUAGGGAGUUCUCUCUCUCUCUUUCUACCUUCUCUCUUUCUCCCUGCAUUCCUAUAAUAAAGCUCUUAAACCAUUAAAAAAAAAAAAAAGAUUGUAGGGAGUUAAAGCAGAUACUUUGUCAGUCAUGUGCUGGGGUGUCUGCCACUGAGUCUAGGAAACAGAAUCAAUUGAACCCAGCACCCUUUUGAAAUCUGCAUACAAUUUCUUCUCUAAGUAAAGAAGAGAAUCUGCAGUUGAGAGAGAAAGAGAGAUAAAGGAUCAUUUUUGACUCCCCAUGAAAGUGGGACGAACCACUAUACCCCAGCUCCUAGGAGAGGUCCCUACCGUGAGUGUCCAGGCAGAGUCAUGGCAAAGGGAAGUAUUCUGAAGAGAAAACACAAGUAGUUCAGAGAAGAAUGAGAUGAGAUCUCUAAGCUGAUGCUUAGCUUACACGGCCUCCCCAAACACUUCCAAAUAGUCUUGACAAGGGUCAGGGUCUUUGACCUACGUUGCUCAUCCGCACACUGCAGGUUAGACCUCAUUUCCUAUGUUCUUUUUGACCUCCCUCCAUUAGGGCUCCCACCCUAUAUACACUCACCUUUAAGUUUUCAUUUCAGAUGGACUCACCUCUUGAACCUUAGAGGCAGGGUGUCUUUUCUUGCUCUCACUCUGCUUAAUCCAUGUUGUCUCUGUUCCAUUGGCUGAGUACUUUUUUCCUUUUACUGUGUCUAUCACCCUGGGUCUAUUCUCUUCUUCCAUGAACUCUGCAAGCGAUCUCUUACAGCACUAAUAACAUAGUUAUGUGUGUGCAGCAUGUCGAACCUGCAGAUGCUAGGAUGAUUCAAAUUUCAUUUUUUAUUAGUUUGUAUUUAGAUGGGGUGUCUGUGGCCCAGAUUGGCCUUAAACUCAUCUUCCCACCUCAAAUGUCCAAGCGCAGGUGUGUCCCAUCAAGUCUGGCAUUAUGUUGACCUUUAACAUAGACAUAAACACUUCAUAAAGGUCUGACCCAGUUUCUUAAAUGUGGUCUAUAAAAUAAGGCCAGAGGAGCCCUCACAUGAAAAAAAUUCUGGAAAGCUAUAGAAAUACCCACGGGCUUUCCCACGGACCUAUAGAAACAGCAAUUUUAGAAAUGGAAAGUAGAAGUAGACAUUUUCACAAAGUUAGCACUGUUAGAGUCUUUUCAUGCACAAAAAAAGCUUGAGAUGACAGAACUAGAGAGACAGAUGCUUCAGUGGUUAAGAGCACUAGCUGCUCUUCUAGAGGAUCCACCUCCAGUUCCCAGUUCCCACAUGGCAACUCACAACCAUCCUUAACUUUAAUACCAGGAAAUCUGGCUCUCUCUUCUGACCUCUGUAGGCACUGUACACACUGGUGCACAGCUACAUGUGCAGGCAAUACACAUAUAGUUAUAAAGUAAAAAUAGGUAACUUUAAAAUGAGGUGUUAGAACCACAAUGCUCAUGUUUAUUAAAUGAGACUAAAAGGGAGGGUGUGAUUGAAAACAAACAAACAAACAAACAAACAGGACAGUUCAAAUAUCUCCAUUUAAGUCAUUUUGGUUCUUUGAAAUUUAUUUUUUCCUUUGGUGGUGUACUGGCUGGUUUUAUGUGUCAACUUGACACAGGCUGGAAUUAUCACAGAGAAAGGAGCUUCAAUUGGGGAAGUGCCUCCAUGAGAUCCAGCUGUGGGGCAUUUUCUCAAUUAGUGAUCAAGGGCGGGAGGGCCCCUUUUGAGUGGUGCCAUCCCUGGGCUGGUAGUCUUGGGUUCUAUAAGAAAGCAAGCUGAGCAAGCCAGGGGAAGCAAGCCAGUAAAGAACAUCCCUCCACGGCCUCUGCAUCAGCUCCUGUUUUCUGACCUGCUUGAGUUCCAAUCCUGACUUCCUUUAGUGAUGAACAGCAAUGUGGAAAUGUAAGCUGAAUAAACCCCUUUCCUCCCCAGUUUGCUUCUUGUUCAUGAUGUUUGUGCAGGAAUAGAAACCUUGACUAAGACAGGUGGUUUCAUACAGUACCUAAUACAUUCACCCUAAUUCAUUUCCUCAAAUUCUCCUAUAUCCACCCUCACCUCUUAACCUCCUAAUGUCCAGUGCUCUUGGUUUUUUGUUUUGUUUUUGUUUUUGUUUUUCUAACCCCUGGGCUCCAAUUUGUGCUGCCUUUAUAUUCAUGGGUGUAGAGCCAAACCACUGAAGCAGGGUUGAUCGCCUGUGAGCUGUAACUUUAAAGAAAAGUGACUCUCCCUGCCCCAAAACACACUGAAUGUCCAUAGCUCCAUGUUUAGGGAUGUGGUCUCAUGAGCCCUUCCCCUUCCAGGCUGCAUAGUUGACUGGAUUAAUCUUGUGCAGGUCCUCUACAAACAGCAACAGCUGAAGUGAGUUUACGGGUGCAUUAGUCCUCUCCUGCCCAGAAGACUGUUGCACCCCCCACCCCACCCCCCGACCUCAAGCUCUUACAGUCUUUCCACACCCUCUUCCACCAUAGUUCCUAAACCUUGAGGUUGGAAAAGUGACAUAGAUAUUCUAUUUGGGAAUGAACAGCGAUUUCCAUUUUGUGUAUAAGAGAAGGAAAGAAGUUCUCUCUUAUCAAUGUCCUUAUUCUCCAUCCCACAAUUGUCUGUUUCAUCUGUGCGGGGCAAUUAUCAUUCUACAGGGGAGGGUCUGACUUAAUUCUCACCAUCUGUCUUUGAUGACAAAGGGUUUUGAUUUUCUCUGUUCCCCAAAGAGCAGAGCACAUACCCACAUCCUCUGCCACUGCCCAAUUGUCAUUGUUUUAUUAAUUCACUUUACAUCCUCAUUGUUGCACCACAUUCCAGUCAUCCCCUUCCAUAACCCUUCUCCCAUCCCCUUUCUCCUUCGAGAGGGUUGAAGCCCCUCCUGAGUAUUCCCCACUCUGGCAUAUCAAGUCUCUGCAGGGUUAGAUGCAUCCCCUCCCACUAAGACCAGACAGAACAGCCCAGCUAGAAAACCACAUCCCAUAGACAGGCAACAGCUUUUGAGAUGGGCCCUGCUCCAUUUGUCCCAUGAUCCAUAUGAAGACCAAGCUGCAUAUCUGCUACAUAUGUGUAGGAGGUUGGGGGAACUAGGUCCAGCCUAUGUAUGAUUUUUGGUUGGCAGUUCAGUUUCUGAGAGCCCUAGGGGUCCAGGUUAAUAGAUUCUGUAGGUUUUCCUAUAGAGUCUUUAUCCCCUUCUGGGUCCUCAGUCCUUCCUCCAAUUCUUCCAUAGAGUCCCAAAGCUCCAUGCACUGUUUGGCUGUAGGUCUCUGCAUUUGUCUGAGUCAGUUGGUGGCUGAAUCCUCUCAGAAGAAAUCCAUGCUAUGCUCCUGUCUGCAAACAUAACAAAGUAUCAUUAGUGUCAGGAAUCGGUGCUUGCCCAUGGGAUGGGUCCCUAGUUAGGCUGGUUAUUUGCUUGGUCAUUCCCUCAGUCUCUGUUGCAUGACAAAAAUUUUUAUAUAUUAGAUAUCCUUUGCCUUUGAAUACUGAUAGAAUUCUGAACCUUAGUGGUGAGGCUCUGCUUAACAUAUAAAGGAGAAAGUAAUGAAGAUACAGUGAAGUUAGAUAGAAUUUAUGAUGGAGCCUAAAGAGAGCCUAAGAGCCUACAUUUAUUUGCAAAGCAUUUCAUUUGAUUUUUUAACCCUUUUUUCUUUUCAGCAUAUACCUACAGUUUCUUUCUGCAUCAUGUUGACAAAAAGCUGUUUUUUCCCCCUUGUGUUCAUUUUAGUAGAAUGCAUUGAAAGCAUAUCAAGUUAUUACAAAAAGAAGGGCAAUGGAACAAAAAUAAUAUAUUUUAAGGUAUUUAAGUAGUAGCACUUGUCUAUAUUCAAGGUGUGCUAUGCGGUAAUUUAACAUAGGCAUACAGUGUGCAAUGGGUAUCACGGUUCAGUUACCUAGCAUGCCCAUCCCUACCCAAACUAUAAACUGGUCCUUGGAACCUCUUCAUCUAGCAGCUGAAGGUUUGUACUCAGUUGUCUCCCUCCUUCGUCAUGGCUAAAAAGUCCAGUGCAUGUGUGUACCUCAUGUUCAUGGUCAAUGCAUCUGCUGAUGGGCAUUUCAGUUUUUCCCACAUCUUGGCUACUGCAAGUAAGAAUACAAUGAACAGAGGCACAACUGUCUUUUCAUGGUUAGUUUUUUAUAGACUCUCUGGAAAUGUACUGAACAGUGGAGUCCUUGCAUCACAUGGCCGUUCUGUGUGUUUAUUGCUUUGUUCUGAGCAUCCCUUAGUUUUUCUGUAAUUGCUCUACCAUCUCAUUCUCCCUCAAGCAAUGUACAAAAAUUUAUUUUCCUCACAUAUUUCCCAACAUUCAUCUCUGUCAUUUUAAAGGGAGUAGUCUCAUUAAAACAAUGAUGAUAGUCCAUUGUAGUCUUAAUUUACAUUCCCCUGAUGGUUAGUAAUAUUGAUUAUGCUUUCCUACACCUGUUGGCUGUUUAAUAUCCUCUUCAAAAAAAUGACGAGACCAUUGUUCACCCUCUAACCUGGUUAUUUGCUAGCUUUUUCAAGUAAUUGGAAGGAAUUUAUCAUAUAAUUUGAACAUUUAAUUUAUUAUAAUGCACAUGGUUUGCAAAUAUUUUUUUCCUUCCUAUAAAUUGCCUUUCAGUUUGGUGAUUGCUUCCUUCUUUUCAUGUACAAAGACAGAAAUUUUCACUGAAAGGGAUGGUAAAUAUCUGAGGAAAUAUUUAUGUUUAAUCUCCCUCAAAUAUCAUACUUUUUAUAUUUAUAUAUACACAAUUACAUAAGUGCAUAUAUAUCAAAACAUCAUGUUGUUCCCCUAACAUAUGUAAUAUUUUUGCUUUUACGAAUCAAGCAAAAAGUAAAUAUAAUUUGAAAAAUUCGUAUGACACCUCAGUAGAACCUGAGAAACCAAAGUAGUCUCAAAGAAAGAACUUAUCUGGAGAUGCCACACUCUCUGACUUUAAACUAUAUGACAAAGCUAAUGUAAUCAGAACAGCAUGAUACUGACAAUAAAAACAUAUACACCAAUGAAACAUAACAAAGAGCCUUGAGACAAACAUCACUUACAUGUUUCACAAGAUUUUGACAAGAGGAACAAGAAUAUAUAAUUGCAAUUAAUCUGCAGAAUAUUCAAAUGUAAAAUAAUGGACUGUAUCCCUAUUUUCUAUGUUAUAAAAAUAAACAUGAAAUAUGUUACAUAUAACGUCUGAAACCACAAGUAUUCUAGAAGAAAACAAGAAAGUAGGAGCCCUUAGGCAUUCUUUUUUUUUUCAUUUUUGCAUAAGAAAAGCAGUGAAAUAAGUUAGUAGGGCUGUAAUACACAAAAAUCGUUUUCAAAAUGAAGGGGAGGCCUUUGAUGUAGUAAAAGAUUUAUAGCCCUAGGUUCCAGGAUUUCUCCAGGGUUCCUUCUCCACUUCAGGUGUCUUAUUUCUUUCUUACUUUAAAAUUUCUGUACUUUUCAAGAUGAAGAAACCUAUAUAAGGCCUUCAUGGGAAACCUACAAAUGUUGAAUCUGCAUUAUCAGUGAGAGCCUUCAUCAUUUGUGGGAGAUCUCUUAUCCUUUACAAAAACCAAUGUGAUAAGAGAACAGAUAUUUAUAACCUAUAUUCUUCCCUUUGUAGUUCAAUUUCCUAAGUAUUCCAAGUUACAGGCCAAGCAUAUGAGAGCACAUGAGACAGACUGAAUGAUUUAGUUCUGUGUGAUUCUGUUAGCUGACACCUGAUCUCUCAGUACUAAGUAUCAGAGAAUAAUUAGCUCUUGUGCCUAAUCAAUCUACUGUGUCUCCUAAGGAAGAUGCAGACAUAACUGGUGGGUAUGUUCCAGUUUAGAUAGUGACUUGCCACUUGACAUAUUCUGGAAGCUUUAUAUUACUUAAGUAAUUAAUCUAAAGAAAAUCACCUCUAAUGAUUUUAUACUGACAUUGCUAUGCUUAAUAAGGUAUAUCUUGACAAUUAAAUUUUUUGUAUGUGAUGUAUCUUCAUUUGUGCUUGAAUUUUAGGUAAGAGAACUAUCUCUUAAAACUUUGUAUAAUUAAAUCUCAUGUUGUUGGAAUAAUUCAAUUAUAUAAAAGUACUCUCAAGCCAUGUGACCAGAAGCACUGAUUGUAUUUACUCAAUGUGCCUCUUCUGGUAGAUAAGAUCUGUGAAGUUUUAUCAAAUUAUUUUGUAGCUACUCAUUUCCAAAGAACUCCUAAGAAGACCAACAGUAGACAUAAGCACUUAAUUAUUAAGAAGUUCAAAAAAAAAAUAAAGACAGAAUAUUAAAAGCAAAAAAAAAAAAGAAGUUCAUAUAAUAGUGGAAAUUACUUUUAAAAGUAUUUGACAAGCAUUUCAGUUUUUCAUCAAGUAUAAAUAAGUGUGUAUUCAUAGUUUCAGUUCUUUAGGAUAUUUUUUAAAUUUUAAACUUUUUAUUGAUUCUCUGUUUCACAUCAUGCUCCCCAGUCUUGUUCAUCUCUCCAUACCCUCAUACUCACCCUUUGUCCUUGAACUACCCCCCCCCAAAUAAAAUACAAACAAACAAAUGAACACAAAGCAUAGAAAACAUCUCAUUGUGGAAGCUGAAGUAUGUCACAGUGUGUCGCACACUAUACCCCUCUGUCCACAUAUCUCCAGUUGCAAAUGUUCAUUGCAGCAAAUUAUUGGUCUGGUUUGAGAUCUCUGGCUUCUGUGAUAUCAUCAAAAUUGGAUCCCCACCUGAACUCCUUCUGGUUAUCCUGUUGUUACCCUGUGUCAUGGAGAUGCUGUAGCUUUGGAACAGAAGGACUGGACCUUUCAUGUAUUCCAAUGGUUCGGAGAUGAUAUUGAUUUUGGGGUGGGCCAAUUCAGAGCUCUGUAUCUGGGUCUGGGUUUUAGCUGUACUGGUUAGCUCACCACCUCUCCCUUAACAGUACCACCAGGGCAAGUUCUGCAACACUGCUGUGACAGGGCCAUUGGUAGGAGGCAGGGUCAUCUCUCCCGCUCUCACACAAUCAGGGCCAGCUUGCCUGCACUCAGGCUUCUAGAGUCAGCUCCACUGUGCUGCAUAAUCAACUUACAGGACUCUCCCUCCCAAGCCCUGCAGUCUCUGGAUUGGCUCACUCAUCUCAGUUCUUAAAACAGUGUAAUUGUUGUGAGUCUGGGUUUCCUUGUUACAAUUCUAGUCCACUUUUCUCCCACAAACUAUUCUCAUAUGUUCUUUCUUUUUUGGGGGGGGCGGGUUACAUACAAUGAAAACCAAAAGAACUUUGGAAACUAAAUAAAUGCAAUAUUUUCCUUAUCUUUGGUUCUUUUUAUUCUGUUACAGUUGUCCAUAUUUAAUACCACAGUACUUUUUAGCUACAUUUCAUUUAAUGAAAAUUUCCAAAGAGUAAGUAUAAUCUAUAAAGAAAACAUUUUUAUAAUUUAUUUUAGUUGUCUAAAUAGUAUAGUGUAUACUGAUCAUAAAUAAUAACACCACAGUGAGAAAUUUGCUUUCCAACAAACACAGCCAUGUCAUGGGUGAUAAACAAUUUCACCAUAGAAUAAAGAGGAUAUACAACACUGUCAAUAUCAUAUUGUGGACAUGUAUCUUAACAGACGAACAGUAUUUGAAAAAGCAAGGUUACCCAAAAAUAAGGGUAAUUACAAAUUUAAAUACAAUAUUUUAAAACUAUUUUUAAAAGCACAUUAUUAUUUAAUGCUUCCAUAUUUCAAUUUUUAAAAAUAAUAUGUGUAAAAUUUGAUGGCUUUUAAUAAUUGUGCUUGAAAUUUCAAAGGAUAAUAGUAGAUGUCACCGAUAAUGAGUUAGUAGAUAAAAUGGUAGGUUUUCAUUAGAAAAAAAAAAACCUUUUUAUUUACAGAACAGUAAAAGUAAUUAUUGAUUAAGCAGUUAGAUGAUAGAUGAGUGGAAGAAGAAAUAGACACACAGUAGGUAGAGGAAGCAUACAUUUUUCAAGUUAAAUAAAAUUUCCAUGAUCUAAAAAGUUCUGAAAAGACAAAUAGUAUUUUAAUGACAUCAUUAGUUUAGUUAUAACUCAUUAUUGUAUGAAAGUGGAAAAAUCAAAGGAAAUGAAAUAUUGAAUACAGUCUGUGCAGUUAACUAAAUUUUAGCUAUUAUCUUCAGCCUGAAGUUCUGAAGUGACCCAGAUAUAAUUUGGACAUUUCCUGAAAUUCCCCUUCAUGGAGUCUAAAUUGCCAUGAUCUACCUGACCUUAGUGUGGCAGCUAUGCUGAAUGCUCAGUGAUACGUGUUUCCAACAUUUAGAGCUAGGUUCAGAAUGUGCUAAGGACUCGGAAUAUAUUGUUAAUGAACAGAUUGAAAAAUACACUGUGAGGCCUGACUUCUUGUGUAGUUACAUAUUGCCUCUGGUUCCUAUGGCUAAUGGUCUUGAUUUAGACCAUUUAGAUUAGUGCUGCUUUCUCUUAGAACCCAAGACUCUCUUUUCCUCUUUAACUGAUAGAAAAAGCAAUGUCUUUGUCAACUCCCCGAGAAAGUAAAGCAAGAUCAUCUUCCAGUGCUGUAUCCUAGUCUCUGUCAAUAAGUUUGUCAAGCACUGUCUCUUGUCUCCAUGACCAAUAGCAAUAAUCUGGAAAAUAUCACUAUUUUUCCAAAAUUAUAUUAUUAUUAAAAUGAAAAUAUUAUUAAAGCCACUGUCCCAGGUAUCAAACUGUUUAAAUGCAUUUGAAUAGACAAAACAAAGCCAUUUUGUACAUCUAAUGAUCUCAUUCCUUCUAAGAACUAUAUGUUAAUGACAAAUUAACAUUGAUCAUUAUACCUGCCAAGUAUGUAGCUGAGGACUAUUCCUACUAAAGUAGGGAAUCAGCUACUCAGACCAGACUAUUUGACCACUAUGAGGCCAAUUUAGGAUUCGUCCUAUAACAUACAGUCCUUUCAGAAUGAAUUAUCAAAUAAUAACUGAAAAAUGCAAACCAAAUUGGUGAAUGCAUGACAGACUCCGAGUAUACAUUUUCUUUUAAAUCCCUGAAGUGUCAGUAUCAACAAGCUAAUGUUUUUUGCACACUGGUUAUGACCUCACAGUUUAAAUAUGACCUAUCAAAUCUUUGGUAAGACCCAUUCUGUUAAAUCAAAUAAAUGACCAAGUGAGUCCCAGUCUUUUAGCCACUCCAGAUACCAAAUAGUCCUGAACUGCUAGCACAAUCCUAAGGUAUCUCAAGGAACAAAACACUGAAUGGCCCUAGAAGUGUUAGAGGGAAUCUGGUUUCUCUCAGAUUUCCUCCUCAGUUUGUUUGCUAAGAAAGCUUUGGGUGUGACUUACAAUGAAGGUUACAGACCUUACCUUGUGGGUGUUCAACAAAUGUUAAUUGAACUGAAUUGAAUUGAGACCCAAGUUCAAAUCCAAUUUAAUACGAAAGUAGUGAGAGUUUUGUCAGAGCACAAAGUCACAGCUGACAGGAUUGCCUGGGACAGGUAUUAGAGCAUGUGUGGUGGGAAGGAAGAGGGGGAGAUUGGCAGGACACCUCAAAUUAAGUUCCCAGUUCUGAAAGAGUGCUAUUUACAGCCAAGACGUGUCAUGACACCUUGCUAGCUUUUAGAGACACUAAAGUAUUUUGCUAUUUUUUGAAACUGUCAUGAUGUGAAAAAUCUUUGUCUCUUCCUUCCCUGUUCCCUGAAAUAUACACCUGCAUCUUAGCUCGCUGAGUUGGGAGUGUCUUCUCAUAGACAAUGCAAUAGGUACAGAAAUGUUUCUGGAAAUCAGAAACUAAUUGGCAACAACUCGACCAACUCCUACAAAGUAGGACUUACAUAGCCAUUUGCUAUGGACAGUGGAGAAAGAAAAACACAAUAGAAAGUAGCAGAGCCUUCCACAUACAAUGAAGUUCCAUCCUGCUUUAACCAGUAUGCAAUAUGUGCUGCCCACUGUCCUUGUGCCCAUUGUCCUUGAAGACUGCAGUUUCCCACUGUCUGAGGUUUUUUGCACUGAUGUUUCAAGUGACUCAUUAUCCCACACCUCUCUGAAGGCAAAGAAUGAACCCAGAGAGGCCAUCUGCUCUCUAGGUCACACUUCAUUCACAGGGUCAGCCAUUUCUUCCAACUGAAAAGGAGCUUUGUAUAAAGCAACCUAGAGCAAACAAGCCUCGCUUCUGUUCCUCUCCUCUUCUAGUCCCACUCCCCAAGUCACAUACAGUUAAAGACUGGCAAUUACCUGUCAAAUGGUUAUAACUACUAUUGAAAUACUCACAGUAAACUACAGGGGGUCUCUACAACCACCAUGGCCAGCAGAGUCAUGAUCUCCAUGAGAAACAAGAAGGUAGUAUGUUUCAACAUGACUCAGUAGCUGGUGCUGGUUCAAACUUUGAGAAUCUGACCCUUAGUUUAUUUUAGGUAUAUUAAACAAAGCACAAUUUGGUGACUUCUUUUUCUAGUGAUAAUUAACUCAACCUCAUGUAUACAACAAAUCAAAACUCUUUGUAAAGUAUAUGUGACAUCUUCCAUAAAGAUAGGUUUUAUAGAUUGACUGAAAAAAACAAGCUCAUGAAAAGGGUUCAGAGAUCACACUGAUAGCACAAAGGUCACCAGAAUAUUAACCACAUUAUGUCCCAGCCUUCUGGGCAGAAAACAAGUGAUAUAUCUCUCCCCUUGAAGAGACAGCCCUGUGUUUAAGGGAACAAAGAUGGUUUCCCUAGUGUUUUCUGUGAGUACAAGAACCUUCAUGCCUCCUACAGUAAACAAAAGAAAACUCAUGUCUGGGAGUAUAACAUACAUCAUAAAAUAUUGUAUAUCUAAUAUUUUAUCCAAUUCUAUAAAUAAUAUUGUUUAGCAAAUAUCCAAUGAAAUAUUGUUUAUCCAAUAACCACAUAAAAUAUUGUUUAUCCAUACUACAUUCAUCAAAUUAUCUUUCCCAAAUCAUAUAUAAAUUUUCAGAAAUCAUUCUCUCUUUGUUUUAGAUGGAUGGCAUUAUAUAUUGGAUCUCAUCCAUGCCUUUCUCAUAUCCCCAAAUAAAUAGCUCAGUACAUAGUUCUUGAAACUUUUUCUCAACUCUUUACCAAUAUUCUUAUCCUGCCAAUCAUCUACACAGUACUUCCCAAAACCUUCCUCCAAACAGAUCUAAACCCAGGAACAAAAUCAAAGCAUUCUCUAAUUAUAAUAUAAUCAGUAGAUUAUGAAAUCUGGAACCAUUGUGCUUAAACUAUGUCAUUGAGACCCACAGAAAUCAAAUAUGUUGUCCCAUGCUUCAAAGAUAAUUAAUAACAAACAUAGAGCUAUUACCUACACGUGUCUACAUUCAGAACUAGAGCCAGACAUAAACAAUGUGGGCAGAAGAGAAAGUAAAAUUUCCCAACUUAAUGCAAAAACAUACAGUCUGUUUGCUCAAACCAUUAGCUCAUCUAGCGCCUGUCUUUCACAAUACAGUAUCCAAUUUCUCAUGUUUCAAGGGCUCAAAUAAAGUAUAGUAUCGUGGUGUUUUGCACAUGACCUUCAUUGAGUGCAACAUGACUUUUAAAGCACAGUAUGAGCCAUAUAUUCAAGGAAAACAUUUGGGAGAAAUAUGUCUUAAGGGAAAUAAAAACAUCCAUUUGAGUUGAAAAGUCAUAUCCAAAGACAUUGAUAGAAUUGUGUUUUCCACAGUGAAAGACCUCCUUCAAUGAUGCUAAAUUCUUCAAUCCAUUGCUCCAUCUUUCUACUUGUUUUUUUUUUUUUCCCCCCAUGCCAACACUGUGGAACCAAUCAAUUACAUUCAUUGCCUCUGCUUCCUUGGUCCACAUUAAUUCUACAUGUUGACUUCUUUCCCAAAUGUUCUUACUAUUUCCUCCCAGUUGAUUAACAACACUCAGUGGCUCAGCCUAACUGGUAAAGCCUUGAGAACUUUUCUUCCUGUUCUCCCAGCUGCUGUACAUAAUAGUUUCACUCCCUAUCCCUAGAAUGCCAGUGCCCUUCAUGCUUGGUCCAGUGAUCUCACUAUAUACCGUAGCACAAAGCAGGCUGCUGUGAAAUCGAGACAGACUUUUCCUUCAUGCUGAACAUGUUAUAUGGAUGUCUUCCAGACACCUCAGUGUCAUCAUGACUGAUAGCUAUUCUUUCCUCUAAGAACUGGUUAUUUGUAAUAAAGCUACUCAUCCAGUCUCAUUCUGAUUACUUUUUUGUCUUCAUUCCUUGAGUUUUAUCAUUUGAAAAGCCUGUUGAACCUUUUCUGUACCAUAUCUUCAUCUGCAUCGUGAUUUGUACAAACACUAGGAUUAUUACCUACCUGAGCAAGAGAUGUAGAGUCCCAGCCAGUCUUCUGAACCUUCCUAGAGUCUGAUUCCCAUGAUCCUGUCCCUGGUGGCUGUCGCUGCCCUAUAAACAACCUUUAGUAGUUUCCAUUGGCCUUCUUAGCAGAUUCUAAAUUUACUUUGACCACAGACAGACUUUUUUCGCUAUAUCAUCCUAGACUUAAAACACUCCUACUCCCACUUGUAAGUUUUGCACCCCACUGUUCUUUAUCUGUUAUCUCUUACUUUGUCACUAACUUUAUCUCUCCCUCGUCCCUUUGUCCUUAGUGACUUUUCCAUUAAUGUGAUAAAAUUGCCUGACAAAAGCAAAUCAUCGGAAAAGUUUUACUUGGGCUUAUACUGCCAGAGGGAUGCAGCCUUUGAUGGCGGGAAAGACAUGGAAGCAGUCAAGGAAGGCUUCUGACAGGAGCAAGAGAUUGGCCAGUCACAUUGCAUCCAUCCCCAGGAAGCAGAGCAUAGAUACAAAGGUGUGUCAAACUAGAAAGCUCAGGAUCUUCCUCCAAAGACCCACUUUGCUCCAGAGAGGUCCUACCUUCUAAAGGUCGCAAGGGUCUCACUUGGACCAGCUGGGGACCAAGGGUUUAAAUACCUGAGCCUAUAGAGGAUACCAGCAAGGUCAAAUUAUAAUAUCUCCAUCUGAUAUUGCUAUAAUAGCAUAUAACAGAAUGACUAUAAUCAAAAGAAGUUCAUUUUGUACAGAUCUGGAGGCAAGGCCCACAGUCAAGGACCAAGACUUUUAUCUUCCAUUAUUGCUCAAUAGAAGCCAAAGGGGUAGAGUGAAACAAACACAGGCCAGAAUCAAAAUUAUUCUUAUAACAGAUCACCGUCAUGAUAAAGAGCCUAUCCCUACAAUAGUGAUAUUUAUCCAUUCAUAAUGCCAUGGCCCUCAUGACUUAGUCACCUCUCAAUGUUCCCUUUCACAUUAUUUGAGUAUUGUAUCCAACUCAUCAACUUUGAAGAAUUCAUUCAAAGGGUUUAACAUUUAAGUCUUUAUCAGGUAAGGUUAAAAGUUCACUAUGAUUUACCUCUCUCCUUUGGUAGACAGGUCGCUUCCUGUCUCUACCUUGUGCCUGUUCUAACAACAUCUGCACCUGCUGGUAUUUCAUGUCUCCAUUUGAAUUAGAUUUUUCUUGCCUCUAUGACUUUAACAUUAAUAAUUAUUCAUCAUCAUCAUAGUCAUCACAAUUAUUAUUAUUAGUGUUGUUGCCACUACUAUCUGAGAAGUAAAAUGUCACCAAGGACAGCCUUCUUGUGUCCCUGCCUUUUAAAAGCUGGGACUGCAGGCUUUUGCACCACACUCAUCUGGUGAUGUAAAGCAAGCACAGCUUUAAAUCAUUUAAGUGGAUAUUCUGAAGUCAGAUAGUUAAGAGAAUUCAAGAGACAUGCUAGACUGCUAUUUUGUUAUUCAUUUUAUGCUCCUCCCUCUUUUGAAAUUUUCCCUGAGCCUUUGAAGAGAUGAUGUAAAAUAUCUUGCUCAAGAAUUCAACCAUUACUUAUUCUCAGUACUUUGUUCAGCCAUGAGUCUCUACAUUCACUGCUCUUCAUUGGAAAGAAAAAAAAAUUCUCUAAUUAAGGUUGAGAAAGUAGUAUUUGUCUAUGUAUUUAAACAUAAAUAUUUAAAAGGCAAAUUCAUCCUAUGUCAAUUUAUCUAAACGAUAAUUUUCAUUCCCUAUCUAGGGUCUAUGAGGUCCCCUGGCAUGUGAUUCUGACCAUGUUUUGUGUCUGAUGCACAUGGUGUCUUUAAUAGGGAUUUACCUUCAACCUCUGGGAGGCAACCAAAAAGAGGGAGUCUCUUGGACUACAGUGACUAAUAAUUCGAAAGGGGACUUCUCAUGUGUGGUAUUGAGGUUUUGUUAGAUAGUUUUUUGGCUCUUGGAGAAAAACUAUCUGCCAAGAUGGGAAAUUUCCAUUUAGAAGUAUAUGUGAAUAUACAUACACAAUGACAUAUGUGUUACAUGUACUUUUAGGUAAAUAUAUGAGUCCUCAUGCCUUUUUCAGAUAUCUUUACUUUUAUUGUACAUUCCUCCUUUUCUUUCUGUCUUGACCUCUCUCUUUAAUUAAAGCCUCCCCCACAUUUUCCCACUCCCCCUUCAAAUCACUUAUAUCCUGCCAUUGCCCCUUUAUUGUCCCUCACAACUCUAUGCUUUCUUUUUCCUUUCUUGCUUUCUUGGGGUAACCUCGAAAAUAAUUUUACUUGGAUGAGUCUAACUUUUAUGUGAAGUCUGAAAACAGUUCUGGAAAAGACUAAGGCCUACAAAAAUGUAGUGAUGUAGAUGUAGUGAUGGUGUAGAGUCGCACCAUCCUAUGUUUACGGUUUUUCUACGAGAUAACUUUCACAAUGUUAAUGUCUACAUGGUGCUACAGGUGCAGAAUGAGAUUCACGUGAUCAUUGCUUCGACCUUCGCUUUCACACUGAGCUCUCUCUACUUUCUUCCUAAGUGACUACUCAGUGCUUCUGGAAGCCCUUCUUGAGGCACAUGUUUUUCCCUACUGUUUGAAAUGACCUUCACCCACUUCCUGCCAAGACCUUCUCUUGGAAAAAAAAUGUAUUCAGAUUUUCUCAGUUGAACCACAUUUUGUCUGUCAAGUUUUCCCUUGAUGCUCAAUUAGUAUUAUAUAAAACUUAAGAGUAUUAGCACUGCAGUCAGAAGCCCUGGGCCCAAAUACUUCCCUUGCUCCCAUAUUUUUUCAGCAAGUUUGAGAUACAAUUUUCCAUAUAUAUAAUGUAGAAAUAAGCAUAUUUUUCUCCAAAGUUGUUUUUGGGUUUCAAAUAACACACUAUACUUAUUCACUAUCACUCUAAUCCACUAGAGUUUCAUUCAAAAAUUUCCCAUAGAGCACUGUUUUGAGUACAACUUUUCACAAUCUUCUCCAUGUCCGUGUCUGUCUACAGUGCUAUAUUGUAGACGACUUAAAGCCACAGACUUUUUUGUUUGCCUUUAUAGCUCCUAAAAUGCUGACCUCUGAAGUAGGCGUUUAGUCCUUGAUAUAUCUGUGUUUGAGCUUUAGUAUUUUGGAGACAAAAACUGGGGGGAGGAGGGUCCUCCAUUGUAUGACUUGCUAGCACUCUAUUUUGGGACAAAUUGCUCAACAUUUCUAAGCUUCAGUACUUUAAUAAACUUGGAAUGGUAAUAAUUUACCCCAUAAUAUUAUGAUCAUGUUAGGGACUGGGUAUAAAAUGAUUGGUGCAGGAACAAGUGUUCAUAUAAUGAUUAAAGUGUACAAAAACACAAAUAUGCUAGAUAUUCCAUCCAUCUUUCUUUAUAUCAAUCCUAUUAUUUGCAUAAGCCAUUCUUUGUACAAUUUUAAAGAUGGGUUGUUACAAAGAGAUAUAUGGCAAAGGUGGCAUAGGCUCUCAACAGGACCCUAUGUGGUCUAAGCACUCAUUUUUACCUACAGCCUGACCUUGUGCCUCAGAGCGUCAGAACUCCUUUGAUCCAACCCCCUGACACUUGAUUUCAUUCUUCUCUUUGUGAAACAAUCUCAUUAGAGAAAUCGUGCUGCUGAGAAAGCAGGUCACUCAGCUGGGGGCAGCCAAAGAAAAGUCUUGCUCGGCUUAGUCAUGACCUCCAUGAAGAGUGAAACAUUAGUGAGGUGCCUUGGGAUUUGUAGUGUGGCAUGGACAAGGUUUUUCACCAGAGGCUACUGGGGGUUUGGGCAGCAGGAAGAGUAAUGAAGAGUUGACUGAACUGCUGCUGUGGGUGUUAGCAUCAAUCCUUCCCUCCUGGGUAGUAAUGAGCUCUCUCCCCAUCUGGUGGGGAAUCCCAAGUGGAAGGAGGAAGCAGGGUGCUGCCAAGGGUGACUCUGGCAGUGAUAUAUUUAGAAUAAACACCCAACUGGGCUGCUCAUCACCUGCAGUCAACAAUGACCUUUAUCACAUUCCCUCCAAGAACAAAAGUAUUCAUUAAGGAAUCUAGGACUUCAAUUUCAGAUGAUUUCUUUUGUAUCCAAUUCCUAUGAAUUUGUCUUGUUUUUAUAAACUAUGACAGCACAUACAAAUCCUGACUGGAUGUGCUAUUAGAAGAGUGAAGUUUAACUUCUUAUCCUUAUAUGUACAGAUACAAAGGCCCUGGUGACCUUCACAACAAGUACCAAAGACAAAGCUCUAUGAUACUAGCCUAUGUUAGGUGGAGAAACAUCCAAAGAUAGAAGUCUCCAUCAAUCCCUCCUCCCCAUCUCUCAAAGUAGAAAAUGCAAUAGUUAGCAAGCAUGUAGGUCACUAAGGGAAUCCUUGGCAUCACUUCAAAGCUGUUCAGACCUAACGAUUCACACAUUCUCAUGGUAUACUUGGAUUAUAAACUCUAAGAUGAACUGACGUUGAGAAAAAAAAAAAAAAAAAGGAUGCUGAGUGCUAGUGCCAUUUGGACUGGGUUUUUUCUUCACAUAUUUCUCUCUUGUUUACUUAUUAUUUCCCAAUCUGAUCUCACUUAGCACUUAGGACACUGUUAUAUCCAACUAAACACCUCUCCCUAGUAGAAAAAUAGCUACACUGUAGCCACACCACUACUCCCGACUUUCUAUAGCCCCAGGAAGGGAACUGCUCAAAUAAUAGAGGAGAGGUGAAAACAUAUGACACUUCACCUAACCUACAACACAUGCUCAUUAGAUGCUUUGCCUACAUUUUUCUGUCUAAGAUGUAGACUCAGAUGAUACUAUAAAAGCUCCAUUCUGAUUCUUAGCAGAUCUGUGCUUUGGGAUUUUAUGAUUUUUAUAUGUAUUUAUGUGUGCCUGAGUCAUGUGUAUUGUACACAUGCAGGGAUCUUCAUUAGCCAGAAGAGGCCUUUGGGUCCCUUGGAACUGGAGUUACAGACCUUGUUGCUACCAUAAGGUUACUGGGAACCAAAUCCAGGUCCUCAGCAAGAGCCAGAAGAGCUUUUAACACCUGUACCAUUUCCCUGGUGUUCUGGAUCUAUCCUUUUGACAAAAUGAGAUUAUCCUCUUACUUCAAUGUGCUGAGAAGGGAUCACUGUAGCCCUCCAACAUAGAACAUCAGAUCAGAUCAAGCUGUAAAGUAGAUGCCGUUAAUUAGAUUCUCCCCAACCCCAACCACUGGGGUUCUAUGGUUAGCCCUCUCGGCUCUAAAUUCCAAGUGAUCAAAAGCCCCUGUAUUUCAAAAAUAAACAAACAAAUAAACCAUCUUAUGAGACAUCGAGAAGACAUGUGGUAAACCAAUAGUUGCUCUUCCUUCUUGGACUGCUGGUGUUCUUUGAUGGCCAUGAGAAUAGGACUGGGCUUAGUCGCAGAAGACUCAGGCAGAGAGGAUAGAACUUCACAGAAUACAGUAUGGAAGGUGAAGUUAUGACCUUCCAUGUCUCCCAAAAGUAAUUUCUACUUAACUAGAGCAAUCUCUGUAUAUUUCAGGGGGAGCUAUUCUGUGCCUUCAUUAUAUUGUGGGAUUUUGUUUGUUUGUUUGUUUGUUUGAUUGAUUGUCUUCUGUAAAUAAUUAAGAACUUAACAUUGUAUUUAAGGAAGGAUAUCUCACAAUGUACUCACCAGAUGAAAUAUACUGGUCUAUGUGACACAGCUGAUUAAUGUGUGGCCUUUUGCAGAAGUACCAAUUAUUUGACUCUGUCAUGACCUUCCAUACAUUCUCCUCUGCCCCCUGCUCUGUGUGUAUUUUUAUCUGCAUAUUUGGUAAAUAUAGAGGUUUAUGCCCUUCAGAGAAGUCCUGAAAAUAAAUGAGGGAAUUUAUUUUUUUCAUUCACUUUAUUCUAUGCAGAAUAUGCAGUUUGUUUCAACACCACCUAUAUGAGGAUUGAGGAUUGGUGCAAUGUCACAAGUAGAGACCUGUGUGACUUCUUUUGCUUUUCCUGAACACACACACACACACACACACACACACACACACACACACACACAACCUUCCAGGUCCUAUGUCUCUCCUGAAGCCCAUGAAGCACAUAUGCUGAUUCAGAAUUUAAGCAUCUAUGCUUGGUUUUUAUUUGUUUGUUUGUUUAAUUUUAUUUUGUCUUUUGACUACUCUGUCCUGCUUCUAAUCUUCAUUUGUAAAUUAAUUGAUUAUAUCUAUUUCUCUAUUAUAUCAAAUUUAUGCCAAUUCUCAAAAAAUAUGAGCUAUUUUCUGGUAGGGUCUAAGUCACUCUUUAUUUACAGUCAACACAACAAGUACAUCAUGGAGAAGAAGGGAAAAAAAAUCCCAAACUCCCAUAAAAUGGUAUUACAUUCAGAGCUAAUUAAACUAUCAAUAUUUGACUUCCUAAAGCAUACAAGUGUACAUAUGUUUAUAUAUAUAUAUGUUUAUACACAUAAACAUAUAUAUAAGUGCAUAUAUAUUUGUGCAUACACAUAUAUGUUCAUGUGUGCAUACGCGCACACACACACACACCCCACAUAUACAUUGAGUUUGAAGAUAUGACUCAGUGGUUAAUAGCACUUAAUGCUCCUGUAGAGGAUCAGGGUCUCCAGCUCCUACAACCAGUGAAGUUCAACUGCCUGUAACUUUAGUUCAAGAGAAUUUGACGCGCCCUCUUUUGGCCUCUAUAGUCACUUGCACCAUAAACAGAGGAAAUAAACUCAGAUAGAUUCAUAGCCACAUAAAUAAUUUUAAGUGCAAGAAAUAAAUUAAGUAAAAGAAAAAUUCUCCAAACUCACUCAUAAAGCAAUAUUUCAAAUACAGAACAAAACAUACAUUACCACUCUUUAAUUCAUGACUUUGGUGUUCUGCCCUAUAAACCCUUAUUCCUGUUUCCUUUCUACAUUUAACACCUCAAGUGGAAGACCCUAAACAUUCUUUCAGAAACCUCAUAUUGUCUCCAUUUCUCUUCAUUGUGCUAUAAUCCAGGACCCAUGGAUACCAAAUGUAACCUCAACUCUUGGACCAAGUUUCCUGUGCAGUUUUAUUUGGGUCUUUCUAUCAUCUCUUUCCUUGACAUCUUCCUAGCCACCUAUUCUCUUCAUGACUCUGCCACACAAACAUUUAGAAGUAUCUCUCCAUCUUUCUGUCAAUCCCUGACUUCUAGUAAGCAAUUGUGGCUCUUUAGUAUCUCACAUAUAUAUUGUUCAGGAAAAGCCUUUGUCAUACUUCGUGGUCUUUUAGAAGACAUUUUAUCGACAUCUUCCAUUCAGAGCCCCAUUAUAAAAUACUUGGGACUUAUAUUGCUUCAGCUCCUUUCAAAAGCUGAAAUGUAAGUGUUCUGUGUACCCUAGGCACUAAAUAAGCACUUAUAAUUUUUCAAUAACAAUUGAGCAACUAUAUCAAACAUCAAUGAGGAUAAAAGUAAAAAAGGCAAAGACCAUAAAAUUGCUUAUUGGAAUCAAAGAUAUUAGUGAAUUUUCUCCUGGCUUUAUUUAAUUUGUGCUCACUUAUGUUGUAGUGUGGUAAAUAUUGGAUGAGCAUGCACUAUAAAUAAUAGGUACUUUUCUGGACAUGAGAAUGCAAUUUCAAACAAAAAAAUCUUCAGUGUGCCCAUAAAUAGUCUAUUUGAAAGAAAUAUUUUAGGAAAACUGAUAAAAAUAAAUUAGUAUGAUAAAUACAAUAUAAAUGAUUACAAUCUAGUAACAACCACAUGAAAAAAUAGAAAGCAUAACUAUUAUUGUAGUCUCUGGAGUAUAUUUAAUGAACAUGAAUGGUUGCUAUGCUUAUUUAUUUUAUUUAUUUUUCUUGAUAAUAUAUACCCACGUAGAAUGAAUUAUUAUCAUAUUCACUAUUAUCCUCUAUUGUCUCCUACUCUAUCUUUCCUUUCUCCUUUUAUCAAAGUCAGAAUCUCUGAGAGGGUGAGAUUUGAGAAAAGCACUGAAGCAGAACAGGAAAAAGAGCAAGCAGCCUCUCGAAGAGUAUUUUCCCAGCAGUCUUACAGCCGCUGUGAAGUCCUGAGAAAGACACGUGUCUGAUGUGCUCAAAGAGCAAGCUCAGUGUAGCUAAAGCAGAGUGAGCAAAGAUAGUAGACACGGGUGAAGCCAAAGAAUUAAGAGAAGGAAGGAUGCAAGGUUACUCUACCAAACAAAAAUAAUAUAGACCCAUCAUCAGGUAAUGGUGAGUCUGAUCAGGUACGGGAGUGGAUGGUCAGGUGGCAUGCUGCCCUGUGUGGGAGGCAGAUAGAAGGUGGAAGAGAUAGAAAGUAGCCGAUGACAAGUGCUCACACAGAUUCCCCCCAAUGCACAUGUGGUCUUUCAGAGCCUGGUGAAUAUUUCAAGACAUCAACUGCUGUAGCUAGCUUCUCAGCAGGCUGUUUCGCUCCACUGCUUUCUAGCCUCUUUUGAAUUCUGAUGUCUUUUAUGCCAACACUCUCCUCACUCUCUUCUUACCAUUCCUUGUCUAAUCGUUUUGGCUGAGCAAAAACAUUUGAAAUCAAUUCUCUAUAUGCUGUAUGAUUCUCCCAGAACCCCCUAAAAAUAUUAGUCAUCAUUCCUGAGUUUAAGCAUCUUUCUUAUUAAGUGGGGAGGAGAAUGAGGACCAUAGUCUAUGAUUCAAACUCAACCAACAAGCUUUCAUUCAUGCAUGUACCUAUUGGUUAAUGUAACAAACAUGUUAAUCAUUCAUGCGUUUUCUCGGCCUUCUUUCUGAGUAUGCAGUUGGAAAUAAUAGGAAGUCUUUGUUGCAAAAGCUAUUUUAGUUCCCAAGAGACCAACAGAAAGAUGCAUACAGAGAAUUUCUAAUAAGAGAAAAGAGUAAGGAAGCAAGACAAGGAAGAGGGACAGGAAAUAGAGCUACUUAAGAUAUGAGUCAAGUGAAGGAGAAAAACUUUCAAAAGUCUGGAAAGACAUUCUCUAGAAAAUUCAAAUGUCCUUAAUCAAAACUCCAAAAUAUCUUCAGCAUAUGCUGAGAUUUGUAGUCACAUUAGUGAUGGGACUUUCAACUCCUGAUUUAUAUCCCUAAAUGAUAUCCUAUGAUUCUGGAUCAGACCCUCAAAGCAUCAGACUCCCCAUGCCUUAGUAAUGUAAGCCUAGGUGGUUUGUUUGCUUAAAAGCUUCCUGGGACAUUCAUUGAGGUUCAUGAACCACUGUAAUGGUGAUCUACUUGUAAACAGAUCACGUUCUGUCUCUGAAUUCAUUUUCGCUGUCCUUGGGAACCUGUAAGUAUGCUUUCAGUGCUAUAACCUCAUUUAAUUAUAUGCUGGUCUAAAACCAUUUUCCCAUAGAUUUCUAACCUUUGUCCUGAUGUCCUAUUGAAGACAGAAUUCAACCCCACUUGGUCCUUUAGGUAGUUGGGAAUAGUGCUUAAACUAAUGAAUUCCCUCCGUCCUUCUACAAUAUCAGACCUUGGUCCAUCACACUCAUUCUUAGACACACGAGCUCUAUGUACGCCACUCAUUCCUCAGUAUCCAAAAGUAGCACAAUAAAAUUUCCCUUUACAACAAUGGAGACAGCAUCUUCUCAUCUUUAGACAUCCAUUUCCCACAAUCUCUCAUAUGCAUCUUCCAUGAAAAUUCAGAGUACUAUUUUACAUCUUUUCUUUUUUUGAUUAAUUUAUUUAAAAAUUUAUGAAUAUAUUUGAUCAAAUCCUUUCCCCAUUCCCAAAUUGUCUAAGAUUUGUUCUUACCCACCCAACUCCUCUUUAUCCUCUCUCUCUUUCUCUCUCUCUCUCUCUCUCUCUCUCUCUCUCUCUCUCUCUCUUUCUCUCUCUUUCUCUCAAGCAAAACAAAAUGAUAGUGAUUAAUACAAAGAUCGACAACAACUGUAUCUUUCUAAUGAAUUCUAUGAUUUGCUGUAAUUCUUUUCUGAUAGUAUCUUUGCAAAUGGUAUUAUGUGUAAAGUUACUUAUUUUGUUCUGUCUCCUUUGCCUUUGGGGCCAAAAGUUCUGCACAGAUAAGAUGAUGUAAUAUAGGUGAUUUGUCUUACAAAACGCAUUCUCUUGAGUUGGCCAAUCUUCUUCCUAUUUUUCUGCACAAGACACAUCAAUAUUUUCUAUGCAGUCAUAAAAAAUUUUACUCAGAAAAUUUUUGAUUGACCCAAUUAACUUGAACAGUAAAUCAAUGCAGUUCUACUUUUAUAAUAAAAUGGAAAUUUUAGAUAAAUGAAACAGUAACUGAGCAUUUAAUUAAAAAGAACUUUCAGUGUGUUUCAGGGCUAGUUCACAUUAGCUACAUUCCAAAAUUUCUUGGAAUGAAUCUGAUCCGUCAUUUCCAGAUACUUUUGUGGCUAUACAUGUUGCAAUUAUUGAACUAAACAUGGUCUUUUUCUUAAUGCUUACUGUAUACCAUGGCAAGUUGAGCCUUUUUCUAAUAUUUGUAAGUCUUUGUGCAAAAGUAAAAAUGAGAUUCAUGUUGUGUGUGUGUGUGUGUGUGUGUGUGUGUGUGUGUGUGUGUGUGUGUGUGUGUGCUAUAGAUCUAGACAAAAAUAUUCCGUCUUCUAACUUACAAAAAUCAAUCAUCAGAGGGGCAUAGAAGCCAAGUUUUAAUUUAGAAUUAUCAGAUUCAUUGGUACCAGGAUAUCCUGUAGUGUUGCUAACUGAAUUCUGACUUUCACUCAUGUCAACCAGUCUCCUAUACUUAGUAAGCCAACCCAAGUAUCCAAACACAAACACACUCUCCACAAAUACUUGUAAUUUGCUUAUUCUCGGGACUAAUGAAUAUAUGGACCCAGGUCAUGUCUCUCCUCCAAAAGGAUGAACUAUAAAAGGAGGACAGAAUACAAGUUGGGAGCUGACUAGAAAAGAUUAGGUCAAGGACUUAGGGGAGUCCCUCUACCUUAAGUAUAGACUACUAGCUGUAAAGCUGAUAGAUUUGGAAAGGGAUGUGGCAAGGGUUCCAUGGGCUUUUUAAUCUAAGAUGAAAAAGUUGAGACCAAAACCUGCUAGUAUUCUGCUUUCUUAUUCUGAAUCUAAGCACAAUGUAUCAGUAAGGUAAAAGUAGGAUGCUACAAUUUUAUAAGCAUUUUAAUAACUAGGACAAAAGUAAAAUAGUUUCUGGUUAGUGUCAAUUUGCCUAGAUAUUAUUUAGGAAUACAUGUUAAUAUGUUUUUAAAGUAUUUCAUUUAUUUCCCAUUGAAACAUACCCCAAAACUAUUAAGAAUUCUACAGGAUAAUUUCUUCUUGUCAGCAUAAAUUGUGAUAAUCUCAAAACUUCUUUCUACAGAAACCUACAAGGCAAAGUCUUAUCUAUCUCUAAAUGACUAAACACCUGAAAUAAGAUAUUUUACUCCCCUGAUAACUAUGAAGAGAAUAUUUUAGAAAUCUGUAAAGUCUCUUCCAAUCUAGUAUCCUCCCUGACAUGCUAUGGACUCCCUACACUCCUACAGGCCUGGGAGACAUGCCCUAGAGCAGUUGUCAAAUUUAAUGAAAGACGCAUGUAAAAAGAGUAUAGGAGAAUCAGAAAAGUAGAAAACAGUGUCUGUGUGUGUGUGUGUGUGUGUGUGUGUGUGUGUGUGUGUGUAUUUGAGGCUUGGACCAAAUAAAGAUUAGACAGCAUCCAUUCAAGUGAAAGAAGUUAGAAUGAUGGAAGGUGUGCAGCCUGAUUUACAACUAAACCCUGAACCCUUUUGAAGAACAAUAAAACAUAUUUUACAAAAAAAAAAAAAAAAAGAAUUCAAGCUCUUUAAAGUGAGGCUGCCCAGAUGUUCAUAACAAACCUAAGUAACCUACCACAUCAUUCCAGAUGAAAAUUCCAGUCAAGACCAGAAGAGGUUAAGAAAUACAUAACAGAAAAUUUUAGAAUACCUUCUUGGAUCUAGUUCCUAUAAAUUCAUAUCCAGGUUAGGCAGCAAGGGUGUUCUCCAUAAUUCACUGUAUAAACAUUUAUGGAGCAUGUUAAGCUGGUCACCUUGCUAGGUGCUGGACAAUAAUCAGAAAAUCCAGGCAUCGUGAAGAAAAACAGACCAAUUGAUACAGAAUUACUCUCCUGGAGAAGUCUGCAGUCACACAGUGCUGAAGUCUGCUCACACUAUUGCAAUGCAAAUUUUUAUGAGUUCUAGUGCAAAAACAAAAUAGGGGCUAUGACUAUUUUUAAAGGGGGUUUUCCCCUCUAUAGUUACUAACAAUGACAGUGACAUUCAGAAUUGAUUUAGAAUUUUUAAAAUGUUCAUACAUUGGGUAGUAAAGGAAGGAAAAACUAUCCCAAGCAGAAAGAAAAUCUAAAAGUGUAAUGUUAUAUUCAACAAAGCUACCCUUCAAAAUAUAAGGAGAAAUAAUUCCCCCAUAUUAAGUUAAACCAAGGUGUUUAUUGCUGUCUUCCUAUAAGUGAUGCUUAAACAGAACUGCUUGCGUUCAGAUGAACUAUUAAGUAAAAACAAGAACAUAUAAUCUCACCAGUAAAAGAACAAAUAUGAUCAAUACAAAAUAAUAUAACACAUUAAUCUUAGCACAUAUAUCGCUCCUUUUAUUGUAGUACAGAAGUGAAACGGGAAGAGUACAAAAAUAAUCACAAAAAAUACUUUAAUUGAUACACAAGAUAAUAUAAUUUGUGUUAUUAAUAACAAAGUGUAUGGAUAAGAGUAUAUAGGGUUUCAUAGUAAUUAAAGUUAAAUUGUUAUGAGCAUAAAAUAGAUUGUUGUAAUUAUGAGAUCAUUUAUAUAAACUCCAUAGUAGUUAUUAAGAGUACAUUCCUAGAAAGGAUAAAAAUAGAAUGAUAUUAAAAAACAGUGUACUAUGUAAGUUGACAAAAUACAAAGGAAGACAGGCAAUAAGAGACGAAGAAAGACAAUAGAGUUGCAGGACAAAACAGUUAAAAAGUGUUGGUCUUUUACUGUCAAUAACUACUGUAAAUAGAUAAAACUCAAUCCACAUAUGCUUGCUCACAUGAACACAAAUGGAAAUAAGACCCAAGUAUAUGCUAUCUACAGAUACUUAGAUGUAUUCUUAUGGAGACACAGGGCUGAAACUGUGCAAGGAUUCAAAGAGAUAUUCCAUGUAAACAUACCUUAAAACAAGAAAUAUAGAAGAUACCAUGUAAUGAUGAAAGUGUCCGGUAAAAGCAAAAUGUAACAGUAGUAAAUACAUAAGUGCCAAGCAUCACAACACUUAAAUGUAUGAAAUGGAGGUUAUACAACUAGAGGGAGAUACAAAGUAGGUGUCUAUAUACCCUACCUAGAAUUAUGGAAUGAAGACUCAGAGAAAAGACUUUGAGCAGUACCAUACUUCAAAUACAGGACUUUCCAAACUCCAGUAGUGAAGGACAUGUCCUCCUGUAGUGCAUAAGUGACAAGCCGGGUGUGGUGGCGCAUGCCUUUAGUCCCAGCACUUGGGAGGCAGAGGCAGGUGGAUUUCUGAGUUCGAGGCCAGCCUGGUCUACAGAGUGAGUUCCAGGACAGCCAAGGCUACACAGAGAAACCCUGUCUCGAAAAACCAAAAGAAAAAAAAAAGAAUAAAAAAAGAAUAGGUCAUAUGUUUGAUCACAAAGUUAGUCUUAGCAUAUUUCAGAAUGUUUAACUCAACAGCAAAAUAUAAAUAACUUGGUAGAAAGUAGCUAAGGGAAUUGACCAGACAUUUCUCUAAGGAAGGGAUAUCAACAGCUAACAAGUAUAAGAAAAACAUACAAUAUCACUCUCCAGCAGGAAAAUGCAAAUGAUCCUCAUAUUUCAAACAAACAGAAAACAACAUUAAAAAGGAUGUGGAAAAAUUGAAAGUCCUAUACUGUUGGUAGGUAUGUAAAAUAUUUCAGCAAUAAUGGACUGUAGUAUGAAGUUUUAAAUUUUUUUUUAAAUAGAACUAUGAUAUAGUCAAGUACUGUUACUUGUGAAUAUUUAAAAAGUUGAAAGCAGAUCCAUUAAGAAAUAUUUAUUCUGCUAUGUUUGUUGUAAUAUUAUUCUUAAAACUUAGGAGGAAGAAACAGCAAAACUACCCACUAAUAAAUUAAUAAUAAAGAAAUGUAGCAAAUAUUCUUUUAUCACAGAAAAAGGAAGAAAUUCCAUAAUGAUAGAAACUGGUUACUCUUUGAAAAUACUGUGAUAAGUUAAAUAAACUAACUACAGAAUGACAAACAUUGUAUAAUUCUACUUAUGUGUAGUAACUAAAGUCUAAUUUAUAGAAUAUAAAACUUAUAAUAUGUAUUCUCAAGGAUGAUGAAAAUAUGGACUAGGAGUAGCUUUCAACAAGUAGAGUUUCAGUCAUACAAGAGGGAGUUUUACUAGAGAGGUGUCAUGCAAGAUAUUUGUAACUGAUGAUGAUGGUAACUCUAGAAACAAUUUAUAUUACCUACACUUUUACAAACAAAUGUCAUGAGGUUAAGGCUAUAUUUCAUAUGGUCUCACAAAGAGCAAAUGUUGAAAACAGGGAUAUAAAUUCAGUUAGUCUCCAGAACCAUCAUGUUAGAUCAUAUUCUAUUCUUUCUUAGGAAGACUUUUUAAAAAUAAGCAUAAAAUUAUGAAAAUACAUUUUAAAGAGGUGUCAUUCACCAAGAAUUAUUCCUUUCUUAGAUUGAAGAGCAUGCAGAAUUGUGGACAGAUGUAUUUAUAGAUGAUAGAGAUCAAUAGAUGAUGGAUGGGUAGAUAGAUGAUAGAUAGAUAGAUAGAUAGAUAGAUAGAUAGAUAGAUAGAUCAAUAGAUAAUUCUUUAAACACAAAGACAUCCCAUCUUUAGAGAUAAAUGAUUUUAUUACACUCAAAUUUAAACCUGAUUUUAUUUCUCCAGAGACUAUACCAACUUCUGCACAUAUCAGAGCCAGCCCCUUUUGAAAAAUUAAUUUUCUCUAAAUACAACAUGGAUAGGAGAGACGCAACAACUUGUGUCCAAUCCAGAUACAAGAAGAAAUAAAUAACAAAACCAAAACUAAUGCUUAACCUCCCAAACACCUGUCUAUUCCUGUUCACAAAUAUACUCACAUAUAUUCCUACGUGCACACACAAGCAGCACUAGCCCUAUAGAAUCCCAGUGGAAUACAAAGCCUUUGCCCCAGAAUGCUGGGCCUGUUGUGAAGCAGUUAUGUGCUCCUUUCUCUCUCAGCUUGUGUGGUUGAGAUGUCUUAACCAUAGACAGUAUUUUUAUAAAUCUAGGAAGUGCAAGAAAGAAAGGUCACCUGCAACUUUUCCCUUGGGGCUAAACAAGCCCAGGUGCAUAGACACCAAGUGGAUUGUGUUGGCAUUUAAUUUCUAAACUGGGGAAGCUAAAUUUAGAAUGUCCUAUUGACAAGCCACCAUCCAGUAGGACAAAGGGAGGGGGAGAGUUCUUCAAGUCUGGUGUGUUCUAUCCUGCAUAAAGUGGGGCAGCAGCACCUCUUCUGUAGCAGGUUAUUCUCUUCCUGGAUCUCCACAGACAAUGUAGGUAAUGCUAAGAUUGGAGGUGUGAUUCCAUUAGAUUUCAGUUUUCUCUCUGUCAAUCGUACAGCCUUGGACCAUCAGUUAACCUUACCUCACUGGACAGUUUAAGAUUAAAUGACUCAGUAUGUUGUAAAGAGCAGAGAAAGCACAUUGGUGGGCUCAUAGAAAUGACUACAUAAAGGGGAGCUGUGAUCUACUUUGGCCAGUUCAACUUAUUCCAUGGUCUUGCAGCGAUAUUUAGGAGCAUAGUGUCUGGGCAACAACUAUUACAGAGAUAAGGACAAAACUCUGUCCUUAAGCAUCUUGUACCUAGUUUAAACAUGAAGCUACAUGGGGAUUUUACUUUAAGCAGAGCAGUCACUGGGAGCAGCAGUUCGUCAUCACACUGCCAAAGCCACAGUCAGAACCAGAAUAAUUGAGCCGGCUGUGUGGUUGGUUUCUGCACCUCCUAUCACUCAUGUGCCAAUGGAAAGCAUAGCAGGCAGCAGCCUCAGCCAGAGAGAACAUAAAUAGCCCUUUCCCCUUCAAAACAUAACAAGUUAAUCUAAGAAGUUAUCAUCAUUUCAUAGUCUUGCUUGAAUGAUUGAGUCUGGAUUUGUUUUCACUGAAAACCUUUAAUAUCAUGCCAGAUAACAUCAUUUAUUUCUCAGCUUCAGGAGAAAUCUUUGAGCACUUGAUUACACUUGGCUGUUUUCUGCCAUGGCCAAGAAGAAUAAUCUGUAACCUUUUGCAUUACACAUUACAGGGAAUAACACGAUCUUAUCCUAGGCAUGAGCUCGUAAUCUCCUCAUUUAAGAAUCCAUGCCUAGACCUUAGGUCUCAGAGGCACUCAAGUAAUAAAAUGCCAUUGUCCAUGGCUAAGUGUCAGGGACCGCUGACCUAACAGCUCAGUGAGCUAAAGAGGUUAACAGAACUUUGAAGUUGAACUUGGCUCCUAUACACAGCUACAGACAGCAUCAGUCCUAGGUGGUGCUCUUGGACUCACACAGACAAGUACUCGAAUUCUGAAGACUGCUUCCAUUUGAAACGCAGAGUGCUUUUAGGAAAUAAUAAUAUAUAAUUAAAAUCUAUUUGAUGAACAGAGGUAAUUUUUAUAUUCAAGGAAGUUGCUGAAGCAGCAGUUUUUCAUUCAUUAGCAUAUUUACCAGGUUAAUGUACUGUACUUAAUAAAGUAAGCAGUGUUUUAUAAUUUCCUAGGCAAAUUGUGAAAGUAGAAAGAAAAUGAAUAAAAUUUUGUUCCAUUUUAAGUAUCUGAGUCAACAAAUUAAUCUCUCUUUCUCCUAAGAGAGCUAUUUUCCUCCAAAGUGAGCAUUCAUAUAUUUAGUGGUUUUGAUGAACUUGAAAAAAAAAAGUAUUUGUUAAUGUGGAAAAAUGAUGCAAUGAGGAAUGUGUUCAUCAGCUUUCCAUUGUUGUGAAAAUACCAGAAAUAAUGAGCUUGUAGAAAGAGAAGGCUUAUUUUAGCUCAUUGCUGCAAACCAUGGUCCUUGCCCUGUUGCUUUGGGCCUAGGAUGGCAUGGUCUAUCAUGGUAAGGGGAUGAAGCCACAGUGCUAGCUUCCAUUACAUAGGAAACAGAGAGAGGAGAGAAAGGAACAAAAUCCUAAUGUCUUCUGUAAGGUCAUGUCCCUAAUAACAUGAUAUCUUUCCAUUAGUCCUUCCUUCCUAAAGAUUUAACCACUUACUAUAAUACAUAGGCUGAAGACCAAGCCCUCAAUUUACUGACUUCUAGGACAUUUAAAACCCAAAUCUUAGAGGCGAGCAAUGUAAUAAACAUGGACAAAAGUACAUGAAAUACAGUGACCUUUAAAAAUGGUACAAAACAAAGAGAUACGCGAUUAUCCAUUUUUUUUCAAGAAUAGAAAGAAAAAUGUAAAAGGAAAAAUGAUUUUAGCAGUUCCUGGAAGAAAAGAUGAGGUGGUAAUAACAAUACUUGGGAACCACUUCUGGGAACAUGAUAAAGAAAAAAAUGACUGAGAGAUGGGUCCAAUUGCUUCAGAGAUUCUGUAAUCUCUGCAUCGAAGGAUUUCAUUUCAGAAGGCAGAAACAGUAUAGGAACAAAGACCAGUAAUAAACAAUCAUCUAAAGUGGUAAGAAAAAAAAAAAGAAACAGCAAUUGGUUGCAAGUCAGAAGUACUGAAGCAAGUAUCCAUGAUUUGCUUAAAGCUAUCGGGUACUUUUUUGCCCUCCUUCAAUGCUCACCUUAAUAUUUUAUUUUCCCUCUAAGGUUCCCAGCCUAGGAAAUAACCAAGACCAUCUGCAGUAAGUCACUCUGUGCCUUGGGAUGCAAUCAUUUUCUCCUUCCCAGCUGUGGGCCCCAGGCAAGUUUCAGGAAGUCAUUAGUAAAGGCACUUGUUCCUUUAUUUGAGAUUUUGCAAAACUGUUGGUCUCUUACUUUGAGCUUUUAUUAAUAUAUACAUGGCACACCUCAUUCAUAGAAAAGCAAGGCUCCCUUUUAUAAGAGAACAUUGUCAUUUGCUUUCUGUCCUUUCCCCCCAGGCUUAAAGUAGUAUAAAGGCAUUGUGUAUACUGUUUUGAAGAGAGUCAGAGAGACUUGGGUGUAGCUUCUGACUUUGGGCAAGUGCUCUGGCUUUGUUGAUUUAGCUUUUCUUUCUCCAACACGAAAACGGUGCAUCUUACUAGAUUCGUGUCCUAAGAAACAAAAGAAAUUGCAUAUAAACAUUUUCCUACAAUAGAAUUACUCCUAGAUUUUCAUAGUCUGCAAUCGCUGGGAAGUGAGCGUUCAACAUGUGCCAGCUAACAAAUUAAAGAUAACCUCAGAGAAGAUUAAAGUGUGUUUAUGUUGUAUUAAAGAAAGAAAGCAAAACACUUACUCUUGGAUUCAUUAUAAUUUCUUUUUUCUUUCACAUUGAUUUUUUUAUUCAUUCUUUCUUUGAAAACUCUGACUUUGUGUAGUUAUUCGUUUUUUGUACACCCUGACUUUGGGGAGUGAUUUCUAAGUGUGAGCCCUGUGCUUUACAUCUGUGUGUACUUUGUAGUUAUCAGUCUGUCUGUAGCUUGUCUGUUGUGUCUAUCAGAUCUGUCCCUGUAACUUAUCUGAUCAGUCUGGGUUGGAGUCUUUAUCUGUCCCUGUGUCUGCUUGAUGUCUGUCUCUCACAAAGGGUUUCACUGUGUAUUUGGUGAAUGGCACAGAAAACGUUGCCUAUAGAGGGAAUGAUAGAUGUAUUACAGAAAUAUUAAUAGAGUUUGACAAGGAAGGAGGUUAUUUAUGGAAUUUAACUGACCUAGAAGUGCUCAGUACUUCAAGCAGACAUUAUCAAGCUAUUGCCAAGUUGCUUCCAACAGUUAUGCAAAUGUUUGUUAUAAGGUAUCUUAAGGUCUGUUGUGUGUUUUCAGCAAAUUAUUACCACAGUACAAAUGUAUAAACACACAUACAUUAGGUUGAGUUGGUGACAUGGAGAAACACAUAACUUAAAGGUUUAGCUAUGAAUUCACUUAGGUUGUAGAAGCUGAUUACGUUGGAAAUCCAAGAGCAGGAAGGUCAGUUACAUUGUCCUCUUGAAGGCAGAUUAAAUUUAAACAAGCUGAGUUCACAGUAGGAUUACAGGCUAAAUACAAAGUCUUAAAUGAUCUCAAGGAGAAUUAUUAACAUUGCUGUGAGGUCUGCCGAAAGGUCAGUCUUUGGGGGAAUCAAAAGAUAUUUUCAUAAAAAUUUAUCACUACACAAAGUUAGAAUUCUCAAUGAAGGAAUGAAUAAGAAAUUCAGUGUAAAUAAAAACAUAGUUUACAACAACAACAAAAAUAAUGCCAAAAGCAUUCUUUUUUAAUUUAAUUUUUUUUACAUAUUCACUUAUGUGCUGUACAUCCCCUCACUGCCCCCUCCAAGUCACCCCCUCCCACAAUCCUUCCCCCAUCACUCCCUCCCCUUCUCCUCUGAGUGGGUGUACACACCCCCAGGUAUUCCCCUCCUCUGGUGCUUCAGUUCUCUGUGAUGCUAGGUGCUUCCUCUCCCACUGAGCUAGAAGAGCAUAUCCCAAAUACAGGCAACAGCUUUUGAGAUAAUCCCUGCCCCAUUUCUUCUGGACCCACAUGAAGACCAAGCUAAACAUCGACUCCAUAUGUGUUGGUAGGCUUAGCUCCAGCCCCCUUAUAUUCUUUGCUUGGUGGUUCAGUAUCUGAGAGUCCAAAGAGUCAGGUGAGUUGACUCUGUUGGUCUUCCUGUGGGGUUCCUAUCCCCUUUGAGGCCCACAAUCCUUUCUCCUAGUCUUCCGUAAGAGUCCCAUGACAACAUGCUCCUGUCUGCAAGCAUAACAGAGUACCAUUAAUAAUGUUAGGCAUUGGAAAAGCAUUCUUCUUCAUGUGGCACACCUUAAGGUCCAACAGUGUAAAUGAUUGAGUGUUUCUUCGUUCUCUUGACUUGUGUUAUGUAUAAGACAAAUAAGAACUGUUGGGUGAUGGGAACUUAGCCUUGAGAUUGAAAAGCUGAAGUUUGAAAGAUGCAACAGAAAGUUGCAUUUCUGCUUGCUCAUUGUAUACGUUAGGUGUACCAACUUUCAUAUUCCAUUGCAUCUGACUCUCUUUGUAUUUCGGCUACCAAGCCCCUUGUUGCUCCCUUUCUUUCUUCAUUUUUAAUUCCUCCACCACUCCCAAUCUACUGGACUAAACUACAAACUUCAAAGAAAAGAGGCAGGCUGGAGAUCAAUCUGCAGAAGAGGCAAGAAUCUUCUGUGAGCCCCUGUGUUUGGUUCCAAAGACCUCACUAUUGGAUGAUUGAUGUUAGAUUUUAAACAUUAAUAUCCUACACUGGAAUUCAACAUUCGAUUUGAUGUGACUGAUUUACUCAGAGAGUUACAAAGUCUCAUGUGUACUCUGUCAGAUGAGAAUGACUUAAAGCAGGGUUGUCUUCAUUCACACAUUUCUCGUGACCUAUGUGUUGGCUACCCUUGUUUCUAGACCAAUGUAACCUUGAUAUUCUAAGUGUGUCAUCUAGUAGAGAUAUUUUCAUUUGUGGAGCCUUCAAAAGGUGACUAUAAAAGGUUGCAGCAAGUGCAUUGAACAGUUAUAUACAGUGAUGGAGAAGUAAAUAGAUGAAAGUGGGAAGACAAGAUUUCUAAUCUGCCCCGGCCACUAAUUAGUUUGGAAAUCUCAAUCACACUGCUACAAGGCUCAAAGACUCUUUCCUCACACUUAUACAAUAAGGGAGGAGCUGACCUCCUUGAUCUCGGAGGUCUCUUGAAGCAGCAAAACUCUGUAGUCAGCAGAACCUUUUACAACUCAGCAGGCAGACACUAUAGAAACCCCAUCUCAUUUCUCCACUUCUAAAUUUAUCACUUCAGUCAUCAACAAGACAUUGCCCAAUAUAAGAGAGCUGAGUGAGGCAUAUUUGAUAGCAAGGCAGUUGUCUUAGCCAAGUUAGGAAUGUCAAACUUUACUGGGGUUGUUGAUUCUCUGUUAAAGAAAACUAAAGAGAAUGUAGCCAAUCCUAGAUGGCCCAGUUCCUCAGUAGCUUACAUAACCCUCAGCAUGGAAAGGGUGGGAAGACAUCUCUUUCAGUCCAUUUCUAUACAGCACAGCAGGGUUCAGGCUUUCAUGGCCUUCUGCCUUCCAGGUAAAUAAAAGAAGCAAAUAGUCCCCACCUUCCUUCCUUCCCCCUCCCUGCCUCUUUUAAGGUGAUUAUUCUCUUACCGUCUUUGGAGUCUAACUUAAGACACAGUCCUUUCAGUUAUAAAAAUGUUCUGUCCAAUUCCAUCUUCCCAAGUGUGCAGAAGAAUUACAAGGGGUUCACAAGAGUGGAGAGACCUCAGAAAUCUGUGUGGCUGCACACUUGGAUUCUCAUUCUUCUGGGCACAAUAGAUGGGGUUUGUCUGACAUACAACUAAAAGGGAUGGAUCUGGGAGUAACGAUGAGCAUUCUGCCUGCCUGUGAGAAAGUGAGUGUGUUUCUAACUUUUAAAGGUAAAGAUAGAAGUCUAAUUAGAAUGGGGAGGAGAUGAAAAGGGAGCAAAGACUGCCUCUGACUACAGUGCCUGCCUUUGGAUUCCUUUUCUAACUGGGCUGACUUGUCUAGUGUCAUUUGAAGAGAUUAUGGUGCACCAUGAUAUGUUGGGGCUGGCUGAUGUCUACGGGAGCCCUGACCUUUUCUGGAAAGAAGGGGAAGUGGGGUAUUUGGAGAGGGAUGUGAGGUAAAAGGGAGGAACUGGGAGGAAAGCAGGCGAGGGAAGCUGCCAUGGGGUUGUAGUGUGAAUAAAUAACUUAGUCAAUAGAAAAAAAAAUCAGCUCAAGAAAACAAACAAACAAAAACAAAAAGAACAGGGAAGAGAAGAGAGGCUUCUACUCUGGUCCUUUAGAUUCAGGUUUUAUUAAAAACAGAAGACCUUAUUGUGACACAUUAAAGUGGCAGUAAGUGAAUGAAAAAACAGAAACAGAAAGAACAAGGCUGCUCCUAGGUAUGGUGGAGGAGAAGGUUUACUGUAGAUAAAAAGAAAAGCACAGCCAAAGGCAAGGACGUCUGGGAGAAUCUAGAGUAAACAUGUCCAGGAUGAGCUGGGCCAUGUGAGGAGAGAGGAGACAAAAGAGAUGAGAGCCAGACUGAGAGGCCAAGAGGAUAAAGGCUAGACAAAAAGCCUGGAUUAUAUAGGGAAAGGUGGGGGCCAGGGGAAGAUGCAUCCGAGUCCUUGGACUGGAGAGUUCAGGGUAGGCGGUCCAGUUGUGUAUGCCAGCCAUAUACUAUAACGAGUAGGACUGUGGGAUGCUGGGAAAACCUGGUGGCCAGAUCUGUUUUGAUAAGUUAAAUAGGCACGUGAGCCAUUUAGCAUCUCAGCUAUUUGUCCCAAUAUUUGAGACUUAAGAGUGAGGUCAUUGUAAAUUAAGAGAGAAAUUGGGUUCAUUUGCAAAUACAGCAGCAAGCAGAGAUUCUUAGCCAAGAAUGGCUUGCAGAAGGUUAAGAGACAGGUAGAUGGGUGGAAAUUUAUCAAGAGAAGACAGUAAUGCCUAAACUGAAGUAACAUGAUGCCUUUUGCCAGCAGGCCAGUGUAUAACUAAUGACAUGACUGGUUCAUAGUAUAGUUAAGGGAAAAGUUUUUAAUUUUAUGAUUUGAGAUAUGAAAGGAGCCAGAGGCUCCCAGAAGAGUCCAGAGCAGAGAGAGAAAGAUGACUGAACAUGGUGAGCAGGUGAAAGAAGCAAAAGCUGAGUGGAGAGGGGAGAGCAGGGUGGGGAGGGUGGAUAGAGAGAGAGAGAAGGUAGGAGAGUGGAGAGAGGGAAAGGAGAGAGACAGAGAAAAGGAGACAAAGAGAAUGCAUGGGUAAGAUAGCAGUGGUAUAAGAAGAAUGACUAGCUGUGGGGAGGGAAGCCCUUGAGCUGGAGGGAGUUAGGGGUAGGAGAGGGGGUCAGAAGGCCUAGGGUGUUAGCAUGGACUUUGAACUGUAUUGCCAGAGCUUGUAAUACGGAGGGAACUUGAAAGCCAGGAUUUGUCCCUCUGCCUUUUGGAAUUUGGGGAAAUAAAGGUUCCUCGGGACCUGACAGCCAGGAGUGAUAGGACAUAAAGGCAAGAAUGGCAAAGGAACUGAAAAUUUGAUCAGAAAUGGAAGGGUCUGCGACAUUUACUAAAGUGACUUCUCAAGACUUUUUACUAAAUCUGGGCUGUACACAGAAGCCUUGGAGGGAACACUAAAGGCAGAGGAGCUUGACUAAAGUUACAUCAAGGAAAUGGUCUCUGGGGCUUUAUCUAUAAAGUGUUUAGAAAUUUCAUUUAGACAAUAAGUAAAUAAAUGAACAAAUAGAUAGAUGGAUGGAUACCACUCUUGAACUGUUGACAUAGCUCAGUCAAUAAGGUACCCGCCUUUCAAGCAUCAGGUCCAGGUCUCAGUCUUCAGAGCUCACUUUAAAGGGGAGUGGGUGGGUAGGGGAGAGGGGGUGGGUGGCUAUGGGGGACUUUUGGUAUAGCAUUGCAAAUGUAAAUGAGCGAAAUACCUAAUAAAAAAUGAAAAAAAAAAAAAAAGCAUGUGCUUAUAAUUCUAGCACUGGGUAGGUGGAAACAGACUGAGACAGAGGGAUUCUUGUGGCUCUCUUGCCAGUUGUCCUGGCCUAUUAGGUGAUCUACAGAACCCAGAGAGACUCUGUCUCAUAAUCAAGAUGGACAGCUCCCAAGAAAUGACACCCAGUGUGCGCACGCGCGCACAUGCACGCACAUGUACACACACACACACACACACACACACGAACAUGAACAUAUACAGAGAGAGUCAAUCUGUCAUAUCUGCUUAAUGGCCAAUGACAUGUUUGUCUUAGACACUGUGCUGGGCUGAACUACUUUUGGUUUCUCUGUAUGUCUUUUCUUUGAUGCCUUGAACUUUUUUUUCUGAUCCUUGGUUUAUGAGUUUAGUUCUCAUCUUAAAGUCUGGACAGCAUUCUCAACAUGGCUGAGGCUUGGUGUGACAGGAAACAAAUCUCAGCCUGUGACAUGUACCACACCGCCCCAUCCCACCAAAAAGCGUCUCUGAGAAGCAAGCAUUUUGUGACAGUCUACAUAAAUUAUGUAUUACUCUGUCUUUAUUUUCAUACCAAGAAGAGAUUCCUCAUCAACUGAGAAGGGAGCUUGUGUGCUAUUUAGUUUUCUUUUCUUAAUGUAGUACUCCCACAAAGCUUCAAAAGAGCUGUGUUGAAGGGAUGCAUUUUAAAAUCUGAAACACUUGUGUGCCUUUCCACUCUCUCCCAGUUGUUGCCCUAGGGAGGCCCAGGGCCCUGAUUCUCCUGGCUGCAUCUAGUCAGCUAAGCCCUCAACACAAGGCUUUCCUCUGGGAAAAUAUUCAGUAAAUACCACAUAGUGACAGAGCAGAAGCCUGCAGGUCAGAAAGGAUGUGGUGUAGUGAUCAAGGCCUGGAAGCUAGAGGCAUCAACUCAGCUGCACAGAGAAAAGCAACAGAAACCUAGUUGCCAGUCUGAAGGACAGCUCAGUCAAUAAGGAAAUAAAAAUAGCAUAUAUUCUCCCCAAGAGGUGGAAAGAUUACACAAUUUAUAAAGACAUGGGCUGUUUGUUUUCUUUCCUCCUAAAAAAAAAAUCAUUAACAUGAAUAUCCUAGAGUUUAUUCAAGCAUGUGUCCUUCUUAAAGCCUUGUGCUAUGGGCUCUGAAGAGCAUAUUCAGAUAUUGCUUGCUUGCCCGAAUAAACAUGGUAUAUUUUCUAGACCAUCAAAUUUUACUUAACGAAUGAAAUUGAGUGGAACCCAUGUGUCUAAGAUGCAGUACACAUCACUAUAUCUAUUAUCCCAGUAGACUAUGAUUGUAAACUCUGCACAGGACAUAACAAACAUAACAAAGAAAAGAAAGCAGAUCUGUAUUGGUUGGAGAAAUGAGCAGACUCUGUGGGAACUUUGGGAUGGGGUGGACAGGCUGGUUUACUUGUAUUUUGUGUUUUGUUGUGCUGUGUAUGUGAGACUUGGAGCUGGGAAGGACAGUGGUCUCAGAAAACCAAUGGAAUGCAGACCAGAAAAUGCUGCAUUGAAGGCAGAAGAGUGAAGAGUAAAAGGCAGUGAGUGCAGCAAGAACAGAAUGUCUACAUAGUAACGACUGCACCACAGCCAAAACUCACAGAAUAAACUGGCUACUGGCUCACUUAUGCCUACAUGGAGCUGUAUGAAACCUAGGUACCUACAGUCAUGGCUGCUGAGAGACAGCCAUGUAUCGUAGUGAAGGUGGAGUGACAAAAGGCUACGUAGCAAUCUGAGCUUGGCGUAGCCUCUGACCAGUGGAACAUCCCACCAGUGUCAGUAUGCUACAUCUGGGAAUCCAGUACUGCUCACACUCCCUGAAGUAGCAAGUCUCUGCCCAUUCAGUUGAGCUGAGGUUAAAGAGUUUAGUAGAAGCACAAAUGCAAAGAAAAUAAGAAGAAAAGGAACAUCAACAUCCCUCUGACAUUUUAUGUAAAAAGUAAAAUCGAAACAGAUUAUAGAAUCAAAUGUAAAAAGGAAAAACUAUAAACCAGUGUAAACAAACUGUCUUCAUGAUAUAUAUCAGGCAUAGUGUUCUUAGAGUUAAUUCUGAAAGUAUUAUCCACAAACCAAUAAAGAAAGUUUCAUCCAAAUUUAAAAAAAAAUCUGCCUUGUAAAGUAUCAAGAAGAAGAAGAAGAAGAAGAAGAAGAAGAAGAAGAAGAAGAAGAAGAAGAAGAAGAAGAAGAAGAAGAAGAAGAAGAAGAAGAAGAAGAAAAGAAACAAGGUACAGAGAGGAACUGUGAACUAGAACCAUCCUCUAAAAUAUAUAAAUCUACAGAAAGGAUUCUAUACUCAACAAUAAAGUACAAAUAUAGAAUCCAAUCUGAAAACUAGAAAUUUAAAUGAAUAAACAUUUUGAUGACAAUGAGAAGCAAUUUUUUUUGGAAAAGGCAAGUAAAUACAAAUGUGUUGUGCAUCACUAGUAAUUUAAAAUGUAAAUUAAGGAACACUAAGAUAUCAGUAUGCACCCAUCAAAAUGGCUAAACUAAAAAUAAAUGAAACAAUACCAAAUAUGGCAUAAAUGUGGUGAAACUUUGUCACUGCUAUAUCUGAGGGAAUACAAAAUGAUGGAGCCACCCUGGGAAAGUGUUUGACACCUACUUUGAGAAAUAAGUGUAUGGUCAGCAAUUGUAUUCUUAAGUGUUUUUUCUAGAGUUUUACAUUUGAGAGAACAAGUUAGAUAAUAUGGAGAGAUUCCUAUAUUGUUUCUAACAAUUGAAAAUGAAUCUGUGUUUUAAAUUAUCUCAAAAUUGUAAAACAUUUAUAAAUUUAAAAAGGGACAGAGGAGACAUUGUUUAUAUUAAACACGCUGAAAUGAGAGCAGUGCGAACUUUGUAGUUUUUAGAAAAUACAAAAUAUUAAGAAAUUUCACAUGUGCCACAAAUCAUUCAAACUGUUGUACAUCCCUUCCCAUAAGACUGUGCAUAAUUGUCUUCCCAGUGGACUGGAGUAAGAAGGCUUGGGAGGAAAAGAGAGAGAACUCAGUGAGACUCUUGUGUUGUACUUCCUUCUAUCUAGAGGUUUAGACAUUCUUUUGUAAAACAAAGAGUAAUAAAAAUGUUUCUUACCUUCCUAUUGAGUUAUUAUAAAGAUCAAUUAACAAAGUAAAUCUGUGACCAGGACAGGAUUGUUUUUACUAAGGCAAAGAAUACAACAUUUAUCAUGGAUUUAGAUGAGCUAAAGAAAAAAAAACCCAAAAAACAAAACAAAAAAAACAAAAAAAAACAAAGCAACAAUAACAUCACACCCAAGCAAACAAGACAAAUACAUUUAUGUUCAUCUUUUGGAAGAAUAAAAUGUGGGCAAUGCAAACUUUGGAAAAAUGGGUGGAGGAAUCUUACUAGAGCAAUAUCUUGCAAGUAAACACCUCUCUAGAUUGCCAUGGUCUUUAUUAUUUCUUACUACUUUCCCCAUAAUGGUAUUUUGAAUUCUGCAGAGUACUGUGAACGUUGUCCUGUGUAACAAUCCCUUAAAAAAUCAAAUGGGGAAAAGAUUUCAAACUAUUGAAUCACACCACAUAUUUGGCGAUGCAUUAUUUAAAAAGACUUAGGGAACUAGAAACCACCAGACUACGUCAAUACCUAGAAAGACCAGAUACCAAAUCAAGAUGUGUAAAAGGCUGAGAGAGAACAGUAAUCGUAUAUUACCUUUGAAGAGCAGGCAAGGGCUAAUGUAGACUGGAUAGAAAAGGACACCAGGGGGAAAAAAAAAGGCAUGGCUAGGCAUUCGCCAUCCAUUUGGAGGUCUUCCAAGUGACUCUUACUCACUCGUCUCUCAGGAAAGGGACAAACAUGGUAGAUCCAUUUGUGAGAUUGUCCAGACCCAGGGAAGCCAAGUUGGGCACUCGUGUAAAUGUGGUUGGGCAAGCAGCUGCACAUCAGAAUGCUCGGAUGAAAGCGCUCAGCAAUCCAGAGGGCAGUUGGCAUCAGAAAUCUGCAUCCAUGAGAUGGCUAGAAAAAUGAUCAAGGUUAAGCAAAGUCUCCUGUUACUGAAGCUACUUCCCAUUUCUAGGCAGAUAAUGAGCCCGAGAAGGCAGUUUGGGCAGGGUUAGAACAGCAUGGGGAUAUAAUUAUUUUCAGAAUUCGAGUCCAAGUUGAGACGGGGGGCUGGGGGGGGGGGCAGAAUUUAAACACAUUUAAAGAGAUCAUAAAUUACAAGCCAUCAAGAGUGUGUAGGCUUGGAUUCCCAAAGAGUGAACUAGAACAACUCGAGUCACUCUUGCCUGAGGGCAGCAGAGAAGCAGCACCCGGGGCAGCAUCUAACCUUGUGUAGGUUGAAGAUGAACCUAUGGUAGAGGCAGAGGCUUCAGAAAGAAAGCAGUAAAAGGCCUUGACACAGAUACUUAUUUCCUGCAAAUUUGGUAUCUAGGAUGACUCAAAAAUAGUACUUCUUUACACUAAAAGAUAUAAUAUUAAGAGCAGCCAGAAUAAUAAUGCUACCUCUGGCGCUAUUCCUCCCAUGUUCUUCUUUUGUGCUCUGAUCACAGCCGAAAUACGUUCUAUAUAAAUAUCAGAGACUACAUAUCUGAAAAGUCACGGGGAAAAGGUCAGGCUCUAAGUAACUUCAGAGUCGGGCUUUUAGGGGUAACAGAACAGAAGUCUGCUUUAUCCUUUGCGAAAUACCAUGAUAAGUUGUGUUCCAGCUUUUGCACCUCACUGUCGGCAGUGUUUGGCCUGGAGCCUAACAGGUACGCAGGCGUACUAGCAAGAUAAAGAUGGCGUCCAGUCUGCAACCAUGUAAGCUUACCUUGUUACAUUAUUGUAUGAGACAUGAUAUGAACUACAGAAUCUUUCCACUAUAUACUAAGAGAUAAGUUAUGAAUAUUACUUAAUCUUUUAGCAAACAAAAAUAUUUUUAAAGUUUUUUCUUAUUAUUUACCUUUGGGGGGGGUUGAACACCGCAAUUUCUUAUGUUGGGCUCAAAUAUCCUCAUGAAUUAAAUGCAGACCACUGACACUCUUAGGUCUAUCCAUAUAUAAUAGGAGUGUAUUCUAUUUGGAAGCUGUCUACUAUCGAGUUGAUCUUCAGGAGAAGACCCCUUGAGACCCCUAAGAUAAAAUCACCACCUCUCAGUCGCAGCUUGUGUUUAUGCCUUUUUUCUCUUCGCCAAGAUGAGUCACAUAAAAUCUAUGAGUUUGCUUUGAUUAUACUCCAUUUCACUUGAAAACUUUUACUAUUGUGUUUACAGUAUACUCACCAACCAGUUUUUGGUUGUUCAGGGUCUGUCUACUUUUUACUUAUAUUGCUGUGCUGCAACAUGAUUUUUUUUUUCUCUCUUGUGAAGUCAGACAGGCCUAACUGGGGGAAGUAGUCUGCAGUGAUAUUGAGAAAGAGUAAAAAAGUCAGAAAAUGGCCUUUUCAGGCUUUCCCAGCUGAUAGAACGAAAUUGGGCAAUUUAUAAACAGAAGAAAUUUAUUUCUUACAGCUCUAGAGUAGAAAAAGUCUCAGACCAAGUUGCCAGCAGAUCCUGUGUGUGGUACAGGCUCAGUCUCCGCUUUAUAGACCCAUCUUCUUUUUACACCCUUCCAGGGUAGGAAGAGACAAGUGUCCUCUCUGCUCUCUUGGGCCUCUUUUAUUAAGACACUAAUGGCAUUCCGGGGCAGGGAGGGGUGAUUAUCAGUUCCUCAAGGCCCCAUCUCUUAUUAUUACAGCGUUAGAUUAAGUUUUAAGAUAUGAAUUCCAGAAAGAGAGACACACUCAAACCCCAGCAAUAGGUAAGAAAAAUCAGAGAAGAAAAUUAACAGAAACUGUCAGAUACUAGGCAAGAACUUAUUUGAAUGGGGUGGGGUGACAGGCUGGCAGCCACUGACAAGCCUUGAGGCUAAGUAGGAAGCAGAAUUAGUGUGUUAGAAUUGCCCAUCUGCAUAAUGCCAAGAUGACAGGGCUACUGCUGGGUGUCUUCAAAAGGAAUAAAGUUUAUUUUUCAUAUUCAAAUUAUAUUGGUAGGUUGCUAACAUUGAAUUACUAAGACUGUCUUUUUUUUUUUUUUUUUAAACUGUCUUAACUAGAUUUUCCUUGUAGAACUUCACGGAGAAUCCAAAUAUUCUGCCAAAGUUACAUUGUUCAUUCUCUGAAAUCAAACCAGCAGAGAUAUAAUUAGCUGCCCCUAGUUUGGUUGAAUUUGUAAUUCCUGUUUAUUGGACAACGUCUCGUCUUGGAGCUCUCUGAGGAAACAUAUUUACAGCGUAUGAAAUAAGACUGAACAUACAAUGAGCCCCCGCUGUGUGCCAAGAACUGUGCCAGAUUCUUUAGACAUAGUAAUUUAUUUAAAGCCUUCAGCAAACAAAGCUAUAAGCUCUACUCUACAGAGGAAUAAAUGAAAGCUUUGAUGGUUGAAGGUACAUGCUCCUGGAUAUACAGAUAGUAGAAAUAAGAAACUCGAUUCCAAAGCUCGCGUUCUGUCUGCCCUUCUCUGCUGCUCUCCCUCUGGAUUAGAGCUGGGAAUUACCUGCUCUUUGAAGUCUAGUCUAGGAGGCUAGGUGUUGCAAUAACAUGAUAACAACUAAUAAUAAGAGCGCCCUCAUAGCAAUGCCUGACACUCAAGCAACAUCUGCUUCAUUUAAGUCAUUUGCUCUCCAGAGUUCUAUCGUUUUCCCUGAGACUCAUAUGCAAAAACAAUAAAAUAAAACUGAAGGGAAAUCAAGUGUAAUCUCAAACCAGGCUUAAUAAAUGCUGUUCCUGUAUCGAUGAAAUGGUGUUAAUAAAAGGAACUCACUUGGUUACCUCUGCUUUCCCAAAGACCCUGUGACACAUGUUACAGGUGGCAGAGCUCCACCACAGAGUGCAUUUCUGGCCGAAUGUUGAAGGAGAGGACCACAGUGAGAAAUUCCCCAGGCAAGUGACCUCAUCUCUUCUUUCUUGUUUCUGACAUUGGCAGAAGCCAGUAGUCUGGAUGGGAGCUCUAAUUGCUUUCCAUAAGGUUCCAGCACCUGUUUCCAAGGUCCAUUGGUCAGAUGAACAGACUGAAUGCCCAAAGUCGUGUUUGCUAUUUGUAGCUCUGUCCUAGCUUCAUGACCUUGGCAUUGUGGUACCAAUUGCCCUCACCCUGCACAUCUCCCCAUCCCACUGCAAAAACAAGAAUACAUAGUAAUUUCUCACCAUCAAAAAGUGUCCAGCUCUUAUGUCCUUUACGUUCUGGAGUAUGAGAUGCCCCUGAUGAUCAGCCUGGAAGGAGAUGGCCUCUUUUAUGAAUCUGCAGAUGUUGAUGGAGGUGAAGAAGAUAAACAUACUGGUAUCUCCUGCCAGGAUUACAUACUGGAUCUCCCUUGCAUUGUAAAUAAAUGACUUUUCCAAUUCAAGUCUGUGUUUCCUACAGUAUAUGUCCCCAAUUAUGUCCUGUUCACCUAAGCAGCCUGUGACUUUAAUAAAAGCCUUUUCAUGGUUUUAUGUUACUGACUCAAUAGCAAAAGGAUCAAUUUAUAUUAAAGGCCACAUAUUAAAAAUUCUAGGGAAGACUCUGGGGUAUCCAUUGGAAUUUAAUUGAAAUCAGUGUUAUGUUGUUCACCAGUAAAAAAAAUGAACAGGUAUAUUUGGGGGGUUCAUAAUGGCAGGACUGUGUUGUGAAAUGAAACUCAGCAGGGAUGGAGGGAAAACACUGAUUUAUUUUCUGGAUGCUGUGACUGUGUGUGCACUCAACGAACACUUACAGUAUCAUUGACACUUCAUAUUAGCUCAGCUGUGAGCUCCUGUCUUUCGAAGUACCAGGGUGGGAAUGCGGUCCUUUUAUUGUCUACAAUAUGGGAAAUAUGUGAGAAACUUUCUGUAAUUAAUAAAGACAGAACCAAAUCUGGAAAUAGUUUGUGUUCCUUGAGUGUAAUUUUGACAAUUUUAUAGAGCCUAGGAAUUACUACUUUCUUACAGAGAAAUGGUUCUAGUUGAUAAUGAGCUUAUCAGUUAAGUGACAGAAGAGGUAUUUUGUCUUCAACAUGCCUUGAAGUAGAGUAUGACAGGCAUGUACUCAGAAAUAGGGGUGGCAGGGAGCUUCAGAGCCACAGAAAGAUUCCCUAAGGAGUUUGUGUUACCAUAAGGAAGAUAAAUAACUGUAAUAAUCAAAAUCUGGUGAUGUUCAAUAUGUACUAUGAAGGUGUUAGGCAGAAGUUUUUUAAGAAUCUAAAGGAAAAAAAAAUCUAACUGAAUCCAGUUUGGAAAAGCUAGAUGGAGAAAUGGUAGAACAUGCCAGCAGUUCUAGUCAAAGGCGAGGAGUGAAGAAUGAUGAUGUUGUAGGGAUGGGGACAAUAUGAGAUGGGUGAACAGCAAGGUAAGUGGUGGUGAUUUUACAGUGGGUGAAGAAGGCUUUUCAGAGUGAAUAUAAAGGACCAACACAAAUAGAAUUACCUGUCAGGAUAAGCACCGUGAAACUAAGUGGGAGACCAGCAAAGAGGUGAGAGAGACACAGGUAAAAGUUAGGGGACAAGUCUGAGGUUGAACUGGUCUCGUAAGCCUGACUGUGGCACAUCUUCUAGUUUCAUAAAUGCGGGGGUCUUAUGUACAUUGUAACUCUAUUCUUAAUUUUCUCUGAGAGAUACAGAUAAUAUUUCUAUUUUCUAUUCUAUUUUCUCUUUUACUAUCCGACAACAUGUUAAAUGUCCAUAAAACUAAAAGAUGUUCCUUGUGAUCGAUUUGUCUAAAUUAUAUUUUUAAGGAAGCUGAACAUUUCCUGUGAAUUUGUAAAACAUUUGAUAAGGUUAUUUCUAGUUUGCAAAUACAGAUAUUAAUAAUAAUCCCUAAGAUACACAUAAUGGCUCCUCACCAUUACAGUUGGAGUAGUGUCUGCUGUCCUUUUUCUAUCUUUAUCCCUAUUGUUCCUUCUCUCUUUUCCAUUUCCCGUCAACUCACUCCUUCUAAAAGAUAAUAUUUUACCUUUUCAAUGAAUAGACUCUUGAUUGUAUUGUUUUCCUAUUGCUUCCCAUUGUUCCCCUUCUUCCCAUAAUUGAGUUCUUGCUCUUUUGUUGUUAUUGUUGAUCUUUCUUCUUCUUCUUCUUCUUCUUCUUCUUCUUCUUCUUCUUCUUCUUCUUCUUCUUCUUCUUCUUCUUCUUCUUCUUCCUCUUCCCUUCCCUUUCUUCCCUUUCCCCUUCCCUUCCCCUCCUUCCCCCCUCCUCCUCCUCCUCUUCCUUUUACAUUUAUUUAGUGUGCGUAUGUGUGGAGACAUCUGUGGGCCACCACCACACACACACACACACACACACACACACACACACACACACACAUACACACGAAGAUUACAAGUCAACUUUUGAGAGUAAGUUGUCUCCUUACACUUUGUGGGUUCCAGAAAUCAAACCCAGGACAUCAGACUUGCCACUGAGUAUCACUAUCCACUGAGCCAUCUUGUGGACCCACAGCCCCGUUUUCAUUUCUGUUUUCCUCCUAUCUAUAGUGUUGGUGGAGAAAAAUAUCAUACUUUAUACUUUUUACAAGUUGUUCUGUUUUAUAACAUCUAAAAAUACAUGCCGAACUCAGCUUUCAUAUUUAUUUAAUCAUAAAAUUAUUUUAUGAUACAGCUUUCCCACUAAGAAUUAUUUUAAUGGGAACUCCUGGUGGUUUAUAGAUUUUUUUAAAUUAUUGCUCAUUGUUAUUUUAUUUCUUUCUGUUCGGUGUUUACAGUUUCUAAAUGGACAGGAUUUUUUUUCCUAGUUAAAUUUUGUUACUGUUUUGUAAUUUAAUUGUAUUUGGCCAGAGACUGUAGUGUGUAGAUACCAAUCUUGUUGAAAUUGUUUUUCUUAUCCUUAAAUAUAGUCAAUUUGUAAUUCUCAAGAAAAGAUAAUUUUUAUUCUCCAUUUUAAAAACAUGAUUAUUUUAUACAGUUUCAUUAAUUAAAUUUCAUCUCAUCUAAAAUAAAACAUUUAAAUAAAGCUAGGAUCAUGAUAAAAGUAGAAGGAAGACUAAGUGGAGUAAAUAUCUAUUAUCUAUUAUUUAUUAUAUGUUAUGUACCGUGUAUUAUACACACAUAUAUAUGGAGAGAGAGAAAGUUUGGUCAUUAAUUAGAACUAUUAUGACAAUUAAAAAUUUAGGGCCAGGCAAGGAAAUAUACCCAGUCCUAAGGAGGCUGAGAAAGAAUUGUAAAUUCAGGGUCAGCCUAUGCUACAUAGUUAGUCCCCCACCUCAGAAAACCAAAAAGCUUGAAAAAGCAAAAUGGAUAGAUUUAAAGACAUUGCCAUUUAGUUUACUGAUUGAACUUAAGCCUACAGCUUAAGGCAGGAAGUUCAGGGAAUAAUCCGGUGAGGGGUAAAGUUUGGAUUUAAAGUGUUGCUUUUCAAAUGUUGGUAUGGGUAGCUUGGUGAAGGCCUAUCUUGAAGCAUUGCUUGGGAGGCUUCUACAAGCAGGGAGUUAUAGCCGCCUAAGUUAUGGAGAUAGAAUUAGAGGAGAAGCAGCCAAGGGCACUCUUUGAAACCUACAGGAGUAUAUUAUUAUAUAUGCUGCUUCCUUAUAUGAUUUCCCAUUAAAUACUUUGCUUCUAAAUUGUCAAAAGGUGGUAAUUAUGCAAGUUGGCCUUGGUUUUAGUUACUGACAGGGAAAACUCAAACUCCCAGACCCACAGUGUUGCUGUUGGUAGAACAGCUUAGACAGAAUGUGCCUAUAAGCCAAUGUCUCUGCUUUAUCUUCUUUUCUUGAGGGAGGAGACUGCUAGACUUCCACUACACACAACUCAAAUAGAGGUGAAUAGAGAAAUGCAGGGGGGAAUAGGUUUGGGGGAUGGGGGAAAGAAGGUUAUUUAUAUUUGUCCUAUCAAAUUUAAGAGAAGAAGUCAAAACAUUUGAGCAAAGAGUACUUCCCAAAACAAGGACGAAAUGGAUGUGGCUCCAGACAUUUUUAGAUGUACAGUCUAAGCCAUGUACACAAACCAUCUGUAUUCAUCUGGAGGCAGGAUGCUGAGGCUAUAACCCACACGAGCACUGGAAAGAAGGUAACUUUUUUCUCCAGUUCACUGCCAUUCUUUUGCUUUUUGCUUCCCCUCUGAUACUGAAGAAAAGAGUCAAGCAAGUGAGGCAGUCAUCCUCUCCUCUUGUUUGUAUCCCUUCUCACUUACCCUCCCAUCCUACCUUAGUGCUAGCUGAUGGCAAUUAUAGAUGAGCCUCAGCUUCCUACUCUUUCCAGCUUUGGGGUUAGAAUCUAUCGGGAAACCCAGCUGUGGAGGGAGAGAACUGUAAGAGCUUGGGACUGUUCUGCUUGCCCUUCCUCAAUGUCUUCCCUUAUAGAAGCCCAAAGACUAGAAAGUAGCAUCAUUAAGGUUUCAAACCACUCCAAACUGCCACCAUAUUGAGUUGAGCAAGAAAGUAAGAACCAAGCAUCCUAGGGUUAAAUGCUAAUUAUAAUUCCACAAACACACUAUUUCUCAUGCUUGAAGCACUGCUAUAAGGAUGAAAAGGUUUAUAAUCCACAGAGGCUAAAUCCCGACCCUCUGUGUCAUGUCUUAAGAAAGCAGGCCAUUCCUAAUGACUACUGGGAACAUCGUAUUUCUGUCUGGAAACUGGGCCUGUCGCUCUGAAAUAAAUUGGAAGUGAGUAAAUAUAGAUUCCGAUGCCAUUUUUAGAGUUCUAUUGUCAACAGUAAGCAUAAUUUAAGCUUGAGCCAGAUGCCACAUCCCCUUCUGAUAUUUAGGAACCUAGAUUGUUGCUGACUGUGCAAAGCUAAUGUUUGGACUAUAUAUAGAGAUGGAUAUGAAGACAUUGUAAUCACCUGACUGAACAACGGAUAGCACAUUGGACUUCUAAAAACAUUCUAAUUGACAACAUAAAACAGCAUCCCAUUUAGAUUUCCUAGUAAGUUGAUGCUUAAGACCUCAUGGCUUCACAGGGUUGAGUUAUGAGCACAGUAGAAGACAUCUUUUACUGAAUUCACAUUGUCUUUGCAAGGACAUGGCAUAAAAAUAGGCACUAGGCAGUUAUAUACAAAGGAACUCACAACACUCGUAAUAAUAUCUUUCUUUCAAAGUACCUUUCUCUUACUCGCCAUGGAAAGCAGGGUAGGUGAUUUAUAGGGAUUGUGGAUACUCUGCUCUGCCUCCUCUUAGCAAAGUGCGGCAUCUUUUCUUUAUGUAAUUCCUCUUUUGGAGAGCUUCCUAGUAAGGCAGUGCUCUCUGAAACAAACAGGUGUUAAAGAAAAUCUGAUGCAAAUAAGGACUCAGGCUGCCACAGCGAUGCAUGCUUUGUACCUAUAUAAAUGCACUUCUCAGAAAGCUCUCACUGUUGAGAGGAAAAAAGAAAAAAAAAACCUGAAAGGAGCCCAAGUCAGCUAAAAAUUUAUCCUUUACACCCCGAAUGCAUCUGCUUCUAUUUCAGAUUGGCAGCUUUAGAUGUGUGGAUGUGUUUAACAUAUUAAAAUGAGGCUCCUCUAUUCUUUUCCAUGAUUUCAGUUCAGUGCUGUCUUUAGGGUUCUUGAUACUGAGCUAAAGUGCUUUCCCUCCAUUUUAUGCUGUGGUGUCAUCAGGAGCACCCCAGGGCUCACUCCUGGAAUCGGUUGAGGUGGCCAUUGCCUGGCAAUACUUCGACUCUUACAGAUCAUUGGUUCAGAGUAGCAAAAAGAUUUUCGCAUUCACCAGUUCCUCCUUGUCUUCUUUGCCAUCGCAUACAGUGGUAGCUCAGCACUACAGAUUGACCUGAAUCAUCAAACAUGUGUUUCCCUACCCGUGUAUCUUCCUGUUUUCUAGUGAAGUUUGCCUGAUUUGAGAAAACAGGGUGACCCAUUAGUGUCUAAUUUGCAUCUUUCUUGCUAUGAUAAGCUCCAAGAGCUUUUGCAAUCUGGGACAAAAGAAGUGCAUUUGUAUUACAUCGCCCAAUUAGAAUCCAUCAUUAAUAUUUAUUUAUUUAUUUAUUUAUUUAUUUAGGUUUUUCGAGACAGGGUUUCUCUGAAUAGCCCUGGCUGUCCUGGAACUCACUUUGUAGACCAGGCUGGCCUCGAACUUAGAAAUCUGCCUUCCUCUGCCUCCCAAGCGCUGGGAUUAAAGACAUGCGCCACCACUGCCCGGCAUUAAGAGACGUCAGGGUAGGAACAUAAACAAGAAGUCCAGAAGUGUCAAAGACCACUGCACACUGGCUUACUCUCCAUGGCUUUCCCAGUUUGUUUAAUUAUAUAACCCAGGACCACCUAUCCAGGGGUGGUGCCACCCAGAGUGGGUUCAGCCCUCCCACAUUAAUCAAUGAUCAAGAAAAUGCCUACUUACAGACAUACAGAUCAAUCAAAUAAGGGCAAUUCUUCCAUUGAGGGUCUCUCUUUUCCGAAGACUCUAGUUUAUGUCAAGAUAACAAAAAAGAUAUUAUCAGUGAAUCAAUUAUGUUCUAUUGAGCUCAACAAUAUCCCCUCUGAGUGUUUGUAUGUGGGACAAAGUAAGAGACUCAGAUUUUGCUACUAAAAUAAACAGGGUAUAGUAACCUUAAUUGAAGCUUAAAAUCUUGUCUGUCUGUCUGUCUGUCUCUGCCUCUGUCUCUGUCUCUGUCUCUCUGUCUCUGUCUCUGUCUCUCUCUCUCUCUCUCUGCCUGUCUCUGUCUCUGUCUCUGUCUCUCUUUCUCUCCCUCUCUCCUGGAGAUUCACUUCUAACCAGAAAAUCCUAAGAAGUCCAAAUUAAAACAAGCAAACAAACAAAUGUUUCUAGAGCAGCAUUUCCCAAAGCAUGGCCGUGUCCUGUGUAAAACAGUAAACUGCCAAUUGAAUUGGGAGAUAACAAUGCUUUAUCUUCUGGAAAUUCACAUUACAGAUUGAGAUUUUGGAGUUUAGAAACUCUUUAUAUAUGAUAUAUAUUAUACACAUGUCUAUACAUAUACAAGUUAUAUAUGUACAUAUUUCUAUAUAUAUAUUUUGUGUAUAUAUAUAUAUAUAUAUAUAAAUACAAAAUAAAGAUAUUAUUGAAAAAUAAUCUACUAAGCUGUUCCAGUCAAGUAUUUACACAGGUUAUUUUUCACAUAGGAAUCAUUUCCUGCAUAGGAUUAUCGUUAUUCAAAAUGUAUGAAAACAUUAAAACCUAUAUUCUCCAAAAAUAUAAGCCAAGAGAUCUUCCUUCCCCUGAGUGUGAGCACUUCAGCUGGUAGCUCUCCUUUUCCUGGAGCUUAUUAAACACACAGGACUUCCUCAGGAGGAUUAUUCAGGAAGUAUAGAGUUGGAUUUGAAUUCAGAAUGGAAGGCCAACCUGGCUGGGGCUCACAAGUUCUCCUACAGGAAGUGGCACUUUGCCUGUCACUGUGGCUUCCUGACAUCAUUCCCCUCAGACAUCAAAUUUGCCCUCCCGAUUUAAUUAACAGGAGAGCCUGAGGUGGGAAAGGCAGUGAUUCUUGCCAGAGGCAUUUCUGAAUCUAUUCUAGCAGGCCGUGCUCAUCUUUGCCUUUCAAAGAAAGUCCAGACAUUCUUAAAACAUGUUCUAUUUUUAACAAAACACUAUUAAACUGUCAUAUACCCUUCUUUCUGUUUUCUUCUCUACUGCUGCUGAUGGUGACCAAGAUAUUUGUGUGGGAAUAAAAGCUGUCUUCUUUAUAUUCAACCUAUGUCACUGCUUCACUGAUAUUAUUAUUUUGCAUUUCUAUAGACUUUAUCUUUUCAAGUCCUUGCAAUCAUUUGUUAGUUAUUCAUCCCAGGCUUCUUAUUAAGUGGAACAGUGUGAUUGCCCACUUCUACCCUUUCCUCCCCUCCCAACUUCUUUUCCCUGUGAGCAAGAAGAAGUAAAUAAAUGAGGGCCUACUGUGUGCCAAGCUUUUUUUUAAACAUCAUCUCAUUACCAUAAUACUCUAAGAGUAAAAAGAAUUCCAGAUGAGAUUUAGUGAGACACAUGUCAUUCUGCCUUCCUUCUUCCAAGUUCUCUGUAGAGAAAAAAAUAGACAACCUCAAAAAUAAUCAAAUGAAGAGACUAAUAAUCAGCUUUAAUAAAAGCCAACAAGCUGAAAUAUCCUCAGUCAUUUUAUGAUAUUCAUCUACAUACUAAAAUCUAAACCUUCCUGAUUUAGAGUCUUCAGUAAGAAACCCCAGUGGAAACUUGGACUCAUAUGAAGUUUUUAUCCCAUCCUUAUCCUAUACUGGGCAUCUAAAUCCCUAGGACUGUAUUUACUCACUCACACUGGCAGAAGCAGGAAGUGGCCAUAAAAACAGUUAUAAUGGUGCAUGCCCGGAGCCCCACCACUUAGAAGCCUGAAGUAGGUGAUUAUCAAGUCUUCCAGGCCAACAUGGGCUACAGAGUGGAAAAAAUGUUUCCAAAAAACAAAAACAGACAUGAAAGUCUAAUCCCAAAGGCAGACCUUUUUGGGGGGAAUUUUCAGAGCACAAAGGUCCUCAUAAGCAAGAAACAUCAGAGAUACAGCACAGUUUAGAAAACCAUGUUUAAGGCACAUACAACCUACACGUGAAUAUACACAGAGAGCUGAGAUUGUGUUCCACAAAGUAGAGUGUUUCUAUUUAAGAUAAUGACAUAUAAACUCUAUGGAACAAUAAUGGCAACCAUCUUCAGCUUAGGAAAAUGAGGUAGGCUGCAGGCAUAUCCUUCCCUUCUUGCUGAUGGUAUAGAUCAUCAACACCAUUUGCAAAUGAGACAAACAAAGGCUCAGGUAAUUGGAUGGUGCUGGUUACAGAAACCAAUGAAAAGUAGAACAGAUGAUCUCUUUGUGUGCUGCUUCUGACAGUCCAGGUAGACUAUCUAGUCUGCCCAAACACACUUCCCUUUCAGUAGCUACAAAUCCUACCUUUCUAUAAUCUAGUAAUAGUUGUUCUCAGGGAGCAGUGCAUAUUUUUAUCCACCUACCUGGGUAUCAAACACAUUAUCAGCUCCUUCAUGCAACUAGGUAGCAGUAAAUUUCAGUGGACUCCUCGGUAACACGUAUUUUGACAGUUUAAGGCUACUGAUUUUACCCUGGAGAAUCUUAACAUGAGUCUUUUAAUGUUAAAUUUGUAGAAUACUAAAUAUUGGAUCUAAUAACUUGGGGGCGGGGGACGGAUAAAUAUUGGCAGAAAAGGAGAAGCAAAUACAAAGUGAAAAGAAUAUCUGAAACUUUAGGAGAGAGUAAGGACUAAGAAGAAGAUAGUAUUACAAGAAAAAAAAAGUAAAUAUUCUCUUUAUUGUAUAGAGACAUGGAACAAAAAGACAAAUAGUCCAAAAGAUUCUUUAAUUUUAAAUAAGCUGGUGUAUCACAGUAGCAAAUAUUCAUGAUAAUGUCAUGGCUUUCCAAUGGAAAGAAGUAGAAUCAAUAGAAGUUUGUUUUUUUUUAAAAUAAUAUAUGUAUAACAUGUCACACACACACACACACACACACACACACGAAUGACAUAUCUAUGAGAAAGUUCAAGUUCUGUCCAGUAACCAUGUUAAAUAUCUUACUACCUAGAGGAAACCAUUUAGUUACUAAAACCCAAACAAAAACUGGCUCGCCAGAACAAAUAAUUGGUAGACUUCUGGAUGUGUAUAUAAUGUUACAGACAUAUUUUGCAUCCUGCCAAAAACAAGUACCCUUAGAAAAUGCACAAAUCUGUCUCAUGCUCUUAUGUUUUAAACAUACGUGCACAUAUUCAUGCUACUCCCACUGAUACUUACUCCAUAUUCCAUGCAUCCAUCAGGAGGAAUUUUACCCCUUUGGAUUCACGUCACAGAACUCAUAACCUAGAAAUCUGUGUUGUUUGUCUGAGCUUCAAACUUAUCUUACCAUUCUGCCUUUUUAUUUACUACAUCUAGAAACUAGAUUCAGAAAGAUCUAAUGAUCAGCCCGUUUGUGUAGCCAAUGAAAUUGGGUUAUUUCAAACAGUUCCUGUUUUGAGGAACUAUUACCCAAUUCCUGAAACUUAUAGCCGUAUCUUUCUGGUCAGAUGGUAUGGAGUUUGUCUCUUUGACUGUCAGUAGAAAAGCACUGACUAACAAUAUCAAAGUGAAACAUCCCUGAAGUCCUUAGAGAUACAUCUGCCAGGCAUCAGAGACUUCAUAAUUCACAUAUGAAGAUUAGAGUGCUCUGAUGACAGGAGCCAUGGCUAGUGAAACUGAACAAAGACUCAAAGGAAAAUCGGAUAAAGGAUAAAAGCCUGCGUUUACACCUGAUGAUUCCAGUAAUUGUCAAUGGGAAGAAAGCAUAGCACAAAUUACUUGAUAGGCCAUGAAUAAAUGUCACCCUGCUUUUAAAAAUAUACUUCUCUGAAUUUACGGAGGUUUAUUAACCCUUAAUUUGUCCCCUUCUCCGCUCUUUCUCUUCUUUACAUCUGCAUUGGGUUCUCUUAAAAAUAAUGAAAGGAAAUCAAAGUGCCUUUGUAAAUUUUGACAGCUAAGUUGCAAAUAAAUUGAUUAGAAACCCAAUGUUUCUUUUCUAAUUUAAAUAGAGGAGAGAUUUGUGGGUAAUAUGCAUAAGAUGUGCUCACUGGCAACAAGCUAGCAGUAGGAAAGAGUGAGAAAAUAUGGGGGCACCAGCAGCCUUGUUCUGCUUUUAAGCAUGAGAUUGAUUUUAAAUUUUUCUUGUGUGUCAGUUUCAUUACAGGCAAAUUAAUCCUUCUUUCUAUGGCUUGAAGUUUGUUUUUCCCCUGAACACUAAUAGGAAAAAAAUGUCUUGAUGUUUUUCGUUUUUCAUAAGUAGUGAAUUAAGUCUGAAUGUUGAGUUAGGGGUCCUCACACAGAAGACAGUGGUCUUAAAUAGGAUGUUUUUUGGUUUUUUUUAAAUCCCUUCCUUUUUCAUUUAAUUGUAUUUUCUCAUUUCCCAAAUUUUAGCAUGAAAGCAGAAAGAGCAGACCACACUUAUUUUUCUUUCUUUAUAUACAGAAUUCCAAUCUGUGGGUUCUCCCUUAUUCAAAAUGUACUGAGAACCUCAGACAAACUCGUGUGUGCUGAGCACAUACUUCAUUGGGCAGCAUCUCACUGUUGCCCUUGGCUACUGAAUAUAAAUACAGGCAAAAAUGGGAGCAGAAGGGAGCAUUCAUCAGGGAGCUGUAGUUUGUGGGAAGUAUUAAAGCUCUACUGGACAUGCCAGAGAUAUGGGCAAUCUUGCAGUGAGUCAUUUUCCAUUUGACUAGGAGAGAAAUAAUCUAAAAACCUGGGCAGAGAUCCUACAAUAAAGAUGUAUCUGUGCCAAUUUCAUUAAUUAAAUUAUGUUGCAGAAUGGGACUUUGUAAAUAAGAAGUAAGCAAAAGGAAGAUUGAUAAUGGAGGUAUAAAAGAAGGUUUGAAUGCCUGGCUCAUUGCAUAGGUCAGAGGCAACCAGAACGUUGGUGGUAAUUUGCAGUGAUGGGACUACCUUACCUACUAACCAUUGAGGAACACAAAGGCAUCAUUCACACGAUUGAUACUGGCAUGAGUGUGCAUGUUCUGUGCAUCCUGAAACUUCCUUCGCUUGGGAAUUCUCCAGAAAAUGAGGGAAAGAAGCACAAAAAUUGAUUGUAAAUGUCAAUUUCCAGCUAGAGUAAAUAAUAGAAAUUGGAAAGGUAGGGGUAUAGCUUACUGGCAGAAUGCUUACACAGCAUCUGCAGCAGAAGGCCAUGGGUUCUAUCUCCCAAAAGGAAAGAGGGUAAGAAUAGAAAGGAGAGGGAGAGAACCAUAAAUAUUAAAAGAGGUCCAUGCUGACAAAUAAACACAUGAUCACAGGAAAGUCAUGGUCAUUGUGUGAAGUAACUUCUUGGUGUAUAGAUAGAUAGGUAGAUGAUAGAUAGAUAGAUAGAGAGAUAGAGAGAUAGAGAGAUAGAGAGAUAGAGAGAUAGAGAGAUAGAGAGAUAGAGAGAUAGAGAGAUAGAGAUAGCUAUCUAUCUAACACAUAGCUGAGCCAAAAGUCAAAAGUUAGAUGUACCUACAAAGUUAUGUAACAAUGACUCCAGAGAAAGACCAGGAGGAAUACUAACACCUUUCCUGCCACCAUAUCCUUGCAAUUGGAGACCUGCCUCUAGUUGCCAGUCUGCACUGCACACAUUACAUGCAAGUAUCAUUAAGACUAAACUCUUGUGAUAGAAAUAUAUACAGACAUUCUAGGUGUUGAAUAAUUUUUUUCAUACUGAGCAUGUCCCUUCUGCCCUCAAAAUGCCCACUUCAUAUAUAACUGUGAUCUCAUAAGCUCUUUCAUUUCAAGGCACACACUUUUUUUUAAAAAAAAAAUGUGUUUACAGAAUAUCAACUGGGCUACUUAUGGUGGGGGGGUCUGGGAAGCUCAGUAUUUCUGUAAACCUGAUACUCAUUCCAGUCAUUAAAAAUAAUUAAAAUGCUGAGACUACUUUACCUUUUGUCAGUUCAAGGCUACACAUAGGGUGUGCAGAAAGCCUUUCAGUAGAUGCACGUGUGGAGUGAUGUAAUUAAAACAUUAACUAUUACUAACCUGUGAGCAUGUGAAGAGUGGGUGAUAGCCAGAACUUUUCUUGGGGUUUCAUUUUUCAUUGUUUUUCUAUAUUAUUUUCUGGAAAUAAAAAGCCAGAGACAUAUAAAACUUUAAACA